CAGAUUUUCUCGUUCUGCCUGUGGUCGUGCUCCUUUCGCUUCUCCCGGGUCUUGCUUUCUCUCUGGAUUUACUGAAUCAGUUGAAAACUAUCUUACCAACACUGGGUUUUAAUUUUCCCUGUCCAGGAAGACUUUCCCGAGCUGACAUGGAUCGAACCAGACUUUGUUACUCGAGUGUGAGUACUGUGGCUUUAACUUAGUCUUACAGCUGGUCUGUUCCUUUAAAUAGAGAGAUUGCCUUUUAAAUGUACGUACAAUAUAACAUGGUCUGUAAUUUUACUGACAGAGCAAGGGAAGCUCUUUGUACCUUCAUAAAACGAAUAUCAAAGUGUUAUGAAACAGCACGGUGUGUGUGAUCGUCGGCAGCUGGUUAAGGAUCUAAUCGUUUGCUAGUUUGGUGAGCUCUGCUAAAAAACAGCAGAAAGCAAGGACCUGUUGCUUGAACUGUUCACAUAAUAAUUUGUGAGGCUGGAUUGACUUCCUUCAAUCGUUUAGGAGGCAUUUCUGGGUUGUUGGUUGUUUUUUUAAAAAAAGCACACAUUGUGCCUGUAGGCAUCUCGUGACGCCACUCACCUUCUGCACCCCAUAUGGGUGUCACUUGAACUUGCUGAAACUGCCUUCAUGACCUCAGACUUAACAACCGAUGAAAAUAAGUCGGAGGUGAAAAACACACAGCUCCUCCAAAGGUACAUGUGGAACUAACAGCUGCUUUUCACCUUCCCAGUCUGUCCGAACAUUGCAGUCGUCAUCAGAGACCUUCCUCCAUGUCUCCCCACCUUCUGAGUAGUGACUAGAGAGUGGACCUUUCUGGCCAUGGUCCAAGGAAGCUACCUCUGGAGAUAUUUGGGGGACAGGCACAAACCUUUCAGUUUUUCCUGGGCAUUCAAGCUACUCUGGAACGCCCUCUCUGUGGAUCAAAUGUGCCAGGUCCUAGGGGCCAAGUCACUUUCCCUCCAUGUUUUUUUGAGGGGGCUGGGCCCUCUCAAUGCUCAGAGGGUAUUUGGCUCCGCCCCCUGGCUCCUUGUGCACCCCCUCAAUCAUCUUGAGAAGAUGGCCUCUGCUAGGAACACUUCCAAUUCUGCUUAAGUUUUGAUGGCCGCCGUAGGCAAAUAAUUUAUAGCUUGCAGCUCUUUCAGUCUUAAGAUUGCUUCACCCAUGGUUUUUCCCACACACAGAGGUGUGAAGGAGAAAAAGAGUUGGACGCUUGUGUGCAUGUCUAAUAUCAUUCAUGAAGAUACACGGGGAGAUACUGAUAGACAUGCAGACCAUUCCUCUGUAUCACUUGGAAGGACAGUAUCAGUUGAAAAUGCACUGAGUGUCUCCACUGUUGAAUUUUUAGGAAGUUUAAAAACAUUCUGGUUUACUUGGGCGCCUGAUGGCUGAAAUUCCUGGGAACCCUCAGAUUAUUAGUUCAGAGUAGGCGGUUGCUUUUAGGAAAACUGUUUCAAUUGUAUUGUUUUAGUAUGCUUGUCACCCUGGGCUCUUUUGAGGGGAAGGUGCAGGGUAUAAGUUCAAGAAAGAAAUACUGCUAUUAUAAUGCAAUUUUCUCCCAGAACAUUUGAUGAGCAUAUUACAACGAAAGGUAGUUCAGCAAACAUCUGGCAGGUACCACAUUACAGCUCCCAUCAGCCCAAUGGUCAGGGAUGAUUGCAUCUGAAGUCCAACAACAUUUGGAGGGCAGCACCAUUGGCUGCCCCUGCUCUAAAUGAUGGAUGUGCUCCAUAAGGUUUGUGGAUGGAUGUGGGUGUUUGUACGCACGCUAGGAAUACCCAGACUUCAGUGAUUUGUAUGUAAGCUUUGAAAAAAGGGAGAUAAUGGUUCUUCUUACUUAGCUUCAGAGUCCCGCCUCUACUAAUAUUGUUUCAGAUGAUUGGUUUUGUGUUUGAGGUUUCUUUUCCAUGUUUCUGCAUUAGAACAGUUUCCCUGGGGCCUGGAAAACUUCAUAUUUGAUUAGAUCUCCUUUGAAACAUUGUAGCUGAAAAGCCAGAUAGAAAUGCAGCGAACAAUUAAAUUAAUUUAAAUCAAAUCAAAUCUAAGAUGGGAGUUUUGCUUACUUUCAAAUUACUUGCAUUAUGGAGUCUUCUUGUUUUUAAAAAAGAGGUGAUAUGAUGAUAAUAUGUUAAGUAAGUUUGAUUUAGAAUGGUUAAAUUGAACUUUCAUCACACUAGGGGGGAUUUUUUUAUGGCAUAUCAGUUGCAAUGUAGGAAGGUAAUAAUGACAUGGACUGGGCAUUUCCACAAGAGAUUUAAAAAUGCAUCUGAGCCUCUCUUGUACUGUUCUAGGUGUGAGUGUUACUGUGGGGUGGAAGAGACAAGGAAUAUUGGGUGUGUGAUCCAGUCAAUAUGUAUCUAACUUUGUGGUGCAGGCAUUCUAGAUCAAUUGGCACGAAUCUGAUUUAAAUCUCAUCUGUAGGCAAGGGGGGAUUGCUUUAAGGCAGGCAUAGGCAAACCCGGCCCUCCAUAUGUUUUGGGACUACAAUUCCCAUCAUCCCUGACCACUGGUCCUGCUAGCUAGGGAUCAUGGGAGUUGUAAUCUCAAAACAUCUGGAGGGCUGAGUUUGCCUAUGCCUGCUUUAGGGCUCCUUAACACAACCUGCUUACUGUGCAUGCAUCCUGAUUUGCUAGCUCAAAGCUCAUGCAGAGGUUAGACUGUGUCUAGACUUUACUGAGCAUUUGUUCUGAUUUGAUUGUGGUGAGGUUCUGCAGAGAUGGUCAGACAUCCUGAUUUGCUUGUCUGAUGGUUAUACAUCUUCUCGUUCACCAUCCAUUCAUCCUACACUUUUCUGUGUACUUCGUCAACACUUUCUUAGCCACAAAGAAUUCAUGUCUUUCUUUUUUCAAAAGUGGAUUUGUUCUGCUAGGGCGACAAAGCACUUUAUUCCACGUUAAUUGUGCCAACCUACCAUAAAUUUCCAGCAUGUGCUUCCUUGAAUGCCUCCUGUGAAAUGCUCUCUGCCUGGGGGCGACCUUAGAGGAUGUCAAUGCAAUGUUUCGAAUUGUACCUUCCCCCAAUCGCAGUGUUUUGACAAGUUGCAAGGAACAGCAGCUGGGGGAAGGGGUUGCAGGGGAAACAUGGCAGGUGGGGGAAGGGUUGAGCACCCUUCUUCCCACCGGCUGCUUUCCCCUUGCAAAUCGCUUUCUCCCUUGCCCUGACCACCACGGUUUCACAACUGUCCCCAAACCUGUGUCUAUUUCCUUCUAUCAAAGAAGUGUUCGAAAAUAUAUGCGUCGCAUCAGUGCACUCUCGAGACAGUGGCGGGAUUAGCAGCAGGUCCCUGUUGAGGACCUGCCGAGAAAUGUGGGUUUGUUGUCUAAACCACUGAGCUUGCUGAUCAGAAGGUCGGCGGUUUGAAUCCCCACGACAGGGUGAACUCCUAUUGCUCGGUCCCAGCUCCUGCCAACCUAGCAGUUCGAAAGCACGUCAAAGUGCAAGCAGAUAAAUAGGUACCACUCCGGCGGGAAGUUAAACGGCAUUUAUUUGCGCUUCUCUGGUUUCGGUGUUCCGUUGCGCCAGAAGCGGCUUAGUCAUGCUGGCCACAUGACCCGGAAAAACUGUCUGUGGACGAACGUCGGCUCCCUCGGUCGAGAUGAGUGCCGCAACCCUAGAGUAGUCUGUGACUGGACUUAACUGUCAGGGGUCCUUUACCUUUUUUUUUAAAUGUAUGAAAUGGCCCUUAGGGAACCAGAUGCAAUUGUGUGAUGCACAGGAUUGCUGCAGCCCAUCGCUUGCUGGAUAGCAUUGUGUGUGUGGGGGAGUGCAACCUGUAUGAGUCUGCAAUGUCUCUUCCUGCCCUGUCCUGCCAUUCAUAGUCUGUGUUAUGAGAUGUCUUCAGGGGACGGGAAGAGUAACUCUUACUUGCCACCAUUUUUGCCCCUGACGUUCAUUACUUCUGCAAUUCGUAUAUCAGCUCUGUAAGGUAGGUCACUAGUACUGAGGCUGAAAGAUAGUGCCUUGCCCAAGGAUGCCUAGUAAGCUCAUGGCAGAAGCCAGAGUUGAACUGGAUUUCCUGUGCCACAAAGUUGCUGCUAUACUGCACAAGGGCUGCAGGGAGCUGAUGCAUUUGCCCCCCCCUCAAUCUUUUGUUUUUUUUUCUGAGGAGCCAGCCCCCGCCAUUAUUUUAAAAUUUGUUUUUAUUCAAGAUUUAAUUGGGUUACAAAUGUACAUAAGGCAUCUGUUUUCCAUUCAUAGAAUCCUUCCUACAGAUCAGUUACAGUGGUACCUCAGGCUACAUACGCUUCAGGUUACAUACGCUUCAGGUUACAGACUCCGCUAACCCAGAAAUAUUACCUCGGGUUAAAAACUUUGCUUCAGGAUGAGAACAGAAAUCAUGCAGUGGCGGCGCAGCGGCAGCAGGAGGCCCCAUUAGCUAAGGUGGUGCUUCAGGUUAAGAACAGUUUCAGGUUAAGAACAGACCUCCAGAACGAAUUAAGUUCUUAACCCAAGGUACCACUGUAUAUUCGAUGUGAGACAUUAAUGUUGCAAACAGUAUAAGGUUGGGGAAGAAGAGAAGUGUGGGGCGAGAACAGGGGGUGAGGGGGGAUAAUAAAUGUUCAUUCCCUUAUAUGGUGUAUGUCAAAGGUUUCGGUGUCUUCAUAAUGUGGAUAGGUUCUUUUUCUAUGCAUUUGUUUGUUUUUAUUUGCAUUAAGAGAAGUUGGGGACCCCAGGACCUGGUUGCUUGCCUUCAGUUGACUGCAGUGUGUGAGAAGGAGGGGUUGUUGGGUCAAGUUAGCCAUAUCAAUUUAUAUGCUGGGUUGCUGUGGGUUCCUGUUGUCGUCUUGUUGGGCUGCGUAUGCAGUAAAGGGGAGUCCUCUUGUAUGGGUCCCCAUGCUUGUUUCAAUUUGUUGAUUAGCUUUUCUAGCAGGGCUGUUUACCAUACAGUUUGGUACUGGUAGUCCAUGUUCACUCCUGACUGGUCCCUCCAGUGUCUGGUUAUGAUGCUUCUGGCUGCUGAAAGUAGGUUGCUUAUGAGUACUUUGCAGUGUGAGUGUGCAUUAUGGUCUUGGGAAAUAUUCAGUAGAGCCCCUCCUGCAUCGUUGAGGCUGAACAUGAAGCCAUUGCACAUGCAACUUCAGGGCAUUGUGUGGGGACCCCUCAAUAUUCUUGGGAAUAUGGCGUCUGUGAUGCCACGCAAGUUAUUAAGCAACGUGAAACUGCAUGAUGACGCCAAACAUGCAUCAUGCAUGUGUGAAUCAGGCACACAUCAUGUGUAGGCAGCCCCACUAUCUUCUUCUCCACAGGCAAGCCUCCAAGUUGCAGAAUAUCACGAGACUCUUUCAGCCUUGUUUUGAGAGAUGAGUCCCCUAGUGCUGAGACACUCCCUUUCUCCAGGGCAGAAGAGUGGAUUGCCUACACCACACAAACAAGUCUAAGCAGUGAGCAAUAUCUGGCAUGUAAAUGUGCGAUGAAUGCCAUCACCUACCAUGUGUUUCAAGCUGGCACUGCUGCCUGAUGAAACUGAUACCUAGAUGAGCCAUCAGCAUCCUAUAUGUGGUUUAACACACUCAUUUAAAAUGAGUUCAUCUGAGGAUUUGGAGCUGCAGGUCUUGCAACCAGUUGAUUAUAGGACUUGAAGGGAACGGAUUGAAGGAGCUGGGUUGAAUGGGAAGGUAAAGGUAUUUCUUUCUUUUUUUUCAUGUACAGUGGUACGUCGGGUUAAGAACUUAAUUCGUUCUGGAGGUCCGUUCUUAACCUGAAACUAUUCUUAAGCUGAAGCACCACUUUAGCUAAUGGGGCCUCCCGCUGCCGCUGUGCCACCACCACACAAUUUUUGUUCUUAUCCUGAAGCAAAUUUCUUAACCCGAGGUACUAUUUCUGGGUUAGUGGAGUCUGUAAGCUGAAGCGUCUGUAACCCGUGGUACCACUGUACACAUGGGCUGGAAAUGUUGCUGUUGUUUUUGAUGUUAAAUGUAUUACCUGCCGUUCACCAGCAGGUUAAGAUUAGUUUAGAUCUCACAGAUGUAGAACUUGGAAGUACCAUUCCAUUUUUGAGAUGGCAAAGUGCUGGUCUCGGUGGAAUACUUACUUCCGAAGGAUGCUUCCAGACUGUUGCUGUGUUUGGGUGGAGUUCAGUCACAUACCAGCAAAUUCAGGUUGUGCAAUUAAAGCUGGUUUCAAGCUCUUGCACAACAAAACUGCCCCAAAGAUGAGACUUUUUGCAAUAUGGAAGGUGAUGAGGAAAAUGCACCGGUAAGUGGGAAAUAAAAUAUAUUGACUCAACGUCUUUUAAACUCCCCACAAACAAAUCAGGAUGAAUUCUCAAUAAACAGGUCACCUGGAAGCAACACAAGUGUCUCUGGGAAUUGGGCGGUAGCCACCUUGAGGGAGGUAUCCCCAACAAAUGUGAAAUGUACCCCUCUUCUAUAUAGAAUGCCUCUGGCUUGGUAUAGCUGAAGCACUAUGUUUCUGAAAACCAUAUCUCUGCCCAACAGAUGAGGUUUUGCCUUAAGGCAAAAUAGUGCAUACUCCGUAUUACUCUUUCCCUUCUCCAUUCUUAAGUGUGCCUUUGUUGUGCCCUGCAGCACGGCAAGGCCCCACCAGAGCGUAAGGCAGGGCAAAUUUCAGACAGGAGGCAAAUCGCAGCGCAAAGAAUCAUGCUGCGUUCUGGGGAAUGCGGAGCUGUGAAGUUGCUCGGGCAAGUCACAAGCUGAAACUGAGCCUUUCUAUGGUAGCAGGUGCAGUCUAAUGGUUCACACCACCUGUGCUGGGAGAUGCCACUGAAAAGUGAGCAUCCUUCUCCAAUAACCUUCUACUGCAACUGAGCAGGAGAGCCUCAGGACUUCCUUCUGCAGUGGAGUCAUCUGAGUCAGAUGAUGGCAGUACCACAUUCUCCAGCUGGGGGGUGGAGUUGGUCUUGCAUGCCUUUCCCCUUCCACUCCAGAGUCCUCCCCUUCCUCUCCGUAAUAUCUUGGAAUUGUAGAGUUGGAAGGGACCAUGAGGGUCAUGCAUGAAUCUUUUUGCCCAGUGUGGGGCUCAAACCCAUGACUCUGAGAUUAAGAGCCUCAUGCUCUACUGACUGAGCUAGGUGAGGGGAUAUUACUCCAGGGUCAUGGCAGCCUUCUUGGCACAACAAGCGCAGCAUGUUCCCUUGUCUGGCUGCCUGUUUGACAGGGUCUUUAAGUGCUCUCCAGCAUGGGAUCCCUUCGUUUUCAUUGGAACAACUUACAUCCUUUGUCACAGAUGGGUGAGCUGGCACUUUUGUGUAAUAAAGAGAUUUUGCUGGAAGGAGUCCAGCGCAGUGGAUGAGCUAGAUUGCUCUGCUUCUGGAUGGCCUGUUUUCCCCAUUAAUUACGGGCCCAUCAGUUUAUGCAAAAUAUGAAAACAUUGGCUGGCAAGGAAUCGCUCUGCUCUUCCACCUCACUGCUAACAAUAUUGACUCAGACUGUCAAGAAGACAAACCCUUUACAGGAAUAUUCCAUAAUUAAGGCUAUAUAUUUCUCUAGUUUAAGGACCUACUGGAUCGGCACUAGGGACAGAGGAAUCUCUCGAUUUCACUUCUCCUAGUUUCUCACUUUUCCAAUUUUAAAUCCAGUUCUCCACAUUUCUGUGUCAGUUUGCAAUUUUAAAUUCAUCACCAUUUUAGUGCAAAAUUCAUUUGGUACACACAUUUUUUUGCAAGCAAUAUUUUCUAAUAUAAUGCAUUUUCAUUAAGAUGCACAUUCUUGUACAUGUUACUUUGUUGGAGAACUGCACCACAAAAUUUGGAGAAGUGCAUUUUUUUUUUUUUUUUAAGGAGAGCUGUGUUUUGGUUCACUGUUGUUUUGGAAAGCACAAAUUAGGCAGGUUUACAUUGAAAUCAUAGCCAAACCGAAUUUCUACCCCAUUCUCCAGUCGAUACCAAGAGGCCCUUCCUCUAUUUAUGUCAGGAUCCAUACCACUUAUUUGCUCCCAGUUCUGAUAAGAGUGUGGUAAUGGCUGCAGAGGAAAUGAAGAGAGAUCAGAAAGAUUGCAGGAAGUAGGUAGAUCAGUCUGACUUUUUAACUGGAAGGAGUAUGAAAAUCAGGAAAUUGUAAAGAGUUGAGGCCUGAACGAAGGAUGAACUGUGUCCUUAUGUUGAAGCUUGUGGAUAUAUGAUCAACAUGGGGCGUUACAAAAUACAAUUAAGAAUUUUGAAAUGUAUUUCACCACAUAAUCUCAAAUACAGCUUUGCUGCUAAUUAUACUGGGGUAUAUUUGUCUUUUUCCCUUUUAGAGGUUCUAAUAUAUUUUGACUAAGAACUCCUGACUGCACUAAAACUGCCGGAGCCUUUUGUUUUAAAUAAACACUGCGAAUACCAAUUUAUCACUGCUGUUGAUGAAAGAGACACUUGGCUCAGUUCACAAACCAGUUAGGCAGAAGUACUUGAGUUCAAGCCAGAUUGAUCACUUCCAUUAACUUCAAGUGAUGAUAUUGCCACUGUAUUUUGGACAGCCCAGCAUAUGAGGCUGACCAAACCAUUUUCAGCCCCAAAACAACAGGACAAAACUACAGGUAGCCUCCCAGAACUUCCCCACUGUUGAUGUGAUAUCGGAUCAGAUUCAGUGGUGGAAGGGGAGCAUAAUGAGUGGGAAAACAAACAAACAAAGAAAGGAAAUUCAGGAAUUGCUCCUCCCACUUCUCUUCGCAAUAACUUCUAAUGCUGGUUUUUCAUUCAGAAGACACCAGUUGAGAUGUUACCCAUGUUGAGAUGUUACCCAUGUAUCUCCUACAUGUUGUCUAGUUUAACUUGUUUGAGGAUUAAGUGCUCCGGCAGCUUGUUAACAUGCUUUGCCAUCGUGUUGUGAUGAUCACUGAACUCACACCAGUCUGAUUUGCUCACUCCAUGUCGGGCAGGUGUGGCUAAUAAUCCCUGUGGCUCUUCAGAUGCCCCUGAACUACAACUCCCAUCAGCCUCAACCAGCUUGGCCAGCCAUCCUGUUAGGAGGCUUGUUCCUGGUUGUUGUUCAUUUAAUUUUACUAUUGCUGCAUUUUUACUCCCAAGAAGAAGGACACUGACAAACUGGAACGUGUCCAGAGGAGGGCAACCAAAAUGGUCAAAGGCCUGGAAACGAUGCCUUAUGAGGAACGGCUAAGGGAGCUGGGCAUGUUUAGCCUGGAGAAGAGGAGGUUAAGGGGUGAUGUGAUAGCCAUGUUCAAAUAUAUAAAAGGAUGUCAUAUAGAGGAGGGAGAAAGGUUGUUCUCUGCUGCUCCAGAGAAGCGGACACGGAGCAAUGGAUCCAAACUACAAGAAAGAAGAUUCCACCUAAACAUUAGGAAGAACUUCCUGACAGUAAGAGCUGUUCGACAGUGGAAUUUGCUGCCAAGGAGUGUGGUGGAGUCUCCUUCUUUGGAGGUCUUUAAGCAGAGGCUUGGCAACCAUAUGUCAGGAGUGCUCUGAUGGUGUUUCCUGCUUGGCAGGGGGUUGGACUCGAUGGCCCUUGUGGUCUAUUCCAACUCUGAUUCUAUGAUUCUAAGAGCCACGUGUCAGAUUCCCCGCCGCCUCAGGUGUUAAAACAAUUUAGCUAACCUUGUGCACCAUUUGACCUGGACCUUGGACAGAGACACCAUCUCUGCUUUUCUGCUUCUGGCAGCAUAAUGUUCUUGGCUUGGCUUGGACUGGCAGAGUGCCGCAGGUCUAGCCAAACACAGAAAGAUACUAAUACAGGUUGGUCAUUCACAUUUUCACUCACAAUAAGCUGCACUGAGUGCAGUAGAGCCAGCUUCCUAGUACAUGUGCUUAGGACUGUGCAGCCUAUAGAGCAGGCAUGGCCAAACAUGACCCUCCAGCUGUUUUAGGACUGCAGUUCCCAUCAUCCCUGACCACUGGUCCUGUUACCUAGGGAUGAUGGGAGUUGUAGUCCCAAAACAGCUAGAGGGCCAUGUUUGGCCAUUCCUAAUAUAGAGCUUUUCGCUUGAUUUGAUUUUGAGCAAGGCAAGUACAGUAGUUACUCUAGACUUUGGGGGGAAUCUAGAUAUCUUUCAUGGAGAAAGUAUUUCUGUGAUCUGGAAACGUAGGUGAAAAAAUCCCAUUCCUUUGCAAUUUAUCAUUAUUAUUAUUAUUUAUUACAUUUGUAUACUGCUGUAUAAUUGUAGAUCUCAGCACAGUUCACAACAUAAAAUCACAAUAUACAAAAAGAAAAUAUAUAAUGAAAACAAAAACCCAAUAAACCUCCCCUUCCACAUUUUAAAACCUUCCCCACUCAUUAUUCUACUAGUGAGUGGAGUGUUAAUGCCUCAAGCACCUAUUGGAUGAUGCCUGUGAUGUCACACAUGAUCGGUGCUAUAAACAUCCGCUCACAUUUAAAUACCUGUGCUAUAUAACAGCAGGGAUGGGUAACCUGUGGUCCUCCAGAUGUUGCUGAACUCCAUCAACCCCAGCCAGCCAAUGGUCAGGGAUGAUGGGAGCUGGAGUCUAGCAAUAUCUGGAGGACCACUGAUUUCCCAUAUCUAUUUUAUAGGCUUAAAUACUCCACCACUGGCACACUGCAAUGUGCUGGUAUCCUCUUUCAGAGUGGGAAGGUACUGUGUUAGCUGGAUCAAUGUGGCAGCAUCUGGCCUCAUCACCACUAUGCUAAGGCCCCUCCAAUGAUGGAGGCCAGAAGCUACCAAGCAGCUAUCAGGUGACUCAGGGGGCAGUAACAUCCCACUUAAUCCUGUAAACCCUCAGAUUUGUGCCUGGCUCGUUCUGAAUAUCUUGGUGCUAGAGAAAGGAUCUGACUGUUCUCCGGCUGGGCCCACUCACUCAUCUGUUUAUCUAUGGACUUGCCCAGUGGUGGAAGGAGUCUCUCUUGGCACCUGGGGUGGUGCAAACCGCCCAUAGGGGCAGGGCGAACCGUCCAUAGGGAGGGACAGGGGGCACAGCGGCCAUUUCCGCCCCCUCUGUUUUUGCUCGUCUGCCUUUCCCACCCUCUCCCCUGCCUGCCUGCCUGCCUCCUCCAUGUGGGAGCGUGGGGUAAUGGCGCCCCCCGUGACUCCUGACCCAGGGGGUGGGGCAACCAUGCCCGGGGGGCACAAUCUGGCCCGGCGACCAGGCCAGGGGGCGCUGCACCAAGGCAGCCAGGCCAGGUGUGCUGGUCCCGGGGGUAAGGUACCUUGGGUGUAGCAGAGUCCACACGAGGAGGGGCAAGGUCCGAGGCAGAGAGCCGGGCGGGGAACAGGAAUGCUGGAACAGGAGGCUGUGCAGGGAACAGGAACACCGGAUGGUCGGGAACAGGAGGCCGAGCAGGGAACAGGAGUACCGGAUAGUCAGGAACAGGAAGCCGAGCAGGGAUCAGGAACACAGGAAGGUCCGAAGCCAACAACGACGUUGCUCCCGCAACCUGGGGCCGGGCUGACUGGGCUUUUAUCCUCUUCUAAGGCCAGGGGCGGUCCCGGUCCCCAGGAGCCCCGCCUCCUCUGGCCUUAAGGCGAGCACUCCUCCUGGGGGCAACCAGUUCCCUUCGCCUCUCUGCCCUAAGCCUCUGCAGAUCAGGAGAGGCCGAAGGGUUACUGGGCCCUGGAGGAGGCUCACCUGUGGCCACUGAGUCAUCAAGCCCCUCUGGGGCCCGAAGGGCUUCACCUGGGGCCAGCUCCUGAUGCACUGCCACAGGUGCAGGCUCUUCAGCAUCAAGGCCUUGCCCCAGUUCAGCCGGCCCUGGAGGCGGGGACUCCUGUGCAGGCCGGGAUUCCUCUGUUUCAUCCUCCGAAUCGGAAUCCCAGGCCAUCACACCAUCCCCCUCCCAGGCCCCCCCCUCAACCGAGGGUCCGGACCCGGCUUGCCGGGAUACGUCGCAUGGAACUCUCGGAGGCAGGCAGGUGCAUGGACAUUGGCCGCUGGUUCCCAGGAACGGUCCUCCGGUCCGUACCCCUUCCAGUCAAUGAGAUACUGCAGCUUUCCCCUGCGGUAUCGGGAGUCCAGGAUGCGUUCCACCUCGUACUCAGGCUCCCCGAACCAACACUGGCUGCGGUCGGGGACGGUUCUGGUGGAACUCGUCGGGUGGGGCCACCGGACUCCAAAGGGACCUGUGGAAGACCGGGUGAACCUUCAGGGUUGCGGGUAACCGGAGACGGAAUGCCACAGGAGAGAUUUGGUCUACGAUAGGGAACGGGCCGGUGAAGCGGGCGUCCAACUUCCGCGAAGGUCGAGAGGGGUGGAGGUGGCGAGUGGAGAGCCAAACCAGGUCACCGACGCGAAGUUCCGGCCCCACCUGGCGGUGGCGGUCGGCCUGGGCUUUGUACGCUUCCUUGGCCUGGUGCAGUUGCUCCACCAAAAGCUGUUGCUGGGACUGGAGCUCUUGAAGCCACUCCGUCACCGCCGGGACCGCGGAUGCCGGCAGCACCUCUGGAAACAGCCGUGGAUGAUAACCAUAACUGGCCUGGAACGGGGUCUGCUGGGUGGACGCAUUCACCGCGUUGUUAUAGGCGAACUCCGCCAAUGCCAGGUGGUCGACCCAGUCAUCCUGCUGGUAGCUGCAGUAACACCGGAGGUACUGCUCCAGCACCGCGUUCGCCCGUUCCGUCUGGCCAUCGGUCUGUGGGUGGUAGGCUGACGAGAGGCAGACCUCUGUCCCGAGGGUCUGGUGUAAUGCUCGCCAGAACCGGGAUGUGAACUGAACGCCCCGGUCGGACACCACGCGCUCAGGUAGACCAUGCAGGCGGAAGACAUGCUGAAGGUACAGCUGAGCAGUUUCCUUGGCUGUGGGUACAGAUGGACAGGGAGCGCAGUGCACCAUCUUGGUGAAAUGGUCGGAGAAAACCAGAAGGCAGGUACAGCCACGAGACGAGGGUAAGUCCACUACAAAGUCCAACGAAACUGUGUGCCAAGGGCGCGGUGGAACUGGCAAUGGCUGAAGUAGGCCGGGGGUCGCCCGGUAGGCCCCUUGGCGCGUCGGCAGACAUCACAACCAGCAACGUAGCGAGCCACGUCAGCCUUCAGGCGGGGCCACCAAAACUCACGACUGACCAGAUGGGUGGUCCGAUACCGUCCAAAGUGCCCCGCUGCCGGGGCAUCAUGGGCCAUCCGGAGAACCUCCAGCCGCAGUGGCCCUGGCGGGAUGUACAGACGACCGUGGUGCAGCAGGAGGCCCUGAUGCAGGACCAGCCCCGGAUACUGUGGGCUGGACCCUUCAGCCAGCUCCCGGAGUCGUUCCUGGGCCCAAGCGUCGACCCGCUGCUGUUCCCGCACCCGAACCUGCAGUGGCUGCGCCUCCUGGGUGGCCAGGAAUGCGGCCGGAGGUAGGAUCGUGGCGGGUUCUGCUUGCUGUACCGUGUCUGCGUUGUCUUCAGGUUUCCGGGACAGGGCAUCCGCCUUCAGAUUCUGAGAGCUAGGGAUGUAGCGGAUCCGAAACUGGAACCGGGAAAGAACAACGCCCACCGGAUCUGUCUUUGGUUCAGCUUGCGGGUGGUCUGGAGGUACUCCAGGUUCCGGUGGUCGGUUCUUACCUCCACCGGAUGUCGUGCCCCCUCAAGAUGGUGGCGCCAGACCUCAAAGGCUACCUUGAUGGCCAGUAGUUCCCGCUCCCACACAGUAUAGUUACGCUCCGCUGGUAGGAGCUGGCGGGAAUAGAAGGCACAGGGUAAGAGUGGCGCUUCGGGCCCAAUCUGUUGAGACAAGACGGCACCGAGAGCCGUACUGGAGGCGUCGGUCUCCACCACAAAGGGUCGAGAGGGGUCAGGAUGUUGUAAGAUUGGUGCCCUCUGGAAACAGGCCUUCAACCCCUGAAACGCCUCCUCUGCCUCCUUGUCCCAGGAAAACGGCGUCUUUGGGCGCAGUAGCCGGGUCAACGGGGUGGUGCGAUGAGCAUAAUCAGCGAUGAAGGUCCGGUAGUAAUUGGCGAACCCCCGGAACCGUGGUAUGUCCUUGCGGUUCCGGGGUGCCGCCCAUUCUUGAACCGCUGUCACCUUCCCGGGUCCAUUUGCACCCCAUCCGGAGAGAGCCGGUGACCAAGGAAGUCCACAGUCCGCUGAUGGAACUCGCACUUGCUGAGCUUUGCGUACAAACGGUGCUCACGCAAGCGCUGCAGCACGGUCCGGACAUGUCCCUCAUGGCGAGCCGGGUCACGGGAGUAAAUCAGUAUGUCAUCCAAAUACACCACCACGUACUUGUCUAACAAGUCCUGAAACACGUGGUUGAUGUAGCGUUGGAACACAGCAGGCGCGUUGCACAACCCGAAAGGCAUAACCAAAUAUUCGAACUGCCCGUACCGGGUCCCAAACGCUGUCUUCCACUCAUCCCCGGCUCGGAUCCGAAUCAAGUUGUAGGCCCCCCGGAGGUCCAGCUUGGUGAACACCUGUGCCCCUUGCACCCGCUCCAGCAGCUCCGAGAUAAGGGGCAAGGGGUAUCGGUCUGGGACGGUAAUUUUGUUCAAGGCUCGGUAAUCAUGGCAAGGGCGGAGUCCCCACAUUUCUUCUUAACGAAAAGCACUGGUGCCGCGGUAGGCGAGGUGGACGGCCUAAUGAACCCACGCUCCAGGUUCUUGCGCAAGAAGUCCUGCAAAGCCUCGCGCUCUGGCUCUGUUAGAGAAUAUAAGCGACUCACUGGUAGAGGCGCUCCGGGUUGGAGGUCUAUGCCGCAGUCAAAGGCCGAUGCGGCGGCAGCUGGUCUGCCCCCGUUCCUCGAACACGUCCUGGUAGUCCUGAUACACGGCUGGGAGCGUGGGUGCUGCCUCCUCUGAGGCGCGGCCGCCAGCGUCCCAGUUGAGCAUGGGAACAUGGGUCUGGGAAGUGCACGGUCCGUUUGACCCAGUGAAUCUGAGCGUUGUGGGCUUCCAGCCAGUCCAUCCCGAGCACCAGGGGAAGCGGGGCAUAGAGGCAAUGUCCAAAGUUCGCAACUCCCGGUGCUGCUGGAAACACAGGACCAGGGGCUGGGUCUCCUGAGUAACGGCACCUGAACACAGAAGUCGUCCGUCAAUCGCUUCCACCUGGACCGGUACUGGCUUGUUCCGAAGUGGCACCUGAUGAUGGGCGGCAAAAGCAGCGUCCAUAUAAGAGCGGGUUGCCCCUGAAUCCACCAAAGCAUGGGUGGGGAUCCAGGGCCCACCUGGAGGGUAUAAACGUACCGGAACCAUAAGAUGUUGCGAGUCCAUUGAUGCAGGCCCAUUCUGCGCGGUUUGGGACCCCCGGCAGCUAGGGCCAUCAGCUACUGGGGUUGGCGGUUUCCCUGCGGCUGGCGUUUCUCAGGGCAAGACCGAGCGAAGUGUCCACUUCCGCCACAGUAAAGACAGAGAUUUCCCUCCCGACGCCGCGCCUUCUCUGCGGGGGAAGGCGUGGCCGCACUGCCCCGAGCUGCAUAGGCUCCUCCGUUAAAUCAGUUGUGACCGUGGGGCUCCCGGAAAAAGCUGGUGCCGUGAACUGGAAGUGUCGGCGACCCGGGCCUGACGACGAUCCUCCAACCGGUCGUCUAUUUGUAGACUCCGUUGAAUGAGAGUGUCUAGCGUGGUGGGGCGUUCCAUUGUGGCCAACUGGUCCAGUACCUCGUCCGAAAGCCCUUCGAGAUACUGGUCCCGCAGUGCCGAAUCAUUCCAGGUCAAGUCCUGUGCCAACAGCCGAAACUCCGUGGUAUAUGCGGCCACCGUGGACUUGCCCUGUUUCAAACGCCGAAUCGCCCGGUUGGCUUGACUCCCUUUCUGGGGGUUGCCGAGCGCGGCCUCCAAACGAUUGCAAAACCCCGUAUAGUCUGCCAGCAAGGGGAGUCUUGCCUGAGUAGCGGCAACGCCCACUUGGCCGCCUGGUCCUUUAACAAACUAAUCAAAAAGUGCACCUUGGUGCGGUCGUCAGGAAAGUUCCGGGCUCGCCCCUGAAUAUACAGCUUGGCCUGGGCCAGGAACAUGGGAAAGCUGGCCGGGGCUCCAUCAAAUUUCUCAGGCAAAGCCACUGGGUACUUGCCAGGAGCCGGGCGUCGGCCCCAGGAGCCGGUAGGGCUUCCAAGCGUUGUUGAAGUGCCACAACCGCGUCACUGAGCUGCUGCACGGUGUGAGUCAAGGCCUGGUUCUUCUGGGCCAAAGCCACCAGUGCAGCCGCCUGGUCAGCCAUGGCCUCUGGCUCUUCCCGAACGCACCCCUACGAAGGGGAGUGCGGGUUUGGCGGGAGCAAACUGUGCUGGUCCCGGGGUAAGGUACCUUGGGUGUAGCAGAGUCCACACGAAGAGGGGCAAGGUCCGAGGCAGAGAGCCGGGCGGGGAACAGGAAUGCUGGAACAGGAGGCUGUGCAGGGAACAGGAACACCGGAUGGUCGGGAACAGGAGGCCGAGCAGGGAACAGGAGUACCGGAUAGUCAGGAACAGGAAGCCGAGCAGGGAUCAGGAACACAGGAAGGUCCGAAGCCAACAACGACGUUGCUCCCGCAACCUGGGGCCGGGCUGACUGGGCUUUUAUCCUCUUCUAAGGCCAGGGGCGGUCCCGGUCCCCAGGAGCCCCGCCUCCUCUGGCCUUAAGGCGAGCACUCCUCCUGGGGGCAACCAGUUCCCUUCGCCUCUCUGCCCUAAGCCUCUGCAGAUCAGGAGAGGCCGAAGGGUUACUGGGCCCUGGAGGAGGCUCACCUGUGGCCACUGAGUCAUCAAGCCCCUCUGGGGCCCGAAGGAGCUUCACCUGGGGCCAGCUCCUGAUGCACUGCCACAGGUGCAGGCUCUUCAGCAUCAAGGCCUUGCCCCAGUUCAGCCGGCCCUGGAGGCGGGGACUCCUGUGCAGGCCGGGAUUCCUCUGUUUCAUCCUCCGAAUCGGAAUCCCAGGCCAUCACACCAGGGGAUGCAUUCUGACCCUGUGGCCAGGCUGGGGGGUGCGCCCCACUGCAGUGGCCAGACUGGGGGCACGAUCCGGCAUGGUGGCCAGGCUGGGGGGUGUGAUCCGGCCAGGCCAGGGGGUGCAAUCCAGCACAGCGGCCAGGCCAGGGGGUGGGAUCUGGCUUGGCGGCAAUCGGACUCGGUUGGGAUUUUGUCUCACACACCCCUCAGGGAUGGUGCCACCUCCACCGCCUCUGUACUUGCCUGCUUACUCAAAACUCACCUCUGGACCGUUAACUUUGACAGUGCUUGCUCUGCAGUAGGAAAAGCUGGGCUUUAUGACUGGGCUGAUCUUGAUUUGUGAUGGGUAAUUUGGAACUCUCCCAAGCAGCUUUCAAAAGUCAAAUGGCUGCAUGUAUUUUCCUAGAAUUUGAUCUAUCACAUGUUUCUGCUUUUCAGAAAUUAUAAAAGAUGAGAAAGAUUAGCUACAGCGGAGAGACUUCUAGAGAAGUCUGGCCUUUGUAUUCAGGCCAGAUGAGCUGCCUCAAAAGGCAAAUAGCCCUGGGGUAAUUAUGGAAAUGGGACACGGGUGGCACUGUGGGUUAAACCACAGAGCCUAGGACUUGCCGAUCAGAAGGUCGGUGGUUUGAAUCCCCGUGACAGGGUGAGCUACCAUUGCUCAGUCUCUCCUCCUGCCAACCUAGCAGUUUGAAAGCACGUCAAAGUGCAAGUAGAUAAAUAGGUACCGCUGUGGCAGGAAGGUAAACGGCGUUUACGUGCACUGUUCUGGUUCGCCAGAAGCAGCUUAGUCAUGCUGGCCACAUGACCCGGAAGCUGUACGCCGGCUCCCUUGGCCAGUAAAGUGAGAUGAGCGCCGCAACCCCAGAGUCGGCCAUGACUGGACCUAAUGGUCAGGGUUCCCUUUACCUUUACCUAAUUAUGGAAAUGUAUAUACUGUAUGGGGAGGUGCAGAAAUGAAGAACAACCUACCUAUGCAGACUGGUCCUCAGCCCCCUUGGAUCAUCUGGCUUGUGUCUAAAAUAGUGCUAGGUCUUCUUCUACAAUGGAGCUUCCACAACCCUUGAAGGGACAGCCCAGAUUUACAGAAGCCAUCUUGGUUUCUGAUUUGAUCCCAGAAUGUCCCACUUUUCCUUAGGACGUCCCUAUUUUCAUCGGAGAAAUGUUGGAGGGUGUGGAGUUAUCUGACUCCCGAGCCAUCUGAAGGCAGCCCUGUAUAGGGAAGUUCUUUCAGUUAUUUUUAAUCUGAUCAGAAUAUCAAAGAAAAAAGUAUUUGUGUGGUACUAUAGCAAUUUUACUACAGAAUGCAGUGCAAAAAUCAAUAUGUCUUGGUUCUACUGCCCACUUGGAGAUAAUAAAGCUCUCUCUCUCACACACAUCUUUAGGAUAUUUUAGGAAGGAACAUAAGGGAAGGAUCUUUAGUUCAUGUACCAGUGAGUCAAGCAUGCAGUAAUAUUGCCAUUUUGAUGACACAUCCAUACAUGUUCAGCCUUGUUAACCUUUAGAGGAACAUGAGGAAGCUGUUGAAACUACAAGAAAAAUGUAUACACUGUUGGCAUUUGUCUGCAAAAUGAGUUUGUAAGCUUUAAAAGGUCUUGCUGGCUCCAGUCCAAAGUACUUUGUGCUCCUACAUUUGUAGUAUUUUUAAGUCAAUUUAGUGGCUCAGCAAGAUUGCAUGGGCAAAGUGAAUGACAGCCGUAGCUCUUUAAGAGAAUUGUGAAUUAAAGUUAGAAACUAGCACCAAUAAUAAUAAUAAUAAUAAUUUUAUUUAUACCCCGCCCAUCUGGCUGGGCUUCCCCAGCCACUCUGGGCGGCUUCCAACAAAAUAUUAAAAUACAAUGCUCUGUUAAACAUUAAAAGCUUCCCUAAACAUUCUACUUAGAAUGUAGAAGGUUUCAACCUUAGUGCUAGGGAAACUUCUGAUACUCUCCUAAUCAGAAUUUCCUCCUUGAUCUGGGAGUUCUGAAUGAACUGGAUUUGUUAGAAUAAUAGAGUUGGAUGGGACCUCAAAUGUUACCAGGUCUAACCCCACAUCAUCUCUGAUGGAUUCCCUUCUAGUUUCCACUAUCGAAUCAAAUUAACUCCAUCUGUUUGACAGUCCUUCAUAUAUUUAUCAUUUAUUUCAUUUAAAAAUAUUUAUAUGCCACAAUAUAGAGAGCUAUUAUUGUAAACUACUUUGUUUUUUUAAUAAGAAAAACAGACAAAUUAAAACCAGAGGCCAUCAAUUUAAGACCAUCAAUCAUAGAAAGAUGUGUUAUUAGUUGCUUAGAGAAACUGGGUAGAAUAAAAAAGUGUUCAGCCUGCGUUUUAAAGAUUGAAAGAGAAGGCACCUGCUAAAUCUCUAUUGGCAGGGUAUUCCAUGACAGUGGGCAGAAAAAUGGUUUGAACGUGGUUUGAAAAUUGUUAGCUUUUGUCUCUUAAUCGUCUCUUCUCUAGGCUAAAUAUACGCUGUAUGAAACUUGGUCUACCGAACCGAACCAAUACUUUAGAAAGCCUCCAUAGUUCUGUUGGGGUUUUUUUCAUUUCUGAGAGAGUGUACACACAUUUUAUUUUAGACGCAAUGAAGCACACAUUUCUUCUAUAUAAUCCACAAACAAUCUAGAUCUAUUGCAUAUUUGUUGCCCCCUGGAAAGUGCUUCUUGAGAAACAAGUUCCUUUCCAAAAAUGAAAGCUCGUUGACGAUUGAUUUUCGCGUUACCCCACUGCAUAUCCAUUUGGAAAAAAAGUUGGCCGUCCCAGCAGUGGGAGUUGUAUCCUCCCCUGCCCAAUGGCAUUGUGGGUGGGAAUUUAUCAAGAUGGUUAUCAUCACUUCCUCCUUUCCUCAGCUGGGGCAAGUACAGGAAGGAAAAGGCUUGCAUAACCUAAUCAAGGGGAAGGUUUUCAAAUGUGUAUCAAGUAACUACACCCAUCCUUGUGGACAGCAGGAUCUAGGAUCAAUCUAGAUUGAAAGCAACAUGCUGAGGACAAGCAUGAACGGUGCCAGAAUGAGGAAAAACUACAUUUCUGUGCUACAAGCAGGUUAGUGUGAAAUAUUUUGAGUGUGGUAUAGACUGUUGUGAGAGACCUGUGGUUCAACAGGGCCAGUUCUGGGGUGACUUCCAAUACAUGUUUGGUUGUUUUGCUUAUUUCUUGCAAGAAAAUCUGUAAUCAUUUAUUUUUUAAAGCAAACUUGAUGAGCAUAUUUACAAGCUUGAAGGCUUGAGGGAAGUCAGAAGAGAGGAAUGUUAAUGUUAAAGGCUUGAAUAGCUUCCCCCUUAAAAUCAGUGUGGAGAAGGAGCUGGAUUGCACUCCGUAAGUUUGAAAUACUUGGCAUAUGGGGAAAAGUUGAAAGGAAUGAGUGAUGCUUAGAUUGGGAAAACAGAAAAUUGAGACACUAUUUGCAGCAUCAAUCAUUCAGCUAGAGAGAUGCAAAACACACAUUCUUGUCUUUUUAUCAUCUUGCAGAUAGGCUCCUGUUUGGCUAAUUAUUUCCCUGAGGUGGAAAGAGACACUUUGAUUUGUGGUGACUCAUAACAUGAUGAACGAUGGCAGAAGCUUAUUCACACUCUUGGAGUAUCAAAUGAUACCUCCAGUUACCAUAUGAAUAACACCUUUAAUGGUAUAGCUAUAAGGGACUGCCUUCUGCUGUAGCCCAUCUUGGCUGUUUACACAGGCUCUCCCCACACCCAGAGCUGAGUGACAUUGAAGAACAGUCAUUAGCGCUGUCCUUUUGCGAUCAUAAUUUUGAAUGCUGCUCAGUGCAAAACAAAUAAAAAGCCCAGCAUCUCCUAUCAUAUAAAAAACAAAUCUAGCAAGGUCCUAAGCAAAGAUAGUGAUGGGACACCUGCAUAGAGUGGACAUCAAACGGCAUGUCAUUCUGCAACAGUUUGGAAGAAUCAAAUCAGUUGUCAACGUAGGAUAAUAAGCCUCGUAUAACCAAAAUGCUUAAGUCUAAUUAACACAUGAAGGGGUUAAUGCCAUAGAGUAUGUUGUCCUGCCUGGCUUAACUAAGAUUACUCCCCCUCACCUUGGGAGGAAUGAAGUCAAGCCUGUUGUUUCUCUGUCUGCCAUGUGAACUCUGGGUGUAAAGAGGUCUGGGCUGGUUGCUCCAAGCUCUCAGACCACACGAGGUUAAGACAGAAUCCUUCUGCCUGAUAUGCUGGCACCGGGAGUUAUGGAUGGUGGUGGAACAUUCAAAGAGGGUGAUGGAUCCUGCAUGGAUAUGCUGCCUUCUUCUGGGAUAAUGUUCUGGUGGCAUAACUCCCAGAACUCCCAUCUGUGAUUGGCAAUAGUUUAACUUGGGAGUCGAGACUUCUAGUCAGGGCAAGUCCUGUGAGAAGAGCCAAAGAGGAUGAUUGCCUAACUCCUUUGAGAUGUGCUGUGUUUGUGCCACAUCUUCUGUGGGUGCUGAUUUUGAUUGACAAAUCCUGUAGAUAAUUACAACUUGGUAACAUGCAGAGUGGCCCUCUAUGCACUGGCUGCAAAAAAAUUUUUGGAAAAGGGACCUAGAUCAAAUCACUGAGUUGUUUUGGUGAUACAAAGGUUUAAUCUGAAAUCAAACUAAAUUAAAGCUUGUUGGUUUCUCUGGUAUCUUCUCUUACAUAAUGGAUGUCAGCUUAUUAUGGACGCUUGUUUUGUAUUUUAUUAAUAUUAUUGCUACAAGUUUGUCAUUGCCUUUGGCUAGAACAAUAAACUACUGAAAUGAACUACAAGUGAAAAGAAAUGGCUUGCAGUUUCAGGUAAUGUUGAGUGACACUCACAAUAGCAGUGCAAACUUGAAUAGCAAUGAGAACUGAGUCAGCUUUUGGGAACUAUUGCGAAAAGGUGUGUGUGUGUGCGCGCGCGCCUCUGUAUGUGUUUAAAUGCAAUUAAGCAGGUUCACAGUGUAUUACAUAAGAAGAAACACUGCCAAUUUUUCAUACCUGCAGUAGCUAAUUGUAACUCCAUUCCAUUUUUUAUAUGUAUUUUGAUUUGGCAAACUUUGAAACACUUUGAUCCAACAUCAAUUUUCUCUUUUUUAAUGCAUAAGAUUUGUUCUUACAAACACGUAAUAAAUAUUGUUUCUUGUCACAUGGAUGAUUAGAAAAGAGGCAUGUUUCUUCAAAAAAGAAAAGAAAAACCCACCAUUUACAAAGGCACUUGGACAAGCACAGAGGUACACACUAACUGCAUUACAUUUUCAUUCUGUACAGUGCUAUACUCUUUGCUCAGAGGAUAAUUUUCCCAGACAGUUGAAGGUGGUUUUGAAGAUGGGUUGGGGCUUGUGGUGUAUGUAUAUUUUUUCUCAACUUUUGCCUUUGAUAAACAGAUAUUUAUUGUUUCAAAACCUGCCUUGCCUGUUUAGCUACAGUGGCUGUCAGAUCAAAGAUGUGCUCUGCCAUUUUUUUCUGAGCCAAGUACUGUAUUGCAAAAUUCAGAGACAUGCAAAAAUCUUAGCAUAAUUAUGUUCCCAACCACACAUUAGUCCAAGGGGGUCAGUUUGCUUUGCAAUUCACAGAAACUGAAGUCUUCAAUCCUUGACAUAGGUGACCCUUUGCUGCUCUGCAAAUGGCUUAGGUUCAGAUUUGGUUCUGCAGGGACGUUAUAUAAAAGCCUAUUUUAACAUGAAGUGGUAUAUAAAUUAAAUCAUUGUCAUCUUUUUCUUCCUUGUGCCUUUUAAGAACCCAGUGAUUGGAGGUCAAACUUGCAUCAUUUUCCUGCCUCAAAGAGCUGUCUUUUCCUUGAUCGUUAAUGGAAAUAGCCACAUGUGGGUUCAUCUGUGUGGAUCUAGAAGAGGCCCUUAAAGGAACAAUUAAGAGCUGUGAAACUGCAUGAGAUGAAAAAUCCACAACAACAGCUAAAGCAUAUGACAGAGUAAUAAACAAUUAAAGGACUUGAAACAAUGAAGUGCCCAGGUGCUCCAAAAACAGUGUUCAAAAGACUAAUCUAACUGAAUAUAAACACUGCCUUGGAAGCACAUCAACUUUAUAACCAGCACUUUUUCUGCUUGAGAAAAACAAACGAACAAAAAAAAACCUUCCUUUCAUCUCCCUUACAAACUAAUGUAGCAAAUGGUAUCAGUAUGGAAUUGGCAGAGGUCUGCUUAGUACUGACAGAGCAACUAAAGAGAACUAAAAAGAAAACCGCAGUUGGGAUAUUGCAGGAUAAUGCUAAAUUAUAAGUGUCCAUGGUGCUUUCUGUUGACUAAAUAACAUAACAGUAUCAUGUAUCCUCUUAAAGGCUUUGAUUAACACGUUUUUGGAUUCAAGUGAUGCACCUAGUUUCAAAAAUGCCACUGGCAUGAACUUUCCUUGUCGGAUGGUGCCAGUGGAGAUCUAUAUUUUAAAAGCGGACUAAUUAAUGUGAAGUAAUUAGGAUACUGUUGAAUUUUUCAUUGGAAGUCCCUUCUCAUUCAGGUUCCACAUGAUGCUUCAUGUUCAUAUCACAGUUCAAAAUGUUCCAAAUACAAUUAGAUAAUGCAGGUGAAGUAAUUGUUGCAACAGCAUAACCCUGUAAGAUAACACUAUAUUAUUAUACUCAUAUUGCAGAUAGGGGAACCGAGGUCGGUGAGCGCCACGAUUUGAACCAGGGACAUCCUGAUUCAUAGCUCAGCCUCCAUACACAUUUAAAGCACAUGACUUCCCUCAAAGAACCAUGGAAACUGUAGUUUACCUCACAGAUCUACAGUUCCCAGCACAGUUCUUAGCGGACUACUGUUCUCAGGAUUCCUUAGGGCAGGUUUUAUGCUUUGAACGUAAGGUGUGUACAGUGGUACCUUGGGUUACAUACACUUCAGGUUACAGACUCCGCUAACCCAGAAAUAGUACCUCGGGUUAAGAACUUUGCUUCAGGAUGAGAACAGAUAUUGCGCCGCGGCAGCGGGAGGCCCCAUUAGCUAAAAUGGUACCUCAGGUUAAGAACAGUUUCAGGUUAAGAACGGACCUCUGGAACGAAUUAAGUACUUAACCUGAGGUACCACUGUACUCAGACUCAAUCUUUUAGCCACUGUGCCAAACCUGCAGCACAUUCCUUUGUGGCAUCUGUUAGCAGCUUUGUUUCCCAUUUGGGGAGAAGUGGGCUGUGAAUAUUUGAACUACAUCAGCAAUUAAGUACUGACGACAGCUUCACACUUCAGCAGAGUCGUGAACACAUCGCUUACAAGUUUCCACACAUUAAAUUGGCUGAUCUUCAGGAAAAACAGCUGAUGAACAGCCCUUUGUAUCGCUACUUCUGGUGUCGUUUUACGGCUGCCGAAUGGUUAAACUUUUUCGGAAUCUGGUUGCGCUUAAAGGCGACCUUAUCUUAUUUGCACUUUUUAAAACAACACAAGAACUAAAACACAACCACCCUCCAGAAUUCUGCAGCUCUCUGACUUUGGCAGUGCUUUUCUCCAGCCAAGUAAUGGGUACUAAAAUGCACAUACUGUGCCUUAAAAUGCAUAAUGAAAACAAAAUAUACAGGAAAUGCAUUAUAUUGGAGGGGGGGCUUUGCAAAAAUGUGUGCAUUCAGCAAAAUUGUCCAUAAUCAAUGUAUGUAGUAGUGGUGGUAAUAAUAAUACAGUGGUGCCUCGCAAGACGAAAUUAAUUCGUUCCGCGAGUUUUGUCGUCUUGUGAUUUUUUUCGUCUUGCGAAGCACGGUGUUGGAAAAGUUUUGGAAAAGCUUCAAAAAUCACCAAAGUCUUCAAAAACCUCAAAAAAGGCUACCACACCGCGUGCUAUGAGUUGCUCCUCGAAGUCAAGUCGCAACUGUAUUAACGGUGUUAAGAAAAAGGAAACAAACUUGCAAGACGUUUCCGUCUUGCGAAGCAAGCCCAUAGGGAAAAUCGUCUUGCGAAGCAGCUCAAAAAACAAAAAACCCUUUCGUUUUGCGAGGCAUUCGUCUUGCGAGGUACCACUGUAAUAAUAAUAAUAAUAAUGUAAUAGAAGAAAUCUGUACUGAAAUGAUGAUGAAUGAAGUGAUGAUGAACAACAACCACAAACUGAUGUAUUUAAGAUUGGGAAAAUGAAAAACUGAAAUUGACAGAUUUACUCCUCCCAUCCCUGACACUUGACCAUCCUAGCUGGGCCUGGAGCCGAUAGGACUCGGAGUUCAGCAACAUCUGGAAGGAUACAAGUUCCCUAUCCCUGGCCCUCAAACAUUAUCCAGACCUUACAAUUCCUUGUAUGCUCACCUCUGCAGCAGAAAACACUCCAUGCUCAAGGAUCACAACUGAAUCUUGGCAUUCUCAAAAAAGAGAUGUUCUCAAACAACAUGUUACACUAAACACAUAGCUUUGCAAUGCGCUCUUGUUCUUAACACUUUAAAUGCAGCCAGUUUGGUGGAGGAGGGUUGAUCAGGACUGGUGUAUAGGGUUAACCCUUUCCCCGAUGCCAAAUUAUUGACCCAAAAACCCCUACUCUUCUCCCAAAGCCACUAUCUGACACAAGGCAAAACUACUCACUCAACUUAACAUGCAGUUUGGUCAUAAGCUCUGACAUGAAUUUAUUGCCCCCUUUUGUUAUUGUAUCACCCCCUCUUCAGUUUAGCAGGAGUUGGGUCUGAUAAUGUGGGAGAACAUUUCCAACAUCACAUGCACUAAUAUAGUGCUCAUUAUUAACUUUGAACUCCAAGAACUAAAAAAAACAACUUUUGACGUUCUCAGAGGCACUGCUCUACAUCCCUCCACUAAGUGAAGUAAGGUGGCUAGACACCAGAGACACGUAGCUGUCAACGUUUCCCCUUUUUUAAGGGAAAUUCCCUUAUUCCGAAUAGGAUUCCUCUCAAGAAAAGGGAAAAGUUGACAGCUAUGCAGAGACACCUUGUGCGUGAAAAUUCUGUCCAAGAGGGGAUCAUCCCAUGGCACAACAUUUUUUUGGUUUUGAGGUAAACUUUCUAAUUUGCCAAGGAUUUUUAGUUUUGCUUUCUAUUUUAUGUUCGGUUUGUAACUCUCUCUGCAGAAAUGCUUUUGGUUGCGUUUUCAUGUUUCACGAUGUGCGGCAGGUAUGGGAAACUUUUUGGUUCUUCAUACCUAUCGGGAUCAGCCUCACAGGUCAGAUCCUGAUAGGUAUGUGGAACCUAUUGGCAUGGGGUCAAGUCAAUCACAUGCCAUCGUUAUUCCAUCACACAAUCAACAGGUGGGUGGCUUUGCCAGUCUCAGCUUAAAAGGAGAGCAUGGGGGACUUGCAAAGCCUGUAAGACACUCCUGUUUCAGCCUGAAAUGGGGACACAGGGGGCUGCCUUUAAGCGCUUCUCAAAAGUGCUCUUUGAAGUAUCUGCCUUCCUCUUACAUUUAAAGGAGAAGGGCGGUGGCUGCCUGAAGCAACACUCCUCCUUUAAGAGUCCUGCAGAUAAGCAGGUGCUUUUGGAAAGACUGAUUAUCUCCUCUCCCAAUCAUCUGAUUGGGAGAUGAAGAAAGCAGCUGCCUUUGGGAAGAUCACCUGCGUGUAGGAGAGUCCUGCAUGCAGGCAAUCUUCCCCCAAAGGCAGCUGCUUCCAAAACAGGCAGCUUUCUUUGGCAGUGGGUGCCUGUUCCCAGGGGUGGGGAACAGGUGUGCACAGCCAAAUGGAGCCCUGGGUGAGCUGAUGCUGCUAUCAGGUGUUGAUUUCAGAAGCUGGAAGGGAAUGCAAGGGACACUCCAAACAGCAGAGCAGGGCAAGGCAAGGAGCAGUCUCCACUGAAUGGAAGCCGCUUCCCCCUGCUUGAGCAAGGUCGCACUCCUGCAGCCCAUCAGGUGAUGGGCAGAUGGGAUUGUGCUUUGCUCCUGCAAGGGAACAAUCAGGAGACGAUGCUAAGCUCCCAGUUGUUUCUUUGAAACCCUGGCCUAACCCAUCACACACCUGACAUUGUAGAAUCAUAGAAUUGUAGAGUUGGAAGGGACCCCGAAGAUCCUCUACUCCGACCCCCUGCAAUGCAGGAAUCACUCAUCCAAUGUGGGGCUCAGACCCACAACCUUGAGAUUAAGAGUCAUAUCAUGUAGGGUGGGCAGGCAUGGUAUCUCCCAGACUGCCUGGCAGGCCAAAUAGGGGGGCAUGACAGGCCAAUAUUGGCCCACAGGCUGGAGUUUUCCCACCUUGAUGUAAACCAUUCUGAAAGUGGCUAAUCGAAGUUUGAAAUUAAAAUGCAUGGAGAAAACCAUGCACAUGAGCGCUCCCAUGCUCAUAAGCAGUCUCUUGUGUGCAACGAUCUUUGGCACAGAUUUAAAUUGGCUCCUACUCCUUAUUCAACACCAGUUGUUUUCACUUGUGCCUUAUCUAAGAAUGUAAUAAUGUUGGGGGCUGAAGGGCACUGGGCAAUAUCUGGAGUAGUUUAGGUGUAGUUCAGUGUGCUUUCCUCACAACAAAUGGAGAGGUCUCUUGAGGUUGCAAAGCACAGCACUUGCUCUCCUCUCUAUUCAAAUCUCCCUUUGUGUAGAGAUUUUCAAAAGGGAUACAUGACAAAUCUGAAGAAUCAUGAAUUGUGCAAGCUGUUUAUGUUAGCCAGAUUUCAUAUGUUUCCCUCAAUGAAAAUGAGAGGAAGAUAUUUAGCUCUCCCAGAAUCAGAGCGUCUCUGCAAAUGUAGUAAACAGGAACCUGAUACUUUGGAGCAUAUUUUCUUUUCUUGUGAUUUUGGCAUUUAUGCCAGAAGACAAUUAUUAGAGGCCUUACAACUCAAUAGGCUGAUUUCUAUGCUACCAACGGUUCAGGACCUGCUUUCGGACACGAAUGAUCAAAUUACAUUAAUAGUGGCUGAAUUUUUGAGUGCUGUCCAUGUAGAAAGACUGGGCCAUUAUAAAGAGAUUUAGUGGUUCUUAACUGAUCAGUGAUGUGGUAGUGUUGUAUUGUAUUAUUUAUGCAAAUUGAUUUUCUCUGGAGUUAAAGAUCUGAUUGAUAUGCUGAGCUCAUAUUUUGCACAAUUUGUAUACGGUGUCUGUUUGAUAAUGUGUUGUUUGCUAUGCCUAAUAAAGGAUAGUUGAUUGAACAAGUGGAGAGGUAUUAAACUAGGGCACAGGGAAGGCUGCAGCACACCCUAGCUUAAUGACUGAGGAAGAGGCAUGGGCUUUAGAAGACCCCAUUAAACUUGAACUGCAGCAUUGAUCAAGUUGAAGUCAGGGCCGUCUUUACCCGGGGGUGCAAGAGGUGGAGGGCACCUGGGCAUCGAAUUUGGGGGGGGGCGCCAGGUGCUCACCUCUGAAGCUGCUUAAGUUCUUAACUAUCUACCUGUUAUCAACAAUACUUAUAAGUUUAAAUGGGGUGGUGUGGCUGGCGUGCAACUUCUGUGGCCUAUGCUUUUGUAACCUCUAGGAUGGACUUGUGUGAUGCAUUAUAUGUGGGGUUGCCUCUGAAGACAGUUUGGAAACUUCAGCAGGUGCAAAAUUUAAAUGGCCAGAUUGUUCACCAGGACAAGAUGGUUCGAGCAUAUAACACCAAACCUGGCUCAACUGCGCUGGCUGACAAUUAGUUCCCAGGUUUCUUUUUUUAUAUAUAUAUAAUUUUUAUUUAUAAAAUUUCAAAUAUAACAAUAAAAAAAAACACAUUCCAUUUAAUAUAUACAUCCAAUUCUAAUCUUUCCACUUUCAGACUUCCUUCAGUCUAUCUGGAAAUUUUCAUGUUUUCACAAUUGUUCACAUUUCUUAUAUCUGUAUUGUUUUUUGUUGUUUUUUUGUUUUUUGACCAAAUUAAUCUUAACAAUUAUUAUAAAACAGUAUUUCUUUCCCUUAUUAUCACAGAACUUCUUGAAAACCUACAAACAUUAAUUGACCUUCACAUGUAUUUUUAAUAUACUCUGAAAAUUUAUUCCAGUCCUCGGUAAAUCUCUGGUCUCGCUGAUUCUGAAUUCUCCCUGUUAGUUUGUCUAAUUCUGCGUAUUCCAUCAACUUCAUUCUCCAUUCUUCUUUCGUCGGAAUUUCUUUUUGCUUCCAUUUUUGUGCCACCAAAAUUCUUGCCGCUGUUACUGCAUAUAAAAACAACUUCUCAUCCUUCUUUUUUAUGUCAUUUCUUAAUAUUCCUAACAGAAAAGUUUCUGGCUUUUUAACAAAGAUAUACUUCAACAUUUUUUUCAAUUCAUUAUAAAUCAUUUCCCAGAAACCUUUCAUUUUUUUACAUAGUUCCCAGGUUUCAAGUCCUCACAGACCUUAUGAAAAUGUCAAGGACUGAACCUGGGAUUGACACUCUACCUUGGAGCUGCAGCCCUUCAUACAAAUCCUGAAGGUCAGGACAUGGGAUAGUAUUAGGAUUUUUUAGACAAUGUGUAAUUUCCCUUCUUUCUUUAAACAUUUUUUUAUUAUUAAAGAUUGGUUUACAAGAGUAUGUGCAAUGUCUCUUUUUCUUCGAGUUACAUUUUCUGCAGAUCAGUUUCAUUUGCUGAGACAUCAGUGUUACAUUAGGAAGAAAAGGGGGGAAGAGGUGGAGGGGCCAUGGUGCGGUGGGGUGGGGUGGCGAUGUUUCUAUUUUACUUAAUGUAUGUGUAGGGUUUUGUGUCAGCAUCGCUUGUGCGGGUUCUCUUUCCUAUUCGCUUGUGUUUCUUUGGGGGUAAAAGAGGUUGGGGUUGGCCUAGGGUGUGGUUGGUUGGUUGGUUGUGAUUGGCUUGUUUUCAUGUGUGAGUGGGAUGGGUGGAUGUUUUUGAAUCAGGUUAGCCAUAUUGAUUCGUAUGCUAUUGGUGGAUUCUUGUCGUUGUCUUGUUGGGCUGUGUAUGUGAUAAGGGGUGAAGACAUCUUCUUCCAUUUCAGUUUAUUGGUUAGUUUUUCUAAUAAGGCUGUUUCCCAUACUAUUUGGUACCAUUGGUCCAUGCUUACUCCUGACAGGUCUCUCCAGUGUCUGGUUAUGGUGCUUCUGGCUGCUGAUAGUAGGUGGGUUAUGAGUUCUUUGUGAUGUGAGUGGGCAUUAUUGUCUUGGAAGAUGUUGUAAUCUCCCUUCUUAUUUAUGUUAACCCUGCAAACAGCAUUCAGUCAUCAAAGGAGCUACAGAGCCCAGAACUAUUUAUCAACUUGUAUGUGCCUUUUUAAGAGCAUGUUGUGCCCCACAGCAAAAUAGUCAAGGCAGGAUUUGCCGAGUGAGUCACUGAAGCUUUAAAUCAAUUAUUGCCUUCUGAAUCAAUCUCAUGGUUGCUCAGCUUUAACUUACUAUAUUCAUUGCUAUAGCAACUGCUAGAUAUAUGUGUUUUCCUGAAAGCAAAAACCGCGCUCUUAGAUUUUAUUGUUUUAGACUUGCUUGGGUUUUCUUUUUUAAAACAAAAAACCCCCCGAUAUUCUUGUAAUACACUUUCAAAAUUCAACUAGCUUGUUAGUUUUGAAAGCAUAUGCCACAAGGAUGGCAGCGAAAGAAGAAUAAGCACAUCAGUUUGGAAAUGGAUACAUGCUUAAGUGUAACUUGUACCUAAUAACUGUUUUGUGCCUUGAUUUGUGAUGGCCCCGUGCAAAGUCAAAACAGGCAGGCAGUUCUGCCAUUCAUGCCUUGCGUGUCGUCAUUAAAAGCAGGAAAGAACAGGCCUGAGGCAUAUGUUCUCUGUGGUUUGCUAACAGAGAAUGCCUCUAGUUCAGCUACAGUGGUUGCUAUCACUUAAGCACAUCCCGUUUUAAAUACAGAUUAAGGCUAAAGUCCUAAUUCCGAUUAGGAAGUCACUCCCAUUGACCCUGGCUGAACUUGCUUGAAAAUAAUCAUGCAUCCAAUUGGGGUACAUGUCUUUAAACUCUAUUUAGAAAUGUCCACUUCUGGGAGUUGAUGGCAAAAAUAAUCAAAAUAAAUUUGACAAGCUGAUUUCUCUUUCCACAAGACGGUUAACUUGAAACUCUAGUCUUACUCAACAGAAAAAAGAGGUUUUCACAGUUACAGUGGUACCUCGGGUUGCAUACGCUUCAGGUUACAUAUGCUUCAGGUUACACACUCCACUAAGCCAGAAAUAGUGCUUCAGGUUAAGAACUUUGCUUCAGGAUGAGAACAGAAAUCGUGCUCUGGUGGCGCAGCAGCAGCAGGAGGCCCCAUUAGCUAAAGUGGUGCUUCAGGUUAAGAACAGUUUCAGGUUAAGAACGUACCUCCGGAACAAAUUAAGUACUUAACCCGAGGUACCACUGUACUUUGCAUUUUAUAUGGGUGUUACUGUUGGUUUUAAGGUGUCCACUCUCUUUUAAUAGAGAUUUCACCGGACUUGAAUGCAGCUCCAUCCAGCCUGGAAGGUUGUCAGAUGGAGCUUGCCUUGAAAUCUUGCUAAAGUCUUCAAUAUUUCCAAGAUGAAAAUUAGCCUCGGUGGCCAUCUUCGUGCCAUUCACACAUUCAGGCCAUUUCACAUUUUUAUUGGCUGGAAAUGACAUCACACACAUCAUCGCCCAAUAGGAAAUACAUGCAGCACAGCAAAGUAGCCAGGAUGUGCUGAGCAGUACAGACAGUUGCGUGUGUUGCAAGGCUGCAGAAUUUUAUCUGACACACAUUAAAUUACCUUGAAUGUAAUGUCCAGCACCUGGUUCUCAUCAUGGGCAUAGGUAAACACUGUGCACUUGUGUGUCUGUGCAUAAGAGAGGGCAAUUAAGGCUCACUCAAGAGGCAUAUGACUAAUGGUUGCAAGAGCCUUGCAAAACUGGUGCCAUGAAAGGGAAGCAGGGCAUUACUAAAGAGAUGCUGUUAAAGGGGCCUUUAUAAACCUGGAGCAAUUCAUGAGGCUUGCCAUUUGAACCCAAAUGGGCCUCUACCAUAAAGAUCUCAGAUAAAUGGUGGAUCUCUGAAUCCACUUCUUUCCACCUCUCAGGCAUGUAGAAGACUCAUACUAUGGGAGAAUGACUAGAAGCCUAGAUGUGAUAGCAGUUUUGCCCACUGUGGACCUCAAAGUUGUUGCUAGCUUCCAUCAGCCACCUGAUGUUGCAUCACUCAGCAGCUCCCAGAGUUGUCCUGGCUUCUCCCACAAGGAAGACCUGAGCACAAGGGCAUUCUUCACACUUGGGAUUCCCAUGAACUGGAUUCAGAGGCAUAUUGGAGGUGGAACACCUCAGAAAGAAGGAAAGGGAGGAAGAAGCUCAAUGAAGCUUCAGAAGCAAGCACAUGUUUGUUUUGCUGAUAGUCACCAAAAAUUAGGCUAGUGGGGGAAAAAUAGGCAAGGAAAGAAUCCCACAGCUGUGGUUGCUGCCAUGAGAAGAUAGAGCUCUGUGUCAGUCUAGUCUCUGAUGGUGGAAACACAAGACCUAAUUGGGUCAGUUUGAGUACAGGCUGCCUUCAUCAACAAAUUAGAUGCUAUGCUUCUUAAUGUGGUUUGCUGUUCUAUGUUUCCUUCACAAAUAGUUGGUGCAGUCUGUGUGUACAAGAGAGAGAGCUGAAUUGGUACUGUAUUGUUGCAGAAAAGGGCUUUAACCCUUUGCCCCUCCAUGGUCCUGAUCCAUGUGUUUCCAUUAGCGCCAUUCGACGGAAUAUUGUAAUAGGUGCUAGAAUUUAAUUAAGGUUUGGGGUGUCAAAGCUAAUUUCCGUGGAGGUGAAAGCCAGACUCGUAUGUGUAUUUAAGACAGACCCAGUCCCAGUGUGUUUUGAAGCCGUGUGCUAGACUUUGCUAAUCCCUUAAUUAAGCUAAAUGUCAAAAGCCAGAGCCAUUAGCACGACAAAGGACGGAAGGGCAAAUCUCUCAUUUGCAAAUGAGUGGAUUUCCUCCCUCUUUCAUUUGAGUUUAGUUCAUAAUAACAAUGCCACUAUUUUAGGUAGGUUGGAGUUGAGAACGGCAGUUAAGAGUUAAGCAACAGAGUUACUGGAGCGAGCUGGAAAAACAGUCAAAAAGCAGAAUGCUUAUGUCUGUUUUGAAACCAAUGCAGUGGCUAUGGGAGAAGCCAGAACCUCUUGUGGGGGGUGUGUGUUAAUGCUGUGAACCCCUCAAUUGCGGGCUUAGGUUGUAUAUAUGUGUAAAUAAACAAUAUAUCAUAAAGACACUACGGUCUCCGCUGUGCCUCAUUUCCAAAAGGAAACACAGACCCUCGCAAGAACAUCUGCAGCACCUGGAAUCUCGCACAGCUCAUAAAUUGCAGUGGCAUAUAAAAAUAUUUUGGGGAAACUGUGGAGGGAGGCUUGGCCCAGUCCUUAUAUGCAAAAUAUUGGGCUGCACAUUUAGUACGGGUUAAGAACUUAAUUUGUUCUGGAGGUCCGUUCUUAACCCGAAACUGCUCUUAACCUGAAGCACCACUUUAGCUAAUGGGGCCUCCCGCUGCCGCUGCGUGAUUUCUGUUCUCAUCCUGAAGCAAAGUUCUUAACCCGAGGUACUACUUCUGGGUUAGCAGAGUCUGUAACAUGAAGCAUCUGUAACCCGAGGUACCACUGUAGUUACCAAUGUAUAUGUGUUUUGGGGUGAAUCUUGUAUAUUGUGAAUCAGGAUGUCCCUUGGCAAGAGGGAGGCUGGAGAAGGAAGGAAUCCCUGACUUUUAAGAUGUUUUCAAAAUAUACUGCUAUGUAUUUUAUUGUUUUAUAUUGCAUUGCAAAUUUAGUUUUCAGUUUCAUUAUUUUGUAAACUACGUAGUUAUUAAGUAUGAAGUAGUAGAUAAAUAUACUAAACCAACCAACCAAGCAAACAAUGGUCAGGGGAUUUGUCCAGAAACAUCUGUAGAGCUACAGUUUCCCCAUACCUCUUUUAAAUAGAAGUUUAUUGUGUAAGUUUCUACAAAAUGGUUUUGCACAUACUUUUGUUUUUAACAGUAGUGACUUCAGUCCAAUUUUUCGCUCUUGGCGUUUCCAGCAGAAGAGAGCUGAGCACAUUUUUUUUAUUCUCUCACACAUCCAAAACAAUAGUACUUACAUGCAUUUAACUUUGGCUGGACCCACCAUUUCCAUGAAGCUUGUUACUUAGCCUGGAUGGAACCAGCAAUGAAACCUGGAUGAAUAAACCGUGUCUUGGCCAGAGUUCCUUUUGUGGGAAGUGCCAGGCCGAUAAAGAUCAAGGCUGCCGAGACAACCUCAGGAAUUGGAGGUGUGCCUUGGGUAAACUUGAGCAUCCAGUUUGAACAGCCCACAAUCAUGAGUUGGCUGACCCAUCAAGAUCUUCCAGGCCAAACCAUUUUUGAAAGAAUACUUUUCACUUAACCCGUACACCUUUCUGACGCUACAGGAGAUGCUAUCAGCUGCUCCAGAUUCCAGGACUGCUGUGUCAAAAGCACAAAAGGUUUCCACCCUGCCCAAUCUGAUAAACACCAGAUCUUGCAACGCUGCAUGUGGCCCUUACGGGGUCCUCGCUGCGAGAUCACAUUCAGAUCACAUUAUACCAGCUGCACUGGCUCCCAGUGGGGUAAAGGAUCAGGUUUAAGGUGCUGGUUUUAACUUUCAAAGCCCUAUACGGCCUAGGACCCUCGUAUCUAUGGGACCGCCUCUCCUGGUAUGUCCCACAGAGGAAUUUACAGUCUUCAAGCAAAAACAUCUUGGAGGUCCCAGGCCACAGAGAGGUUAGGCUGGCCUCAACCAGAGCCAGGGCUUUUUCAGCUGUGGCUCCAAUCUGGUAGAACGCUCUGUCACAAGAGACUAGGGCCCUGCAGGACUGACAUAUUUCCGCAGGGCCUGCAAGACAGAGCUGUUCCACCAGGCCUUUGGUCAGGGCAUAGCCUGACUUCCUCCUUUGGCAAUCUUCACAGAACUUUAGCCUAAUGGUUGCCAUCAAUUUGAGUUGAAUUAAUUUUAAUGAAAUGAUUUUAGAAUGUUGUAUUAUUUUAUUGUUGUUAGCCACCCUGAGCCCGGCUUCGGCUAGGGAGGGUGGGAUAUAAAUAAAUUAUUAUUAUUAUUAUUAUUAUUAUUAUUAUUAUUAUUAUUAUGUGAUCCUAUUAAAGUUUGAUUUUCAUUUCUGGGGCAUCAGUCCCUGGGCCUACUCUGAGGUGAGGUGAUGUCAGCCCCUCCACCUGGCAGCUGGGAAUAUGGAGACUAAAGACCCCUAACCCUAAAGAGGGUUGUGGGUGGGGUGUCAGUUGCAGCAAUGGGAUUUGCCAGAGAAGGGCUGCUGGGGCCUUGGCUCUUUCCCACACGGCCUUUCACAGCCCUUUGGAAGCCAUAAAGGGGAUUUUACAAGCAUGCUAUAAAAAGUGCACGUCUCACCCAGGUGAGCAAAAUGAGAAAGUGAGCACAUGUCCUAACAAAUACAAAUGUACUAAGAUAAUAAAACAAGGAAAUAAAGCAGGUGAGGAACAGAUUACUACAGUCAUAAAAACAACCACGGGUUUUUCUUCCAAUAAAUCAUGUACCAGGGAGGCAGUUCAAGGACAGAAGUGUGAAAUAAAUACUGAAGGAAGGCAAAGAGGCGGUUGAGAGGUGUACAGCUGGAUCCUAAGUAUGUGUACUUGGAACUCAGUGGAGCUUUCUUCUAUGGGACUUACUCCCUUAUGAAUUGCUUAUCCAUGAGCAACUCUCCUGCAUCUUGAAAAAUGUCUAAGGGUGUGUCCACAUGAACAUUUGCUCCAGCCCAAUCCCACCACUAGUUUUUGGUUUUUUUUAAGAUACCCUUAGCAUGUGGGUGGCGCUGUGGGUUAAACCACAGAGCCUAGGACUUGCUGAUCAGAAGGUUGGCGGUUCAAAUCCCCGCCACGGAGUGAGCUCCCAUCGCUCAGUCCCUGCUCCUGCCAACCUAGCAGUUUGAAAGCACGUGAAAGUGCAAGUAGAUAAAUAGGUGCCACUCUGGCGGGAAGGUAAACGGCAUUUCUGUGUGCUGCUCUGGUUCACCAAAAGUGGCUUAGUCAUGCUGGCCACAUGACCCGGAAGCUGUACGCCAGUUCCCUCGGCCAAUAAAGCGAGAUGAGCGCUGCAACCCCAGAGUCAGCCAUGACUGGACCUAAUGGUCAGGGGCCCCUUUACCUUUACUUUUACCCUUAGCAAUAAUUCAUCUGUAUCUUGUAGAGAAAUACUCUUUGAUGCACUUUUUUUUCCAAUCCAGCUUCCCUACAGUUCAAAAAUGGAAGCCACGGUUCAGCUUUUGAACAUGCACAGAUGACAGCGCAUGCACAUGAAAUCAUAGAAUUGUAGAGCUGGAAGCAAUCCCAAUGGCCAUCUAUUCCAACCCCCUACAGGAAUCGCCCCUAUAGCCUCCAUGACAGAUGACCACCAUACUUCUGUUUAAACACUUCCAUUAGCCAUCUUCAAAUAUCUAAAGGUCUUUCACAUGGAAGAUGGAGCAAGCUUGGGUUGUUGUUGUUUUUGCCCUGUGGAGUAGGACCUGAACCAAUGGAUUCAAGUUAUGAGAUGGGAGAUUCUGACUAAACAUCAGGAACUUUCUGGCAGUAAGAGCUGUUUGACAGUAGAACGGACUCCCUUGGAAGAUGGUGGAUUCUCCUUCCUAGGAGGUUUUUUCAGCAGAGGUUGGAUAGCCAGCUGUCAUGCAUGUUUUAGUUGAGAUUGCAUCAAAUCUCAGAUUGUAUGAGAGUCCACCAUCUUCGGAGGGAUUCUGUUCCACUGCCAUCUGUUUUCAAACGGACACACUGCAGGGUAAUGAAGAAUCAAUCUGUAAUGAGCUUCAAUCUUUGGAAUGAAACCCAUUUUUUGAGAAGCAUUUUUCAGGGGCAACAAAUAUGCAAUAGAUCUAGACUGUGUGUGGACUACAGUGGUACCUCGGGUUAAGUACUUAAUUUGUUCCAGAGGUCCGUUCUUAACCUGAAACUGUUCUUAACCUGAAGCACCACUUUAGCUAAUGGGGCCUCCUGCUGCUGCCGUGCCGCUGGAGCAAGAUUUCUGUUCUCAUCCUGAAGCAAAGUUCUUAACCUGAGGUACUAUUUCUGGGUUAGCGGAGUCUGUAACCUGAAGCGUAUGUAACCUGAAGUAUAUGUAACCCGAGGCACCGCUGUACAUGGAAAAAAUGCAUGCUCAGCCUCCAUUGAAUAUAGAAUAAAAUGUGUGUAUGCAGUGGCAGAGCGUCAUGCUCUGGUACCGAGGGGGCGUGGCUGGUGCACAUCCUGGGGCGUGGCAUGCUGCCUGCGGGGGUGUGGUGCCCAGCACAGGCAUGGGGGCAGCUGCGAUGGCACCCCACCUGGAUUGUGCUGCUGGGCCCUGUGCACUCCCCCCACACUCCUCUUCCUCCACCAGGGUGUGUAUCUAGUCCUAGUGUAUCCAGUCCACAUUGUACUUAAACAACAAUGUGCCCAUGAUAGGAUGGCAGCAUGCAUUGCCAUCCAGGUUUACUUAUUGCAUACCUGAAUGUGCAAUGAGAGCUGAUCCAAUGGAAACAGCCUGUGGGGUUCUGUAAUAUUUGGGUCUUUCUCUAAUAUCAUGAGGGAUACAAACACUGUUAUGAGGCUAAGAAACAUCUGGAGACGGUUGGCUGGUUACUGUGGUUUGUUCCCAUGUUGUCAGCCAAAUUAAUAUGGCUGGCACAAAUGCACCUGCUUGGUGGACAGAAAAUGACAGGUGCACUGCUUAUGAAAAACACCUUACUAGUUAAAGCACAUCCAUGUGAUGCACAUUGCUGCAUGUGCUGAUUGGCUGAAUAAAGAAGUGUUCUUAAAGUAGCCACUAAUUUGAAGGGUUUUGCAGUACAAUUUUGUAUCCUCCUAUAACCUUCCAGACAUGAUUCCUGUUUUGCAGCAUCACAGAUCUGCAGUAUAUGCAGGUGACUAUAUGCAGAUAAAGCCUUUUCUGUGUCUACACACACACUUGUGGAACUCUCUCCCAGGGAUCAUCCAAGUUGUCCCCACGGUUGACUCAUUUAAAUGAGAAUUGAACAUUGGUUUUAUAAGAGUUUCAUUGGUUGCCUGUUUUCCAGCGAGCCCACUUCAAGGUGCUGCUAUUGACAUAUAAAGCCCAUAACAACUUCUGAACAUAAGAAGAGUCUGGUGAAUCAGGUCAUCUCAUCCCAUACCUUGUCCUUAUAGUGGCCACCCAAAUACCCAUGGGAAGCCCAAAAGCAGAUUCUGAGCACAACAGCACACACCCCACUUGUGAUUCCCAGAAAUUUAAGUGCCUCCUGCCUCUGACUGAGGAUGGAAGAGAUAGCCAUUAUGGCUAGUAACCACUGACUGGGACCCAAAUAUUUGAAGAAAAGCCUCUCCAUAUAUUAACUUGCUCAGAUCCUAAGACAGGCAAGAGAGCUCUUUCUGGAGCUCUCAGUAACCUUGAGUGGUGACUUGACAUAGGACCUUGUCUAGUAUAAAUCUGCCACUGAGCUGGUUUGCGUAUCUUGCACACUGAGUAAACAUGGCCCACAAUUAGGGGUUUAGGGGAGGACGUUUAAAGAUGAAAAGCAACCUCUGAUGCUGCUCUCAGGAGUGGAACAGCACUAGUUAACUUUCCUCUCCAGAUUUUGUUAGCUCAAAAUCAACCCACCUCCACGGCUAGUUUUCAGCCUAUGAAGAAAAGAUACAAGUUCCCACAUCUUACAGAAUCUCCCUUAAAAAGAUAAUCGGUUUUUUAAAAAAAAUUUAAAAAUCCAAUAUUAUGUGGUCCAUUAAAACAUUUAAAGAAGCUCUGAAAGACAACAUAAUUGAUUGUUUAUACAAUAUCAUCCCACGCAGUCCUGUUUGUUUUCCCCAUUCUGGCAUUUUGCAAGGAGUUGUCAUUUAUGCCGAAUCUUCUGCUAGAGAACUUUUGUGUGCUAAUUAGAAUAAUUCAGAUUCCUAACACACUAUCAAAUGGAAAAGAAAAGGGUGGUUGAACAACAGUUCUUAGCAGCCACAGUCAGAUGUAAUUUGAUUGCAUUCCCACCUGCCCCCAUCACUCUAGCCUAAACCUCUCAUAAUUAUGCAUUGCAAAAUAUCCAUUUUUCAUGGACAUAACUUGUACUGUCAGGUUGCCUUUAAUGUCUUUAGUUAAUGGGUGCUGUAAAGCACUUUGUCAUUCUGGCUACAUUCUGUGAGUAAGAUCCGUGAUUAAGAGCUCCUCUACAUACUGUAUUUUUUGCUCUAUAAGACUCACCUUUUCCCUUCUAAAAAGUAAGGGGAAAUGUGUGUGCAUCUUAUGGAGUGAGUACAGGCUGCGCAGCUAUCCCAGAAGCCAGAACAGCAAGAGGGAUCACUGCGCAGCAAUUCCUCUUGCUGUUCUGGCUUCUGAGUUUCAGAAUAUUAUUUUUUCUUGUUUUCCUCUUCCAAAAACUAGAUGCGUCUUAUGGUCUGGUGCGUCUUAUAGAGCGAAAAAUACGGUAAUCAGGACUGCCAGGUGGGGAACCACCUGCUUGAAAUUUCCUCCCCAUUGCAAAGACCUUGUCUGCAGAAUGCAAGUUCUCACCCACUGCUGUCCAAUUCGUACAUGUUUUCUAAGAGGGUCAUUAUUUUCUUUCUUACUUACCUAUUUACAUCGGGGAGCACUCAACCUAUAACUUAAAAAGGGUAAAGGGACCCCUGACCAUUAGGUCCAGUCGUGGCCGACUCUGGGGUUGCGGCGCUCAUCUCGCUUUAUUGGCCGAGGGAGCCGGCAUACAGCUUCCGGGUCGUGUGGCCAGCAUGACUAAGCCGCUUCUGGCGAACCAGAGCAGCGCACGGAAACUCCGUUUACCUUCCCACCGGAGCGGUACCUAUUUACCUACUUGCACUUUGACGUGCUUUCGAACUGCUAGGUUGGCAGGAGCAGGGACCGAGCAACGGGAGCUCACCCCGUCGCGGGGAUUUGAACCGCCGACCUUCUGAUCGGCAAGUCCUAGGCUCUGUGGUUUAACCCACAGCGCCACCCACAUCCCUGCUAACCUAUAACUUACCCACCAGAAAUAUUACAGCCCUGGACUCUCAGCAGAAACUAGUUACACAAGAAGAGCCUUGCUGGAUCAGCUCAACGACCUAUCUAGUUUAGUAUCGACUGCAAGAGCACUCUCGCCUCUCCUGCAGUUUCCAGCAACUGAUAUUCAGAAGGAUUGCUGCCUCUGACCAUGAAGGUGGAACAUAGUCAUCAUGGCUAGUAAUCAUAGGAGCCAACUUCUAUGGACCGAGGACCCUUCAACCCACCCACCCCCAUAAAAUAUUUGUGGGGGCCAACCCUCCUCCCAAGUUUAUGGGCAUUGCCAUUCAAAUGCUGUGUGCCUGCUGCAUCUUGUGAUUGGUUAUGCAGGGCAGGGCUUACCUGCCCUCCCCCCAAUAUUUUAUUCAAGUUGGCACUGCUACUAGUAGUCAUUGAUUUUUUCAUUUUUUCCCCCCAACAACCAAAACACAGUGAAAACCCCCAGGCGGCUGAUACAUUGGGUAUACAUAAUCAAUAACAACAUAUUCAAAUCAACCAUAUGUACAAUUCUAUAUACCUUAACACUCCUCCCUCCACAAGAUUUAUUUAACUUUUAACAUUUUAAUUGCCCCAAAUUGUUCAAAUCUGCCCAAAUAAUUCAAUACCUUCUCAAACCAAUCCUCCUCCUUCUCACUGACCUUAAACCCCUUCAUUCUAUGUAUCUUCACAGUUAGAUAUUCUAAGGUUAUGAUAUUUUUCAUUUCCCCCCUCCAUUGGUUCACCCUUAGCGCUUCUGCAUUUUUCCAGUUGGUCGCUAUAACCUGUCUGGUGUGUGCCUGCUGCAUCUUGUGAUUGGUUAUGUAGGCCAGGACUUACCUGCCCCCCCCCCCAUAUUUUAUUCAAGUUGGCACUGCUACUAGUAGUCAUUGAUAACCUUUUCCUCCAUGAAUUUGCCUAGUCCUCUUUUAAAAGCCAUCAGUCAUCCCUGUGCUGCCACAGUUGUAUCAUGGAACAUGUUCAUUCGAUUUAGUAAUUUUGAUACUCGCAAGGGAUACAGCUCCGCAAACACUCAGGUUGGUUCUUCCACUCUUAGCUUUUGCCUCAAACUUCGUACUAUUUUUCUUUUGCCUUCCAACAUAACAUACAUUCCAAAACAACUGUAGCUGCUCUUCUGUAGAGUGACUUGGUAUCUGAGUGGAUCAAUACCUUUGGAGCAUUGUCAUUGCUGGGUAAAGGUAAAGGUAAAGGGACCCCUGACCAUUAGGUCCAGUCGUGACUGGCUCUGGGGUUGCAGCGCUCAUCUCACUUUAUUGGCCGGCGUUUGUCCGCAGACAGCUUCCGGGUCAUGUGGCCAGCAUGACCAAGCUGCUUCUGGCGGACCAGAGCAGCGCACGGAAACGCCGUUUACCUUCCCACCGGAGUGGUACCUAUUUAUCUACUUGCACUUUGAUGUGCUUUCGAACUGCUAGGUUGGCAGGAGCAGGGACCGAGCAAAUGGGAGCUCACCCCGUCACAGGGAUUCGAACCACCGACCUUCUGAUCGGCAAGUCCUAGGCUCUAUGGUUUAACCCACAGCGCCACCCGCGUGCCUUCAUUGCUGUGAUGCAGCUCUAAUUGGGCAUUCAACAUUAUCUGGGUUCUAGAUCACUUGGGGAACCUACAAAUGUAGUGUAUGCUCCCCUCUUCAGGUCUUCACCUUAACACAUGGGAAGCCGGGUGUGAGAUGUGAUACGGGGAGGGCCAUCAAAUGCAGCCUCGCUUUCCCUUUCACACAACCACAGCCACAGGAUAGAUAAACACCCAAACAGCAUGUAUCUUGCUUAUUAUUGCUGGAUUAGAACCAGUAGGUUAGAGAAGCAAAUUUUGGCGAAACAUGAGCCUGACAUUAAGGACACAGCAGGCUAGCUGUGAACACUCCUAUGCUGGGGGUAUUUAAGCAGAGGACAGGCAGCGUCACCUGUCAGAAAUGCUGUAGUUAUAGCCAUACAUUGCAGGUCCUGUACUGAGCAAGGAAGAAGAGGAGGAGGAGGAGGAGUUUGGAUUUGAUAUCCUGCUUUAUCACUACCCUAGGGUGUCACAAAGUGGCUAACAUUCUCCUUUCCCUUCCUUCCCCACAACAAACACUCUGAGGUGAGUGGGGCUGAGAGACUUCAGAGAAGUGUGACUAGCCCAAGGUCACCCAGCAGCUGCAUGUGGAGGAGCGGAGACGCGAACCCAGAUUAUGAGACUACCGCUCUUAACACCACACUGGCUCCCAGUGAGAGAGAGUUGGCUUGGCAGGGCCAUCUUAAGCAUAUCCAGCGCUGUGGUGCAACGAUUCCUCUGCCCCCCCUUUCCCAGAGUUGUGGACCUUUUUUGAGGGGGGAACCCCAAGGUUAUUGAGCUUUUUAAGGGAGCUGACACCACACUUACACAUUAUCUCUAACAGGCCCUUAGAACAAAUGGAAAUGAAAUGAAAAGGCAGAAGAAAAUCUAAUGAAGUCCUCAGAUCCAAAGCAAGACUCAUUCAAGACUCAGCAGUUCUUUUAAUUCAUCCUCAUGAUUCAAAUCACCACAUAUCAAAAAGUUAAAGCAAUCACCAGUUUGUGUCUUUAUUAAUUUAUUUAAAGAACAACAGACAAUGAAGUUCCCGGCCAAUUUGUGUUUAAGUACAAAGCUGACGUUUUCAAAUAUUGUGGGGGCGGGUGUAAAGCAGUGACACCCUGAACCUAAAAAGGACCCAAAACUUGGGUCACAAAGGGCUGCAACCCUAACUGCACUUACCUGAGAGUAAGCCCUGCUGAAUCUAAUAUGACCUUGUUUCUGAGUAGACAGUAGGACUGCAGCAAGAAACACAGUUGGGAAUUAGGGCUUUCUGUUUUAAGUCUCAACCAGAGGAAAAUAUAAUAUUGGAGAUUAGGGAGAAAGGAGUGUGAAUAGAUCGGGGGGAGGGGGCUGACGAGAGACCAAAAACCACAGGUAGCAAGACAAGGCACACUUUCUGGGGAGCAAGUCACACACAGUUGCUUGGGGUGAGGACUGCAGAGGGACCAUAGUUGGGUUGUGUGUGUGUGUUUUUCAGAAAAACGUAGAAUUGGAAGGGACCCUGCAGGUCAUCUAGCCCAACCCCCUGCAAUGCUUUUUAGCUUGCAUUGAUCUCAAAAACCUUCAGUGCCUUUUUUUUUUUUACUUGGAUAGGCAAUUAACAGGCUUGUUUCACAAAUAAGGGAGAAGGAGCAUUGCUGGCUUGGUUUGCUUUGCCUUUGUUCUAGUUUUUAGCAUGUGCUUAGCACCGUAGUUUCAGGCUGUGAGCCCCCUGAUAUCUAUGGGUGGAGGGGCAGUAGUAGUAGUACUAGUAGCAGUAGUAGUAGUACAGUGGUACCUCAGGUUAAGUACAGUGGUGCCCCGCAAGACAAAUGCCUCGCAAGACGGAAAACCCGCUAGACGAAAGGGUUUUCCGUUUUGGAGGUGCUUCGCAAAACGAAUUUCCUAUGUGCUUGCGAAAAUGUCUUGCGAGUUCCUGCGGGUUUUUUUUUCUCCCCCCCCCUUUUUCCCAAGCCGCUAAACCGCUUAUCAGCUGAUCGGCUAAGCCGCUUAACAGCUGAUCGCUAAGCCGCUUAUCAGCUGAUCGUUAAGCCGCUUAUCAGCUGAUCUUUAAGCCGCUUAACAGCUGAUCGCUAAGCCGCUUAUCAGCUGAUCCGCUAAGCCGCUAAUACUGUAGCGCUAAUCCGCUAAACCGCUAAUGGGCUUGCUUCGCAAGACGAAAAAACCCGCAAGACGAAGAGACUCACGGAACGGAUUCUUUUCGUCUUGCGAGGCACCACUGUACUUAAUUCAUUCUGGAGGUCCGUUCUUAACCUGAAACUGUUCUUAACCUGAAGCACCACUUUAGCUAAUGGGGCCUCCCGCUGCCGCCGCACAAUUUCUCUUCUCAUCCUGAAGCAAAGUUCUUAACCCGAGGUACUAUUCCUGGGUUAGCAGAGCCUGUAACCUGAAGCAAAUGUAACCUGAAGUGUCUGUAACCUGAGGUACCACUGUAGUAGUAGUAGUAGUAGUAAUUAAUGGUGAUGAUAUUUUUCGCAGGGCUUGGAGUGAGUGGAUGAUGGCCAGCUGCUGGAAUGAAUGGGGUCGGUGCUAAAUUAUCUGGCGUGCUUUACAACCCCUAGGGACCUUGUUGGUGGGGGGGGCGGAGAAGGAGCCCACCCCUGAGGAAGAAGAGGAAGAAGAAGAGUGAAGUAAGGAGGCUUCCCUUCCCCGGGGUAGAGUUGCCCGUAACAUUAAACACAGGGCAUGAUUCCAGGGAGAGAGAGAAACCAGGGCGGCAGCUGCUGCUACUCAUGGCUAGGGCUAGAUGUAGCUGAACAGGACAAGGGCACCCUGCAAGCAGGGCUGCCAACCCAGUGUGGAGGCUUUGCGGGCUGGCUAGAGGAGGAAGAAAGGGGGCAAGUCGGGGGGCACCUCUCUUCUUCUUCUUCUUCUUCUUCUUCUUCCCUCCUCCUCCUCGCGCUCUGCUUCCCCAUCACCAUCACUUGCCUCCCUCUCCCCACAGGGUGGGCAGGUGAAAGAGAGAGAGAAAGAGAGUGCUUCACACCAGCCAGCCAUAUAGUUGGCAAGGCACAGCUGGGGCGCCCCUGAGAGGCCAGCGCCCUGGCGCAACAAACCACUAAGCCCUAUGGGAAAGACGCCUCUGAGGACAUCCAAGGUCCUAAAAUUAAGUCACUGCCUUCCUAAUCAUUUGAGACAGGACUGUACUACUAUAAUACUCACUUUAUGAAAGGGGAAGUGAGUCACAGAGAUGCUGAGUGGCUUGCCCAAAGGACAAUUAAGGUUUGUGUGUCAGGAUUCUGAAAGCUUUGCACAUAUGGAUCAUUCCCAUACUACCAUUAAGGGGUUAAAAAAAAUCGCUAAAAGCAGAAACAUGCAAAUUAAUGCCUAUAAAAUCCAGAAUGAUGCACAGAAAGGCCAGAUUUUCCAGACAGGCACAGCAGAGAUAGAAAUAGAGAUAGUUGUCUUUAAGCCCAUGGGAAGAGGAGGAAGAGUUUGGAUUUGAUAUCCCGCUUUAUCACUACCCGAAGGAGUCUCAAAGCGGCUAACAUUCUCCUUUCCCUUCCUCCCCCACAACAAACACUCUGUGAGGUGAGUGGGGCUGAGAGACUUCAGUGAAGUGUGACUAGCCCAAGGUCACCCAGCAGCUGCAUGUGGAGGAGCGGGGAAGCGAACCCAGUUCACCAGAUUACGAGUCUACUGCUCUUAACCACUACACCACACUGGAAGCACACCUGUUUGGGAUUUUGGCCCAUAUUUCUGGUUUGUGUUCCUCCAAAGUGCUCAGAGCAACUUAUGUCUGAUUCCAAGGAAGCAGAACAGACAGGACCAGAUGCAAGGUGAGGCGACUGCCUCAGGCGGCUGGAUCCACAGGAGCGGCAGGUCCCAAUGUAGAUUGUUAUUCCCGCCCAUUGUUCUUGAUAUAGAUCCUCACUCACCCCUUCUUCCCUGGCUGGAAGAUCUGGGUGAUCUGCUGUUUUGUGGUUCACCUCAGGUGCCAAAAUGUCUUCGGCCAGCCCUGAGAACAGAAAGAAGACAGGCUCCGGUGAUUAAAGAAAUAAGAUCUUCAUUUAGCUCAAUUUGUUUCCAAGCUGAAGCUCCUUGGGCAGGAGUUAUAAACAAAGAUGGUGGUAAUUUAUUUUUAUCUUUUUAAAAAUACUCUGUUCUACUGAUCUUGGGUGGAAUCUACAAACAAGUUAAAAAUGUGAAAAAAUGCUUUUUCAAAAAAUUGUUCUGAAAAAUGCAUUGAAUCUGCUCUAGCUCACAGCUGACAUUUAGUGUCACAAUUGUAUACUGCACUUUACAACACAUUCAAAGUGUUUUAUUUGCUGCUGUAUAGCUGGGUCCUAGGUGCUUUCCUCCCUCUUCCUCAGGCAUAGGAAAACUCCAGCCCUCCAGAUGUUUUGGGACUACAAAGCCACUCCUGACAUCAGGAGGGGGGGUUACUGGCUCACGCCCCAUUCACACCCUCGCGGGGCUGGCUGCAGCCCCGCGGGACUUGCGGAAUCCCGGGAUUCAUUAGCGUUCAUCAUCCACCGCGCCAGCCAAUCGGCUGGCGGCAGAGGCAGGACUAGUAGGGGGCAUUUAAGGUCGGGGCAGCCCAUGCUCGCCCCUUUUUCUUUCAGCAGCUGCGGUUUCCCACCCUCCCGCCCUUUAGGUUUUCAUUUGGACUUUGCUAUGGGCUUCGGCUGGUCGCCGCAAGAGGCCUGGUAGGAGUUUUUCCAUUUGGCUAAUUGGCUGUAUUUUGGAGGCCACUUGGUUUUUUCGCCUACCUCGUAGCAAAACGCCACAACACCUUUGGUUUUGGCGGUUAGGCAUUGGCAGGGGUAUUAUUAUGCAAAUGAGUUGGGGGGGAGGAACGCCAUCACCUCCCCCAAAUGUUGAAGGGUAGUUCGUUAAAGGACUCCGGGGGGCGUUGCCUCGUCCGAAACCUAUGGAGGCUAGGGCCUAAAGCGCGCUCCCGAGUGGUAACCCCUCGGGGAGCGCCUAGGGAUGUGCAUCUCGGGGGCUCCUCCUGCUGGUGCUUAACCCUUCCCAGUUAUACCGGUUAGUCUGAUAGGGCCAAUGCCUAAAGCCAAUACCGCUCUUACCUGUAAUCAAUAAAGUUGUGGCCAUUUUUCGCCCAUUAACCUAAAUUCUGGUGCCCUAUGUCUUUAUUUGUUCCAUCUGUGGGAGGAGGCGGGAAUUGCCACGCAACUCCCAUCAUCCCUAGCUAACAGGACCAGUGGUCAGGGAUGAUGGGAAUUGUAGUCCCAAACAUCUGGAGGGCCAGAGUUUGCAUGUGCCUGCUCUUCCUGCUCACUCCUGGGAAGCCCCAUCUAGACAACUGAUGAGAACUGGUUUCUUGCAGUAAAACUGCAUCAUAUUUCUUCCAAUCUUUCUCUGGCAGUGGUGGUGCAUGUCUUCAUGGUGCCCAAGGGCGAGAGCGUGCACCAGGAAGGCAGGGUGCACCAGCCCAGCCCUCGCCACCAGUGUGACCCCAGCCCCGAUCUGCUUUGCAAGCCCGGGAUGAUCUCAGAACAGCUCAGGGAGGGUGGCAUAAGAAGCACGCAACAGCCAUGCACCCUCUGACCUCAGCCUCGCCCUCACUUUGCGAAGAUGGAAUCAAAGGCUGCAUGGCUAUUGCAUCCUCCUCAUGCUGUCCUGUCAUCAGGCGAUGUGAGGAGAAUGCAGCAGGGCAGGCACAUGCCAUUCAAAUCCAUCUGAUUUUAAGGAUACAUGUGUCAGGCAUCAGAGGAUCCAACCCUCCAUGAUAGGUUGCCAGGAAUGGAUAAGACAAGGAAGGUUGUCUUACCCAGGCAUAGGCAAACUCGGCCUUCCAGAUGUUUUUGGGACUACAACUCCCAUGAUCCCUAGCUAACAGGACCAGUGGUCAGGGAUGAUGGGAAUUGUAGUCCCUAAAUAUCCGGAGGGCCGAGUUUGCCUAUGCCUGUUCUUACCAAUGUGGCCUCUUGGAAUAAUGGUGUUGCUCCAAGUGAGUCCCCAUCCCCUCCCUCUCUCCCAUUAUGCAUCAUCACAACAGUUGCUGAGGUGUGCCUUCUGCCUCUGAGCUCUCUGCUCUCCUACUUUCAAUGCCCACCGGGUUCUGGGAGAGGGGGGUCUGGAAUGCUUUCUAAAGACACUGUGUCUGUCAGCUGUCCUCCCCACCCCCGGUGCUUCUUCCUCCUUCUCUCUCAUUAGCUUUCCCCCUAAUCUGCCUCUGAGCUGUGACCUCCCUCAAACCCCUGUUGUAAUUCUGAACGGGAAGGGUCAGGCUGGGGUCUCCACCAUUCCUCCUCUGCCCUGUCCCUGACGUCAUGCUCUUGACCCCCUGCCAGCCCCACGCUGCUUUGUGAGUCUAGGGUGUGGAAUCGGACUCGCAAAGCAGUACAGUGGUACCUCGGGUUAAGAACUUAAUUAGUUCUGGAGGUCCGUUCUUUGUUUUUUUAAAAAAUAAUAAUUUAAUUUUCCACAAUCAUAACAAAUAUCACAUAACAGAACAACAAACAAAGGGGGGGAAUACAUCAAAGAAAGAAAAACAAUACAAAAGACCCCAUCCUACCCACCACAAUACUAAAAAAAAAAGACGAACUUAGUCCUUUAAAAACCCAACCUUAAUUACAUGUUGACUUCCUCUAUUCCCUCCCUUCUGAAUUUCCUUGUAUCUGCAUAUAACAGCUUUCCAAUAUCAUUCUUAAACAAACGUAUUUCCAACUGUUAUCUAUCAUAUUCACUUUUCUUACCAUCUAAAUCACAUUUAUAUAAUUACAUCCUAAUCUAGUCCUAGGCCUAUUUGGUACUUUCAAGGGACUUCUAGUUAUUUAUAUUAUAAUAUUUAUUCAAAUAGUCCUUAAAUUUCUUCCAGUCUUCUUGAUAUUCUUCUUCUUUCUGGUCGCGGAUUCUUCCAGUCAGGUCAGCUAGCUCCAAAAAGUCCAUCAUCUUCAUCUGCCAGACUGAGGUCUGUUCUUAACCUGAAACUGUUCUUAACCGGAGGUGCCACUUUAGCUAAUGGGGCCUCCCGCUGCCACUGCGCCGCUGCUGCACGAUUUCUGUUCUCAUCCUGCAGCAAAGUUCUUAACCUGAGGUACUAUUUCUGGGAUAGCGGAGUCUGUAACCUGAAGCGUCUGUAACCUGAGGUACCACUGUACGGGGCUGGCAGGGCCAGCAUGAAAAGCAAAAUGCACCCUCAAUAAGCAUGUGCCGAGGCAACAACCCCCCCUUGCCCCACCCACCCAGAAAUCCCAUCAUCCCUGAGCACUGGCCAUGCUUGCUGUAGCUGAUAGGAGCUGGAGUCUGAAGCAUGUGGAAGUCUUCCUGUUGUCUACCCUGGUUAUAGAGACAUCUGUUUUGCUGCAAUUAGAAACGGCAUGCUGGAGGUUGAGGUCUGCUCCAAGCAAGGCAAUUUGUAUGUUAUCAAAUUAUACAUUAAGUGGCUCAGAAAGCCAAUAAAAUAAUUUGUGAGGUUGCCACCGCCAUGUGGUUCAGCAUCACGUGUUGGUACUGAGUGGUGUUUGCUCUUUCUACUGAAAGGAGAUGCAAGUUUGACAACAGCAACAUCAAAAAAAACCCCACUAAUGAGUUGUUUACAGUCUGAAUUUAAAAGAAGCAGUCUAAGGUGACGAGCAAUUGCUGAGGAUAAUUUGGUAACUGCCUUCUACAUUUCUUGGAACUGAAGGCUUCUUCCUUCUUCCUGGAAGGAUUAUUUUCUUGCAAGCAUCCUUUCCACACAUGUAACAAAGCCAAACAUGGAAAGAUGCUAUCUUUGUCACUUCUGCAGUGUGGCUGCCAGAAUCGCCGCUUGGUGGUUCCAUCUAGCCUGCCCUGUGACUCUGGGCUAAUGGCUUUCCAUGGUUUGUUUAGAGUGCUUUUUCCACAUUCCUUUCAGAAAAUGAGGCUUUGUUUGGCUUUCUUGCUGCGUCCUUGUGUAUUAGAGUCUUAGAGAUGACAUUGUAUUGGAAAAGAAAUUCUUCAUUUAAAAGAGCGGUUCAUCGAGCUAUGGGAAUCAGCAGCUUUAAGUAAAAAAAUGAACAAACUUGGAUUUUUAUAGGCGAGGCGAGGAAAGAAGGGAAUUAGUCAGCCUGAGCAAAAAUGCUAAGGUUUGGCUUAGCGUGUUGUCUAAACCCAAGUUUUGGGUUAAGCUCUCUGCUCCUGAUCCAGGAGCUGUAAUCAAGAACAAACCUAGAUUGCAGCUUGUGGUCCGUGAAGCGGGAGCAUAACCAUGAGCCUCAGAUUAGACAUUUGUCUCCCCACCCAUAAGAAAUAAAUAAAUAAAGCUUAUAUUUACAGGGAGAGAAUGGCAAAAAUAAAAUAAAUGGCAUUGCAAGCUGAUGGUCAAAAGUGGUUGAAGCAGAGGGACAAGUGCAACCUGUUUAGCAAACAUGUUUAAAGACUAUCUUUUCCCUCUGUUUUUAACUCAAAGGAUCACCCUUUUUUUUUUAAAAAAAAAGGACCUGCGUUUAAUUUCCAUUUUAAUUAAAGAAUUGGAAAAUUAAUGAGCGAGAGGAGUCUGUUACUUUGUUGUUUAGUCAUUUAGUUGUGUCCGACUCUUCGUGACCCCAUGGACCAGAGCAUGCCAGGCACUCCUGUCUUCCACUGCCUCCCGCAGUUUGGUCAAACUCGUGCUGGUAGCUUCGAGAACACUGUCCAAUCAUCUCGUCCUCUGUCGUCCCCUUCUCCUUGUGCCCUCCAUCUUUCCCAACAUCAGGGUCUUUUCCAGGGAGUCUUCUCUUCUCAUGAGGUGGCCAAAGUAUUGGAGCCUCAGCUUCACGAUCUGUCCUUCCAGUGAGCACUCAGGGCUGAGUUCCUUCAGAAUGGAUAGGUUUGAUCUUCUUGCAGUCCAUGGGACUCUCAAGAGCCUCCUCCAGCACCAUAAUUCAAAAGCAUCCAUUCUUCAGCGAUCAGCCUUCUUUAUGGUCCAGCUCUCACUUCCAUACAUCACUACUGGGAAAACCAUAGCUUUAACUAUACGAACCUUUGUUGGCAAGGUGAUGUCUCUGCUUCUUAAGAUGCUGUCUAGGUUUGUCAUUGGUCUGUUACUUAGGUGCCAGUUAUGUUGCAGAUUGUGAUGGAUCUAAAUUAGCCAGUAGUACUCGAACCAAUGGCUUCAAGUUACACGAAAGAAGAUCCCAACUAAACAUUAGGAAGAACUUUGUGGCAUUAAGAGCUGUUCAACAGUGGAAUGGACUUUCUCAGGAGGUUGUGGGUUCUCCUUCAGCGGAGGUUUUUAAGCAGAGGUUUGAUGGUCAUCUGUUUCGGACGCUUUGGCUGAGUAGGGCUGCCAUAUUUCAAACAUUUCCAGCUUCACAGAAUCAAUUCUAUGAUUCUGUUUUGUUUUUUUUAAAUAAUAUUUAUUAAGAUUUGAAAGGUUACAAAAAGAAAAAAUAGAAAACAGCAUACUAAGCCAAAACAGAACCUCACAUCACAAUAAAGGAAAAAAGAAAAAAAGGAAAAAAAGAAAAAAGAAAAAAAUACAAUGAAUCUUCCCAUAACUUAUCUUUCAUUUGCUUGUUUCCUUGACCUCCUCACACCUCCCUUUUUUGUAUUCUAGUUCAAUUAGCUAUUUCAGCAAGUCCUUUCCAUCCUUUCCAGUUUUUGUCCUCUAUUUUAUCUUAAUAUAAUGUAACUUUACUUUCCCUCCUUUCACCAUUUAACAAUCUGUUUUUUCUUAAUCCUUUACAGCAUCUCUGCUAAAACCACAUUACUUCAUUCCGACAUCCUUCUAACAUUCCUUAAUUUUACAAUGUUUCUGUAAGUAAACUUUAAAUUUCUUCCAAUCUUCUUCCACCGACUCUUCUCCCUGGUCUUGGAUUCUGCCAGUCAUUUCCGCCAGUUCCAUGCAAUUCUAUGAUUCUGUGAUCCUAUGACAUUCCACCAGCCCAGAACCUCAUGCACUGUGUGAAAGGCUUCUGUGGAAUUGAAUAACUUCAGUCAUUCCUGUUGUGAUCUGCUUGGGAAACUCUAAUUUAAUUUCUUGUAAGAUUAACCUUUGCAAAAGAUGUGUUGCAUCUCAUUAGUUGGGGUUGGAUUAAGUCAUCUAUGAGCUUCACUCUAGCUGUCUUAAUCUGUGGAAAUAUUCUGUUUACUGCAUCUGUGGACAUCAUGUCUAAUUUCCAUGAAAACCUUUGCUCAAUGAUGGCCUGUUAAUGUAUUGCCAACCAGUUGAAUAAUCCAAGACCAUUAAGCAGAAGGGAUGCCUGCCAUGAAUCUCUUCCUAUUUCCUGGUAAAGGUUUUUCGUUUGCACCGCCACUUUUCCCAGGAAAACCCGCUGUUUACUGCUGAAUCGGAACAAUCUGCAGGUAUUUGUUCCAGUUCAAUUGUAAACAAUGGGUUUUCCUAGGGAAAAGCUGUGGGACAAGUGGAAAUGUGGGUGAACUCUAAGUUUGCACUUUGCAUACUUUUAUUAUAUCACCAUAAAACUGGGAGGGUAAAGGAGAGAAUAGCAAAACUGGGUCAGUCUACUUUGGCCUGAAAUUGCUUGGCCAAUUACAUAUAAAAUCUCCCCCGUAUACCCAGAAGAGGUUAGAAGGAAGUAUCUCAUACCCUCCAACAUCCUGCUGAUUAAAACCAGGAUUCUAGUUUUUUGGUCUAGCCCUCUCAUUCGUCUUUUGGCCGAAAACACGAGUGCCUUUUGAUCCGGCGUCGUGGCGCAAGACCAAAAAACAGAACAUUCUGGGAUCCAAUGAGAAGUCAAGAUGGCUUCUGUAAUCCCAAGGUGUCCCACUCAAAUCAGGACUGUUUAGCAGUAUGGUAUUUCGUCCCACCCACCCCUUCUUAUUCCCUACCAGUUCAUUCAGUUUGUAUAUUUGGCAGUAGUUGUUGUUAGCUGGGCCUGUUCCCACAAGUUAAUGAACCUGAGGUAAAAACCAGGACAUUCUCAGGAAAAUGGAUUCACCCUAGUUGACCUGUAAAUGCAAGCAUUGUAAUCCUUGAGUUAGAAGGAAUUACCAUUGACAAAACCCUGAGUUAUUUCUACUUGACAUCCCUUGGGAAACUUUAUGAUUCCUUUUGUCUUUUCUUGGACAAAAAAAUGGGGUUUCACAAUAUUUAUUUGACUGUAUUCAGUGUGACUCAGUAUAUAUAUGCCAAAGAAGGCAACGGGCAAGACAGUGCCAAGACUGUGCUGUAAGGAACUGUUGGAGGUGAGAUAGGAGUUUAUCCAGGAAGUCAGUCCUGAAGGAGUUUUCAGAAAUGUAGAAGGUCAGGGCUAACUUGCUGCCUAGCCAAUGGCUCAGUAGAACAGGAACUCUUUUACAGAAAUUCCCCCUGCCCAGCCUAGAUGGGCAGGUCCUUUCCAAAGAUGCAGGAACAAACUGCAUGUUUACAGGGUCAGUUGUACCCCAGGUGGAGAAACUGAGCAGCAGGGAACACAAUUACAGUGGUACCUCGGGUUACAAACUUAAUUCUUUCCAGAGGUCUGUUCUUAACCCAAAACCGUUCUUAACCUGAGGCGCGCUUUCGCUAAUGGGGCCUCCCGCUGCCGGCGUGCGAUUUCCGUUCUCAUCUUGAGGCAAAGUUCGCAACCCGGAACAACUACUUCUGGGUUAGCGGAGUUUGUAACCCGAAGCGUUUGUAACCAAAGCGUUUGUAACCCGAGGUACCACUGUAAUUACUGUUCCACAAGUUUUUUAAGUAUCGUAACCUUGUAAACUGCUUUGAGGUUUUUCUUUAAAGUCGUGUAGUGUAUAAAUUUAAUGAACUAAAUAGGAGAAAUAAUUAGCACACAAACAACUUAACAUAUAAAUCUCAGUCAGCAUAAAGACAUAUCACAGUUGGAAUAAGUAUCAUAAGUAAGAUUAAUGGAAUAAUAAACAUCCAUCCUAGAAAAAAAUGUUUGGCACAAUUACCAUAAAUAUAUGCUAUCCUUAAUUCCUGAACCCUCACUCAUUUUUCAUUUUUAAAAGGUUGUUAUAUUAUUCUCUUAUGAGAUCUGAAAGAGAAAAGAAUGUCUUAUUCUCUCUUAAUCCAAUAAACUCAGUUGCUUCAGACAUCUUGGCGAACAGACUGUAUGUAUUAUCAUGCAAUUGCUAGAUUUCUUGCCUGGAUCAGCCUGAGGUAAGUGGAACAGCAGAGAACAGGGCCAGUUUAAUUCCCACAAUGAAAUUUCUUUAGGGCUGUGUCCACAUGGGGGCAAAUUCCCACAAACAGGUCAUUUAGAUUUGAUUUUUCUGUUUUCAUUUUUGGCUGUUGACAAAUACCUUGGGUAUGGUCUUUUCUCCUACCCGUCAAUCACAAGUUAGCUUACAUUAUUAAUUCCCCCCCCCCCCACAGCUCUGCUAUGCUAGAUCUGUAAUAAUAAAAACCAAAGGGGGUUGUUUAGUUCACUAACUGGGUGUGCAUGUGCCAAGCCAAAGUAAGAUAACUCCUUUAUCCUAGCCUUCUUCAGCUGAUGUUCAAUUUCGAUUUAAAGCACCUCAGGAUUUGAUUGUGGGGAGGAGAAUACAUUCAGUCCCGAACCUCUGUUUGUCUUGUUUUUCAAACCUCUUCUAGAGUUCCCUGCAGCACUGGAGAGAAAAAGCAUGAGAUUUCAAUGCCGCUUCCUGCCGAACAGAGAUGCUUGCCUCUUCCUUAUGUUUUUUUCUCUUUCAACUAUCAUCAGACAGCCCCGCUCAGCAAGGAAGAGGCAAGGAAACUCUCAGAGAAGCUGGGGGAAACAGUGAGAAGAGGCUCAGCAGUCAGGACCAAUGUGACUCCCAUUCCCAUCUCAGCAAUGCACCCAAGUUCUGUGGUGUUUGCAGUUGAAAUUGAACGUCAGUUGGAGAAAUCGGGGGGAGAGGAAUUAUCUUAAUCUGCAGAAUGUUUGACACAAAGAUAGCAUCCCCACCACCACCCCACACACUCAGAGCAUCAAGCAGACCCAAACAUUUGUUUUUAUUAUUACAAGACUUGCAUAAAUCUGCUCAUGCAAGGAGAAAACAGAAAUAAGGGUGUAGCAACAGAGGUUGCUCAUUGAAGCAUCGCCCACCAAAAAGAAUGCACUAAGAGGCUUCCACAGCAUUGGACUUUCCACAGGCAAUUUCAAAUUAAAUAAAGGAACUAUAUUGGCAGCAAUGUUAUGCAGAUGCUGAGGAAAAUUUCUUAGCACAAGCAGUGCAAAGUCCACAGAAAACUGCUGUGUGGAUACACUCUAUUUGAUUUUUUAAAAAAAAAAUAAUACAGUGGUACCUCGGGUUAAGUACUUAAUUUGUUCCAGAGGUCCGUACUUAACCUGAAACUGUUCUUAACCUGAAGCACCACUUUAGCUAAUGGGGCCUCCUGCUUCUGCUGUGCCGCCAGAGCACGAUUUCUGUUCUCAUCCUGAAGCAAAGUUCUUAACCUGAAGCACUAUUUCUGGGUUAGCAGAGUCUGUAACCUGAAGCGUAUGUAACCUGAAGCAUAUGUAACCCGAGGUACCACUGUAAUCCAUAAUUUGGUUGCUGCCAUAGUUCAUUGCUUCCCACUAGCCCAAAGGUACUUAUUGUUAUUUUUGUAAGUUCUUGUUCCUCUCAGUCUACAGUUUUCUCAAAGAAUAUCAUGAUCUGUUCUGUUUUUGGUAAAAGCAAGCCCUCUUUCAGGAAGCCUCCUGGAAGCAUGAUAUUUCCACAUGAAUUACAGAUUCAUCAUAUCUGUCUUUUAAGAAGGUCCCUCUGGAGACUAGCUGCCUUGUUUACAGGAAAUCACUGGUGAAGUUGUGUCUGCAUCAACAACAUAAUUAGAAUUCAGCUGAGGCUGCAGAAUAAUUCAGCUAAGGGUGAACUUCUGCACACCUUACCCGGGGAGGAAGUCCCAUUGUACGCAGUGGGACUUGAUUCUGUGGGUAGAUCUAUGCAUGAAGGUAGAUGCAGGGUAGCUCAGUUGGUAGAGCAUGAGACUCUCAGGGUUGUGGGUUUGAGCCCUGCACUGGGCAAAAAGAUUCCCUCAUCACAGGGGGUUGGACUGGGUGAUCUUUGUGGUCCCUUCCAAUUUUACAAGUCUAUAAUUAGAUAUGAGCAUGUAACAAACCCUCAUGGACACCUCUUCCAGGAGCCCUUCCAUAUGUCCUUUUUAUUGUGCACCCAUUAUUAUUUGUGCUCAUGAUGCUAUUAGGGCCCAAUUCCAAUGCCAUUUACACCUGCUAAUGUUGUGUGGUGUUUUCAGUUCCGGUGUAUACCCUUUAAAGUCCUGCUGAAAUCUGAUAACUUUUUGCACCAGGUUAUUUGAAGAAUUGUCUUGGGGAGGUUGACAAGAUCUUUUUCUAAGUCACUGCCCUUGGAAUAUUGUCACUUUAAUUUAGUCUUCAGCACAUUUUUCCGCUUCAUACCGCAUGACAGAAUCUCUGUCUGCUGUGUCUUCCAUUAUCUCUCCCUGUGGAAUUUUGACACUUUAAUCCAGUCUUCAGCACAUUUUUCAUGCUGUCUCCUGCUUUGGCAGGGUUGCUAGUGAAGCGCUUGUAUUAAAUUAUCAAAUCAUAUGUCAGCAAUGUUCACAGAGGCCCCAGGGAGGAAAUCAGUAGUCUUCACCUAUGUUUUUAAUUAACUGCAGGUUGCCAUGGCGCCUGAACCUGGCCGAACAGUGUUUGACCUUAAUUAACUAUUAUUUAUUGGAACUUCAGACCUUGGGUUAUGAAGCCACCUUGUUUCAGCAAACCAUAGUUAAUAUUAACCACAGUUUAGGGUGUGUACAUAUUGCUGAACUCUGAUUUAUCAAGAAAUGCUUCCAACCCCAUCACAGAAGGAGAGGGGAGGUGGUUAUCAGGCAAGAUUAAGCUGGCUGCUGCUUGUUCCUAUACAUAAACCACGGCGUAUUACUGUGGCCAAAUGCAGCUGUAUGCUUUCCCAGUCUGAAAUAAAACUUGGAUGUCAAAUAGCUUUUAUUUGACUUAAUAAUAAAGGAGGUACACAGCCAGGGGAGGAAAGCCUGUUAUCGAGAACAGAAUAUAGGCUCUUUAAACCAGGGAUUACAGAAGCACCUGACCUUUUCAUGUGAUAUAAAAGUAUUUUUUAUUGUAAAAACUGAAUCCACACCUCUAAUUUGCUUGCAUGACUGCCUCCUCACCAGUUUUAAUUUCAGAGUUUAGCAAAGUUGCCUUUUAUAGCUAUGUGUUCUAUUACCUAUCUGGAAUUGUGCCCAGGCUAGUCUCGUAGUCUUUGGGACUUAGGAAACAAAAGGAUACCUUUCAAUUUUAAUGGCCGUUGCUGUAAUCCCUCUACAUAAAUUACUGCAAGAAACUAUGCUGAUAAGUAGAUAGUGCUUGAUAUGCAGAGCAACUCUCAAACAUUUUUCUGGUGCUGGUAGCUUAAUUGAGGUGUGACCUAUGAUUAAGCACAGCGGGUUCUUCACAAAGGCCCAAUAAUGCUCAGUCAAGUAGAGGGAUGGUGGAGAGAGCUGGUUCAGUGCUCAUUUAAAGAUGAAUCUACUUAAUUCACCCUUCCUGAAACAAUAUGUAAACUGAAACAGGGUCAUCCUUUGAAAUUCAGACUUCUCCGAAUUUUGCAACGCAGUUCUCCAACAAAGUAGUGCGUAACAAAAUGUAUGCAUUGCGGGAAAGUACACAGAUUCAUGAAAAGAACGUCAAAAAAUACAUUAUAUGUGAUUGUUUGCAAUGAUUGUGUAUUGUACAAAAAUCGCAUAUGUGAAUAUGAGGAGAAAUUUGCACUAAACUGCUGGAGACUUUUCAUGGCGACUUUAAAAAAAAAAGAAAAAGAAAAUGAAUUUGCAAACAGAUGUGGAACUGUGGGGAAAUGAGCUUCAGGUUGGGAAAAUGUGAACUGUUGAGAAACUACAGAUUCACAUGUCCUUCAUCAGGUAUACUUUGGCUGGGAAUAUAUGCUUUAUCUUUUUCAAAAUGCAACUGCAAAGGAGGUUGCAUUCUGAAGCAGAAGGCUGUUAUAGACCGAGGAGGAUCCCAACUCUUCCCCCCCCCAAAAAAAACUUUUUAUUGGUUUUCACAAAAUUAUAAACGGACAAACAAACAAACAAACAAAAAUCAUAACCUUAUUAAAAUUACACUUAUUAACAUUGUUAAGUGACUUCCUUGCUUCCCCUUGGUUGAAUUUCAAUGCAUAUCCUUUUAUCGGUUUUCCAAAUCAGAGUUCUUAUAAACUUAACUUAGUCACUUAACAUCAUUCUAUCUUUUCAGUUUGGUAUUAAACAUAUUAAUUCAUCACUUAACUUAUGUAGAAUCCUAAGCCGAUCUAGUACCUGCAAGCUAUUUCGAAUUAGUUUAACUUAACGUAUUUAACUAAAUAAUCAUUAAAUUUUGUCCAUUCUUCCUGAUACUCCUCCUCCUUCUGGUCGCGGACUCUUCCGGUUAGGUCGGCUAGCUCUGAAAAAUCCACCAUCUUCAUCUGCCAUUCUUCUACAGUUAUUGCGUUUUCCACUUUUUAGCUAGUAAAAUUUGAGCAGCAGUUGUGGCAUACAAAAAUAAUUUAACAUCUUUCUUGGGCAAUUCCAGACCCGUUAUUCCAAGAAGAAGGGCUUCUGGUUUCUUUAUAAAUGUAUAUUUCAACAUUUUUUUCAAUUCAUUAUAAAUCUUUUCCCAGAAGUCUUUCACCUUGGGGCAGGUCCAACAACUCCUUUCCCCAGAGCAGCUUUUUAAAAACCCCUCCUCUUUCAAACUGUUUCUACCCAUAUUGGCCUUUCCAUUUAAGAUUACAGCCUUUUGUAAUCUCACUGUUAGGAACAAUCUGCAUGUCACAAAAGCAUCACGUGUAACUCCCAGGGGACGUGUUCCUUUUGUAGGCACCUGUAUUCAUUCAGAUAUUCAGCUGUGGUUUACUGUGGCCUUUGGCUACAACUAUGCAUUUUACUUGAACCCAUAACUCGAGAGGAGAGCCCUUCCCACUAGCAAUAUUUUCUGUGUCCUUUAGACUUUGGCCUCACCAAUCGCUAUGGCAAAGUUUAUAAAACUUCCAUAAACAUCUUCUCAACCAAAGUUCAUUGAGUAUAUUUGCUGGGUUGAGGUUUGAGUUCAAAGGGAGAAACGUCUCAGCAGUAAGUCCUGAGGAGUAAAUGGAAUGAGUCGUGGACACUCACUCCUGCAAGAGUGAUUUGCUGUUAUUCUUCACAUUACUGAAAAGACCACAAGCCAGACCACUGAACCUGCUUAAAAAGCAAACUUGAAACUUUGGAUUUCUCCAUUCUACUAUCAUUCAUUUUCUCCUUUGGUCUCUUUAGUUCCUAGAGGAAAUUUAAGAGGAAGCACAUCACACAACAUGAUGGAAUUUGCUACCAUGAGAUGUAGUUGGUGACAGCCACCAUCUUAGAUAGCUUUGAAAGAUGAUUCAAUAACAUCAUGGCAGAUAAGACUAUGAAUGGCUGCUAGUCAUUUUAUAACCUCCAGUGUCAUGAUGGCUGUAUCAUCUCCAGUUUUAGAGGUCAUAUGCCUCUGAAUUUCAAUUGCUGGGGAUCACAGGCUGCUUAUUGAAGCAUCUUCCUUAAAAAAAAAACUGGAUCAGAAAUUUGUUAAAUAUAAAUAAACCUUGUAAUGUCUGGUUUGUUCUCAGGCAACUGCAAAAGUACAACUGUGGAGACUUCGAAAUGAACAUCACUUUGUUUGGUAUCUUGCCUGACCUUUACCAUAUGGCCCCAGAAAAGAUUGCAACAAUAGAAUACACAGUUAUGAAACAGUGAAAACCAAAGAACAAGGAAACUGUAAAAACAGUUUUAAAAAACCAGUGCAGUGUCUAAAACAACUAAAACUAUUCCAUAUAUAAAGACGAUGCAAAAACUUGAAAACAAUUGCGUAUAUAAAAAGUUUAAAAAAAUAGUUCCAAAUAUAUAUAUAUGGUCCAAUACAGAUGUAGACUGGGAUAAAUAUCUCCACUUACAAGGUUUCUUAAAAGAGGAAGAUCUUCAGCAGCUGCCAAAAAGUCAACAGAGACAACAGCUGUCUAAUGUGUAGUGGGAAGGGAUUCCAAAAGGCAGAUGACUCCACACUAAAAGCCCAAUUCCUAUGUCAUACAGAAUGGACCUCCAGAUGAGAUGCAGAGUGCCGUGAUCAGCUGAGUAUGAGAAGGGUGAGACAAUAUUUUAGGUACCCUGGUCCUAAGCUACAUCAGGCCUUGUACACCAGUACCAGCACUCCUCCUAAGCAAUCCUUAAAUAUAUAAUAGCCCCUCUAUAGGAGUUUGAGCUUGGCAACUUCUUAGAUGAAGCUUCUUUUAAAAACCGAAACAUCCACCUCCCCUUCAAAUGGUCUGGCAGUCGCUUAAUUCAGUACUGCUGAAGAACAGCUCUCUCGUUGUUGCAGAACUGCAAGCCUGAAACAUACUUGGAUUGGAUUUAAUUUUUUAAUAGCAAAAUAGAGGGAGGCUUUCAUACAGAGAUCCACUUAAGGGAGGGAAUGUUUGAGCAAACAGCAGUCAGAUGUGCCUGGUGGCUGUUGCUAAGAUCUGGGCAUGUUUGCGCUUGUAAAAAGGCACCUGGUCUUUCACAGCCUACCUUCUCUCUCUUUCCCCCUCCCUUCCAAUAUUUUCUCAGUCCUCUGGAUCUAAUCUAAAGUUUAUGAGGCUGGGCAUGGCAGGAGGUCAUUGUGCAAAAAUGGCUUUUUUAAAUAGCCGGCAGGAAUAGCUGGCCAUUUAUGGAUCUGUUUGCUGCAAGUUGGCAUUACACAGCUAAAUUAUGCAAAUGCAUUCCCAGCAGAACCAAACAUGCAAAUUGCACACGACUUACAAUAUUAUUCGGUUGUGUAAGUUGCCCCCACUGAGGCAGCUCUCUUCCUUACUGCAAAAUAAUACAGUAAGAGGAAGGGGAGAAGAAAAUGUAUCUUAACUAUUUUUGUGAGGUUUUUAUUGUUAAAAAAAUGGCAUAGUAAACUUUCUCAGGCGACACAGUCAUACCUCGGGUUAAAGUUGCUUCAGGUUGAACGUUUUCAGGUUGUGCUCUGCAGCAACCCAGAAGUAACAGAACGCGUUACUUCUGUGUUUUGCCGCUCGCGCAUGUGCAGAUGCUCAAAAUGAUGUCACGUGCAUGCGCAGAAGUGGCGAAUCACGACCCGUGCACGCACAGACGCGGGUUGCAUUCACUUCAGGAUGCGAACAGGGCUCCGGAACAGAUCCCGUUCGCAUCCAGAGGUACCACUGUAGACUUCUUUGCUGGACACUGAGCUGGAACUAAGAAAAGUGAGGUGGGAAAAGUCAGUUAAAAGCUAACCAAAGGGGAAAAGGCAUUCUGAAGUUCUUAAUCACAGCAAGUUACCUUAUACCAUUAGUCCAUCUAGCUCAAUAUUGUCCACACUGAUUGACAGCAACACUCCAGGUUUCCCCAGCCCUACCUGGAGAUCCUAUGAUGUUCUAUGAACAAGGCAGAUGCUCUUCCACUAAGCUACAGCCCUUCCUUACCCUUUUAAAUGGUCAAACUAGUAUAACAACAACAACAACAACAACAACAACAACAACAACAACAACAACAUCAACAACAUUAUUUAUACCCCACCCAUCUGGCUGGGUUUCCCCAGCCACUCUGGACGGCUUCCAACAGGACACUAAAAUACAAUAACCUAUUAAACAUUAAAAGCUUUCCUAAACAGGGCUGCCUUCAGAUGUCUUCUAAAGGUUUGGUAGUUAUUUUUCUCUUUGACAUCUGGUGGGAGGGCGAUCCACAGGGCAGGUGCCACUACCGAGAAGGCCCUCUGCCUGGUUCCCUGUAACUUGCCUUCUUGCAGCGAGGGAACUGCCAGAAGGCCCUCGGCGCUGGACCUCAGUGUCCGAGCAGAACGAUGGGGGUGGAGACGCUCCUUCAGGUAUACUGGGCCGAGGCCGUUUAGGGCACCAACAUUUUGAAUUGUGCUCGGAAACACAAGGAACAGUAUGGUGGGUGUAGGGCAGAGGUUGGUCCAAGGCUCCCUUGACCAACUACAUUCAUUCUGCAGCACCCCUGUGGGGCUCAGGAGCCCAGUUAUGUCACCCCUUGCCUGCAGAGCUGGCAGCCUCUCACCCUUUUGCGAACACGCUCCCAUGUGAAAUGUUCCCUCAGCUUCCCCUCUCCUUGGGAGUCCUCUCAGCAGCCACCCUUGGUCUCUGAGCUUCAGAGGAGGGAGAGAAGGAAAGGGACAGAGGCCAGUGUUGCCCGUGGCACCCCUGUCUAUCAUUCAAGGCACCCCAGGGUGCCACAGCACACUGGUUGAAAACCACUGGUGUAGGGUGUACCUGCUGCUGCUUCCUUUGCCCUGUUGCCUCUUCAGCUCCCAUCACCUCCUUCUCCCAGUCUUCUCCCUUUUCUCCCCCUGACCACUCAUCGUCAUCCCACCACCAAUCCCCUGGCUCUGAGCCGUCUUCCCUUGGGGGUUCCCCAGCAGCUACAUGCCGCCAGUCCAUGACAACAGAAAUUCGAACUAGAUAGGUCACUGGCCUGAUCCAGCAGGGUUUUCUUAUGUCCCUAAGUUGUUUUUCUGAACUCUGUAUCGCAUAAUCUUUCAGCUCGGGCUACAUCAGGCGAGAUUGCUCAAGCUUUUGUCAUAACAUAAACACAGCUUAUCAUAUUCCAUUUUUAUUGCAUCUACUAUACACAAAGAGGCUCGCUGCACACACAAGACUUGCACGCACAAGGUGCUUCUGUCAACUAACCCGGUUUCACAGUGUGUUGUACUUUUGGGGAGAAAAGCUGGAUUUCUUAUCCUUACCACCAAGUUUAUUGCAGGGGCGCUAAACACACUGAGAUCUGGUAACUUAUUGUUUGAGUUCCCCAACCCUUGCCUUAUAUGGUUUGCGUAGAGUGUCCUGGGUGGUUGUAAAAACUCAUCUUGAUAUGAAUAAUGUUCUAGUGUAAUGGCUGAAGGAUCUCAGCUGUUUCCCAAUGCACUCUUUGCCCUUUCUCUAGCCACUGACCCUUGCACUGGUAACUUACUCGCGCAUGGAAAAGGAGAGAAGGGCUAUCGUUUCAAGGGGGUGUAGGACAGAGGAAGAAAGAGGUCAGCAGAGAGCUGUCAUUUUCUGAGCACUGGGAAGAGGGAGUUCCCCUGUGAUCCCCAAAAUUGGAGUAGCCUGUUGCUGUAGACCAACAUAGUGCCUGUCGCAAAUACCAGCUGUGGAAACAGAUCAGGGAGAAGUUCUUGCUAUGACAAGUGGCCAUUGCCAUAGAAUGAAUGGGGGUAGGUGUGUUUCCUAACCCAACCUGUGCAUUAAUUGCCUGCUGCAUGGUAACUAUAACUUUGCACCUGACAAGGACUCGGCUGGGCAGAGGGUGGCACACCCUGAGCCUUCUGGCACGCAUGAGCCCUCUAGAGGACAGGAGAGGGCACUGCAUUGGAAGCGAAAUGGGAUUAAGGAUACAAGUCCUUGCAUGUGUGUGUGUUAAGUGGAAUCUUUGUGUAAUAAAAGAACAGUGAAAAUUGUAAGCCAUGGCCAUGUGAAUACCCAGUUGCAUUCAUGAGCCAGCGAUAUAUCUAUACAGUGGAACCUCGGGUUACAUACGCUUCAGGUUACACACGCUUCAGGUUACAGACUCCGCUAACCCAGAAAUAUUACCUCGGGUUAAGAACUUUGCUUCAGGAUAAGAACAGAAAUCGUGCAGCGGCAGCGGGAGGCCCCAUUAGCUAAAGUGGUGCUUCAGGUUAAGAACAGUUUCAGGUUAAGAACAGACCUCCAGAACGAAUUAAAUACUUAACCUGAGGUACCACUGUAUUUAUUUUGCUCCAUUUUCCAUUCAUUUCUAAUCUCUAGGGCCAUUUCCAGACUGUCACUGUUUUCGGACAGGACUCGAUCCCAUACUAGCCAAUUCAAGUUGCACAGUGAAAUCUCUGGUGCAAAAAAACCCGCUUCCUCCAAAGAGCAGACUUUUUGCAAUAAGGAAAGUGACAGGAAAAGGCACGGAGAAGCAUGGGACAAUUACUGCUUUGAUGCCACGUCAACAUGUAGGAGUGAAUGCUCAUCAAAUAGCCAAUGUCACCUAACUUCCCUCCCAUCACAUCAGGAUGAAUGCUCAAUAAACAUAUUUUCUGGGAGUGCCCUAGAUCUGUCUAAUUAUGUCAUUUCAAAUGAUGCUUUGCAAAUCUUCGUCAUUUGCAAUCAAUGCAACUAUUGUGAAAUGGGGAAACCCAGCCAGAUGGGCGGAGUAUAAAUAAUGAAAUUGUUGUUGUUGUUGUUGUUAAGUCAAGUCCUUUAAGUGAACUUCACAUAUGGUUUGUGCCAGAAAAGUCUGAGUGAAUUCAAUAGGAAUGUUCAGAAAUAUCUGGAUUGUAAAUUUUAUGGUCCCUGUGUUUUGUAUAUAAAAUGAAAUUGCCUUUCAUAAAGUCAAGGAGCUAAAACGCACACAUAAAUCUCACGGUUUCCUCUGUUUCAGUUUUUCUCUUCUCUUCCAUUAUAAAGAGGAAAUUAAACAAAAUAUAGUGCAAUGCUGUAUCUGUCUACUCAGAAGUAAGCUCCAGUGAGGGUCCUGGGGCUUACUCCUAGUAGAUAAGUGUAGGAUUGCAGCCUUGGGGUGUUUUUGUUUUCCUCUAAGGGACAAAUCAUUGCACAUCAUAAAUCAACAAAGCUUUAUAUAAGCCCAUGGAGUUUCUCCCCUGCCACCAGUCCCAUCUACUUUUGAAAAGAAAAUGAAGUUCUUUGACUUAAACAUGAAUAUUCAAAAAGCUUUCCCUCCUCCUUUCUAGGUAGUCAUCUGAUUUGGCAGGCCCCCCGUGAAAAAUCUGAAGAUGAACAAGCACAUUAAUCUGGUAAAUUGGCUGGUUUCUUAUGUAUUAGUGAUGGGCACUCUUUGCAUAAGUACAGAAUGAUGCCUUGGUCAUACAUUUGCACGGUAGAGUCUUUAUACAAAGAACGCUUGUAUGCACUUAUGAAAUGCGGAAAUAGCCAGACAUAUCACCCCACUGACUUCUGUAGCAUGGGGAUUGAGAUGCACAUGUUGAGAUCACCUGAGAAUCAUUUCAUUCAUUAUCAGCUUUGGAGGACUCUUUUACCUGCCUCUUGUCCCUGAUGCGCGCAUAUAUAUAUAUAUAUAUAUAUAUAUAUAUAUAUCAAAAAGGCAAAAAGAAAAAGAAAAAAAAUACAUGAAAUUGUAAUACAAUACAAAAUAUGAGUAUAUAAGUAAUGCAGUUAUGCAAACUAAUGUAAAACUAGUAACACAACUUUAUAUUUUUUAAUAAAUGCAUUCCAAAUAUCAUUGUAUUUAUCUAUACACAAUCUGCAUCUAAAAGCAAUCCGUUUGUCUAUUGCAAGAGUUGUCAUAUAUUCUAUCCAUUGAUCAAAGGGUGCCAUAGUAUUAUCUUUCCAGCGAAUCAAUAACAGUCUUUUGCCAGAAGUUUGGGCAUGGAGAGUCUAUCUAUGCUGACCCACUGUCAAACGAUGUAUUUAAGUGAUCAACACCACUAUCCCAUUGCAGCUCUAAAUGAGGAGGAAUAUACACUUCCUGGUUUAGUAUCAAUGCUGAACAAAACAGGUGAAGGUUGUGCAACAUUGACCUUCCUGAUGUACGCCAUUUCUAGUCAUUUCUAGUCAUCGAACAAAAAUUCAGAUUUAUAGGUAGCAGUCAUUGCCAGUGGUCAUUGAGGCAGAUAGGGUAGAAGACAGGGAGGUCACCAGUAGGUGGCGCCUGAGGAACAACAACUCCUCUUAAUUUUAUCUCCUCUCUGUUGAGUUCUGCAAGGGCAGUACUGAGACUGAGGAAGCUGACUAAGGAGGGGAAAGAAACUCAAGCAAUGCUUUAGUCUAGUUUAGUUUAGUUUAGUUUUAUAUCACCCUUUAUCCAAAGAUCCCAAGAUGGCGUACAACAUUAGGAACACAAUGUUGGGAAACAAGCAACUUGUGGCCCCGGUUUCCUUUGAAGAACAAAUUAACUUUCCCCCCAAUACUGCUUUUGAUUGCAGCCUGUUUAUAUUGUUCCAUAAUGGAAGCCAUUAAGAAUUACACCUACUCAUUUUUAAAUAGCCCUGCCCAUUUAUCCAUGUUCCAUUUCUUGAUUAUGUCACAGUGUGACACAGGGAUGCAACAAAGACACAGAACUCGGGAACAAAUGGAACACUAAGUACCAGGCAAGGCCUCACUGGCACUGGUACUUGUCCCAUGCCAAUCAUAAUAAUAAAACUAACAAUGAUAACACUGCCCAUCUGACUGGGUUGCCCCACCACUCUGGGUGGCUUUCAUCAGAUAUCAAAACAUUAAAAAAAAAUUAAACCUUAAAAAAAACCUUCCAUCUACAGAGAAAGCACGGGUCCGAGCCUUUGGACUAGAUGACCCUUAUGCUCCCUUCCAACUCUGCAAUUCUAUGAGUUUCCAAUAACCAUACUGCCUCCAACUGUGGAGGUAGAUCAUAGCCAUCAUGGUUGGGAGUUAAACCUUCUCUCUCCAUCUGCAUUGGCCCCGGUCCAGAUACCACCACCACCCUUUUUUUAAUGUAUUUAAAAACUGUUGUUGCUGUAAAUCAGGGGUCAGCAAACUUUUUCACCAGGGGGACGGUCCACUGUCCCUCAGGCCUUGCGGGGGGCCAGACUAUAUUUAGGAAAAAAAUAUGAACGCAUUCCUAUGCCCCACAAAUAACCCAGAGAAUUCAUAGCUGUCAACGUUUCCCUUUUUAAAAAAAGGGAAAUUCCCUUAUUCCAAAUAGGAUUCCUCACAAGAAAAGGGGAAAGUUGACAGCUAUGCCAGAGAUCCAUUUUAAAUAAAAGCACACAUUCUACUCAUGUAAAAACACCAGGCAGGCCCCACAAAUAACCCAGAGAUGCAUUUUAAAUGAAAGGACACAUUCUACUCAUGUAAAAGCACACUGAUUCCCGGACCAUCCACUGGCCGGAAUGAGAAGGCGAUUGGGCUGGAUCCGGCCCCCAGGCCUUAGUUUGCCUACCUACCCAUGCUGUAAAUGUUGCACUUAAAGAGGCGUGUUUUGAGGAGAGACUUGAAGGAGGAGGGAGACAUGGAGGGAGGCUGAGGGGCAUACUAAGCAGUUGUCUGUGGGUGGAAUUAGUUUUUGGGGUGGGCUCUUUGUUCUCCAACAACUUCCACUUUAAGAAAAUAAAUACCGAGAGGUGGGACACAAAGAGAUUUGGAAAGUGACUAAUACAAUGUUCAGGAACAUACGACCGAAUUUGAAAGCAAAGAGACAAUUAGCAAAUGGAAAUUAAAGACACUAAGUGCUCAAAUAGAAAAAAACACACACAAUACAGAAUAGUGCUAUUGAAAAGAACUGUAAUUGCACAGGGAAGUUAUUACUGCCUAAUAUAUGCCUGAUUCAAAGUAUCAUCCCACAGACCACUUAUUGCAUGAUUGCAUUAUCUUGUCUGUGUUUUCAAGUCGGCCUGAUUCAAAUUAAAAGGAAUAAAUCAGGAACAGAGGCUUCCCUGCUGGGAAAUGGAAAGUAGUCUUCUAGACUCUAAGGGGCCUUCUCUUUUAAUUAAAUGGGAAAGGAAGGGCUGUGCAUAACCGAAGCAAUUACAGUGUGCUGGUCCUGGGGGCUAACCGAGAGGCGAGGUCCGAGUCCAGUCCGAGGUCAAUGGUGUGGUAUGGAGGCUGUCCGUCAGAGCUGUAGCUGGGUCCAAGGCAGGGAGUCGGGUGGGGUCAGGAACUCUGGCAGAAGAGCAGGACAGGGUGCAGGCAGGAACAGGCUAGCAACAACAUUGCUCCCGCAACCUGGGACUGGGUCUGACUGGCUUUUAUCUGCCCCGAGGCAUAGGGCGGCCCCAAUCCUCUGGUGACUCACCUCUCCUGGCCUGGAGGCAAGCACUCCUCCUGCGGGAACUUAGUUCCCUCCGCCUCUCUGCCCUGAGCCUCUGCAGCUCAGGAGAGGCUGGAGGGUUACCGGACCCAGAGGCAACCUGGUCUUCCCCUGACAGGGCUGAGAGUGGAGCACCUGCAGGCAAUGGGUCCUCCAUCACCUCAGGGGCCAGAGCAGACUCAGCUGGUGCCUGCACCCAAGGAUCCAGCACAGGUGAGGACCCUUCAGGCUCAGGCCCCAGCCCCGGCUCAGCUGGUUCUGGAGGCGGGGACUCGUGUGCAGGCUGGGAUUCCUCAGGUUCAACCUCUGAGUCCGAAUCCCAGGCCAUCACAUACAGACAAAAACCUCUACAGCCCAAUAUGUUGCAAAAAGCUGUGUUUGCUCAGUGUGUUGUGUCACCAGUGCGCACACCCCUUGUUGUCUUGGUGGAGCCUGGUAUUUGUGGGGAAUGGUCAUGCCCGAUUUUCUAACAACACAUGAUUCAGGAACUCUAGCCCACUCUGUUGCUUUUGCUUAUGAAGCACCCGAAUGCCACCCAGGUCCAAUGAAAUCUAAAAUGGCACCCCUGCUUCCAGGGAUUGUUUGCGAAGACUUGCCCAGCAGAAACCCGAGUUCCUGUCUUCUGUGCCUGUGAGCAAAGGGAAGGGAAAGGAAGACAGUGGAAGGAAAGGAGCAGAAGAAUCAAAUCAACUGCCCUUGUGCGUACUGAGUAGAAUGUAGAUUGCGCUUGCCUCAAACGUUGUGGCACCUACCAGAUACCACAUGCAACACCACUGGCAAUGAACAAUACACAACUUUUCCCUACCCACCUCCACUUUCCUAGGGGUACACCAUAUUGUUUAAAAAAAUGUGUGUUUGUGUGUGUUGUAUCUGGAUUAGGCUUAAUGGGGGGCCAUAACAGUUUCAGGAGAAGGUGGUUCUCAUCUGGAAAAUGGUAAGAAGGAAAGGGUUAAGCCACCCUUCCCAGUGCCAUGGUUCUGAUCCAAAUACAGGGUGACACUGAGGGUCUGUUCUUCUACAAAAAAUAAAGAGAUAGAAGAUGAGAGCAUGGAUCUCCAUGAGCUCAUUAUGUCAGCUCAUGGCAAAGGGAGAAGAAUGCCUCUCUGGUCUUCAGACACCUUUCCUGAAAGCAUUGGAUUCAGUUGUGGAUAUCAGUCCAGAAUCGUUCACAGAUGCAAGGAAUUAAUUAAGCUUCUCUACAAUCCCUUGUGACUUGUUAAUGUUAGGGGAGGUAGUAAGGUACUUGCUUGAUCAGUAUUUCAGAGAAAAGAAAAUUGAACUUUCUCUAAGUGCUACGAGGAAAAUGUGAGACAGUUCAUAAAUUAACUGCGGCUUGCUGAUGACUGCCUUUGAAGAGAGGAGAGAAUAGCUAAGGGGAACCAAAGCUGUAGUUGUUACCAACAAAUUUAUAUUGUAAGUGCAAAAUAAAUAACAAAUCUAAUUCAGAGGCCUUUGCCAAAGUACUCCAAAUUCUACACCAGUCAAUAAAUUCCAUUUAGACUUCCAUGUAAGUGUAAUCAUUCAGCUUUAUAUCAGUUUUAAUGGUCUCCAAAGAUACACCCUUGGGCUUGGAGCCCAACCCCCCCUUAUGAAUGAAAGAGUUCCUCCUGCUUUUGAGAAGAGGCUGGGAUACAGAGAAGACACCUGCUAGAGGUGCAGCAAUAAAACUGUGAGCACAUUUGCAAAGCUAAGCAGGUUCUGGUAUGGUUUCAGAUAGGAUGGGAGACCAUGCAUUGAGAUUCCUGCACUUCAGGGGGUUGCAUGAGUUGGCCCUCAGGGUCCUUUGCAACAAUACAGUUCUAUGGUUCUAGAGCAGGGUGGCCUUUUUCACCCUUCUCUGCUUUUCUCCAUCAACCACCUGGACCACCUCUUAUAAGAAACUACGGAGCUGCUUUAUAACAAAUCAGACCUUUGGCCUACCUUGUUAAUAUUGUCCACACUGACUGGCAGUGAGUGGUUUUCCAGGAUUUCAGGCAAAGAAGAUUCACUGGAGAUGCCAGGGAUUGAACCCGGGACCUUUUGCAUGCAAAACAGAAGCUCCUUUCCCCUUUUCUCCUGCUCCAAAGGAUCCCACUGUAGCAUAAUUUUUAUGUGCUAAGAGGGUUAAGGAGUGAAUGGAUGUAAAAAAAAAAGGCCACUCUCCUUUCACUAGUAGAAACAUCCCUUAAUGCAACUCUGCUCAUGGGACACACUUGGCAGCUUCCAUUCAUAUUAUUAUUAUUAUUAUUAUUAUUAUUAUUAUUAUUAUAUACCACCCUUCAUCUGAAGAUCUCAGUGUGGUUCAUAGGAGUAAUACGCAGUUUAGAAAUUAACCAAUGAACAAUUUUGCUCAUUUAAAAAACAACAACUUUUGCCUUCCUACAAGAAAAUGGAUUGUUCAUGACUAGUAAAGUUGGACUGUGCAUUUAACCUGGUCUUUGAGCCUCUCUAAUUCAGCCCUUGAGUCUCCUAAUAUCUGGCUGGAUUUGAUGAUAUUGAACAGAAUCUUUCACCUUCAUUUUCUAGAGCUAGCGAUUCUGUCUAAAACACCAGCAUUAUGAAUUGUUGGGGGACACCUGGGUGUGUGAAAAUGAUUCAUUGGCCAGAAACAUUAUAAAAUGAAUGUGUGCCAUCAAGAAACUUUAGUAAAUGUAGCUGGUUAUUAUUAUUAUUAUUAUUAUUAUUAUUAUUAUUAUUAUUUAUUUCCUAGUGAGCUAUCCUUCCUUGCUGGAGGUGGUAGAAGAGGAAAAGGAGGAAGGUGAGGCUGACUUGCGGCUACAGAUGUCACCAUCAGGUGCACUGAUUCUGCUGCUUGCUCUAAACACAUGGCUUGUUAACGGUAAGCAUUCAAAACACCCUUUACCUUUUCAAAACUUAAAAUCGGGAAAGUGUCCUUGGGGAUCUUACCAUCUUCCAUUCUGUGGCCAUGGUCAAGCCAGCGUAAACGUCAUGUGGGCUUGGGAGAGCGCAUAUUUGUUGGAAACGCUGUCCUGCCAUGUGAUACCCAAAAUUUUCUUCAUCCAUCACGUGGAAGAUGUUGGGGCAUGGCUCCUGAUGGUUCUAAGUUGCCCAUGACUCACUUCCAUAAAGCAGUGUGCUCAGCACACAAAACGGGUAGACCUUCGUCUUGAGAGCCAGCGUGGUGUUGUGGUUAAGAGCAGUAGACUUGUAAUCUGGUGAACCUGGUUCGCGUCUCCACUCCUCUACAUGCAGCUGCUGGGUGACCUUGGGCUAGUCACACUUCUUUGAAGUCUCUCAGCCCCACUCACCUCACAGAGUGUUUGUUGUGGGGGAGGAAGGGAAAGGAGAAUGUUAGCAGCUUUGAGACUCCUUCGGGUAGUGAUAAAGCGGGAUAUCAAAUCCAAACUCCUCCUCCUCCUCCUCCUCCUCCUCCUCCUUCUUCUUCUUCUUCUUGGUAUUGGACAUUAGCAUCACAUUCUCCCAUGUCGUUUUGGAGAGGCUAACCUCCCCAAGUCCUGACAAAAAUAGUUAAUGUAACCUUACUUCAGGGAGAGCCAACAAGCUGGCUUGACACCAACAACUCCCCUCAGUUCCAGUGAGUAGAGCCAAUGGUCAGAGAUGCUGGGAGUUCUGAUCAACAACAUCGGGAGGGCUCCACAUUGGCUGUCCCUGAUAUGCAUGUGAAUAACCAUUUCACAAUCUACCAAUGGAAUUAGACAUAACAAAAUUAUGUAACUGACAUACCCAGCGGUAUUAUGCAAGCCAUUACAUAUAGACUGGCUCUCUCCUUGCUGCCCUUCUGCCAGCAGGUGAAGGGCUUCCUUGUUCAAACAGGCUUUUGGGAACUGACUGUUUUUAAUGAAAGGGCUGAUGCCGUGAUGGAUGAGGCAUAUGUUUUAAUAGAACACAUUUGUUGUUGUUUAGUCGUUUAGUUGUGUCCGACUCUUCGUGACCCCAUGGACCAGAGCAUGCCAGGCACUCCUGUCUUCCACUGCCUCCCGUAGUCUGGUCAAACUCAUGUUUGUAGCUUCGAGAACACUGUCCAACCAUCUCAUCCUCUGUCGUCCCUUCUCCUUGUGCCCUCCAUCUUUCCCAACAUCAGGGUCUUUUCCAGGGAGUCUUCUCUUCUCAUGAGGUGGCCAAAGUAUUGGAGCCUCAGCUUCAGGAUCUGUCCUUCCAGUGAGCACUCAGGGCUGAUUUCCUUCAGAAUGGAUAGGUGUGAUCUUCUUGCAGUCCAUGGGACUCUCAAGAGUCUCCUCCAGCACCAUAAUUCAAAAGCAUCAAUUCUUCGGCGACCAGCCUUCCAUAUUUUCUAUUAAUGUUUAACUGCUUCUUAAUGAUUGCUUUUUCUAUUUAUUUAGCUGUAUGCCACCUUGAGUCCCUGUCAGGGGAAAAGGCAGAAUAUAAAUUAAAAAAAAUAUGUUUAUGGGUGAAGACUCACUUCUAACAAUCUAUCAUUUGGGGACUUGUCUAGUAAAUAUGAGCCUUGUCUGCUCUGAUACAGUUAAAUCCCCAAUAACCACUUUCCUGUUCCUGCAGUCUGCCUUGUAAGAGCUCUAAUGGAUAACUUAAAAGCCCCAUCUGAUCCAGCAUUUUGUUUUCUGAUGUGGCCACAACCAGAUGCUUCUGAGUAGCCUACAAGCAGGGUGCGGCCGCUAUAGCCGUCUCUGAUGCCGGACAUUUGGUGGGUGGCUCUUGGGGGUUGCAGUGGUAGCCCUGAGACAUGGCAAGCUAUUCAAGACCACCCAGUGAGCUUUAACUUGAGUCUUUCUGAUCUGAGCUCAGUUCUUUGACCACAAUACUGCAUUGCAGUGGUUCUCUCCAAAAGCAGAGGGAGGAAAAUAGAGCCUCAGAACCACCAUCGCUGUCGAAAAUAGACUUAAACCACGACUCUAGGCCCCUAUCUGCUCAGAGCCCCUGUGAUGAUAAUUUAAUUUGUGAUUGCAUUUUCUCAGGUCAGUCACUUCCUGGAAAGCCUACAGUAAGGAGUUGCCGAACUUCAGGAAAUGAAACAUUUACUUGCUGGUGGAAAGCUGAUUCAGAUGGUGGACUUCCUACAAAUUACACUCUGCUGUACAGCACAGAAGGGUAGGGAAAUGUUUGGGGUUGGUUUUUUUUAGUCAUUUGUUGUUCCUUGCACAGAUUCACGAGAGGAAGACAACACAUUCCCAGUUACAAGGUGAAGAGAUGAGUAACUGUGCCACCUUCUUCCCUCUGAGAUCUUUAUUGAGGUUCCAGGGUUAAUCUGUUUUCCAAGAACUGCAAAUAAAGCAUGUUUUCACAUAAGAGUUUUGCUGGAGUCCCACUGCUUUAGAUGCAAUCAAGGGUGUCCUCAGCUUGAAUUGAGAUACGGCUUGCCCUUUUCCAUAUUACUUUCAGCCGACCAAAGACGUGCUGUGUAGCCAAUAACAGCUCCUUGACAAACAUAUUGGUACAUGUUCAGAAAAGGGCAACGGAAAUUAUCAAGGGGCUGGAGCAAUUUCCCAAUGGAAAGAGGUUACAGUCUUUGGAGCUUUUAGUUUAGAGGAAAAUGUGAGUAAGGGGGCAUGAUAGAGGUGCAUCAAAUUAUGCCACAUAUUUUGGUAUAUAAGCCACUUCAUAUUUCGUCACUUUUCUUUGGCUCCUUCAGAUGCCCUCCCUCAAAAAACCAAACAUGGUUCAGUCACUGGUAUAUCUUUAGCCACUCCUGCAAUGAAGACCAAUGCAUAUUUAUUUUCUGCAUAUUUGUUAAGAAACCCAGGGUACAGUUUACUAUUCUUAUUUAACAAAAUUUUAUAUUCCACUUAAUUAACGCCCCCCGCCCUGUGCCCCAUGAUAGACUCCCAAUUCAGAUUGUGUAAUUUACUUUUUUUUAAGCCAUUCAUGCAAUUGCCAACAUUUCGCACCAAACCCAAGGGAAGGACAGCAAUUGCCUUUGUGCUCUCCUUCUGGGUUUUCUGAAAUAACCUGUCUGGCUAUUGUCCAAUAGACUAAACCUAGACAAGCAUCUCCCAGAAGGGCAUUUGGUUUGAUCCGGUAUGGCUCUUAGGUUUUUAUAAAAUUAAUCCCCACUGACUCCAGGUUAUGCAUUUGCAAUGGUGAGUUUAUUAAGCUGAAUCUGACUAGUGAGUUGAGUAUUUGCAUUUGUUCUUACUUGUUCUGUUGAGUGUGGACAGGUCUCUAUUAACUACUAUUUUAAAUUAUUUUAUUUCAGAGGAAAGCAUGCCUUUGAAUGUCCAGACUAUACAACCGGGGGGCCCAGUUCAUGUUAUUUUGAUAAGAGUGUCACCGGACUUUGGAAAACGUACAAUAUCACAGUGAAAGCUACCAAUGGCAUGGGAAGUAAUGUCUCUGACCCUCAUUAUGUGGAUGUUCAAACCCUAGGUAAGGGGGGAGGGCAGGAAGCCACAUGGAAACACAACUUUCCACUCUACUCUAAAGCAACACUUUGGGGCAGGGGGUGGAUGGGGACUGACUGAUUCAUCAGUACCAUUAUUUUUUCAAACAUUGUCCAAACCUAGAGGCCAAAGGUGUUUUGAGGAAAUGCAAUAUUGAAACAAGUUAGUUGUUAGUUUAAUUUAACAUCAGAAGAGGGAAGACUAUGGGACCUAGAUGAUUUCCUGAUCUAGAACUAAUUCAGUGCAUCAGAUAGGGUAGAUAAUUCACAUCUUCUAAGUCCCAAGUUUGGUUCCUGACCUCUUUGGCUAAAAAGCCUGUUGGAAAUCAGUGCAGGGCAAGAUCUCGGUCUGAAAUUCUGGAGAUCUCUUGCCAUUCAAGAUAGAAAGUGCUAGGGAUGGGAAAAGAAGUUCAGCCCAGACAUUGAGGUCCAGCUCAUAGGGCCUCUGGGAGAUUCCCUCAUUGCAAGAAGUGAAACCAGGGGGAGGACAGCCUCAGUAGUUAUGCCCGCCAUGUGAAACACCCUCCCGCCAGAUGUCAGAGAAAUAAACAAAUAUAUGGCCUUCUGUAGACAUCUGAAGGCAGCCCUGUUUCAGGAAGCUUUUAGUGUUUGAUGUUCCAAUGAGUUCCUUUAUAUUCUGUUGGAAGCCGCUCAGAGUGGCUGGGGCAACCCAGUCAGAUGGGUGGGCUACAUGAAAUAAAUCACCACCAUCAUCAUUCACUUCACAUUUAAAGACAAAUUCACACUUCCUGAAACAAGGAAAGAACCGAAACACAGCCAUCCUUUGAAAUUCAGCCUUCUCUGAAUUUUGCAAUGCAGCCAUGUUUUAUACACACAGAGAGAGAGGGAGAGAGAGAGAGAGAGCGCGUUGUAUUAGGGGAUAUUGCUUUGGAAAUGUGUGUUAUUAGACAAAAUUGCAUGCUAAAUGGUACAUUAGGAGAAACUGGUACUAAAAUCCAAUGAAUUUUCAUGAGGACUUUAAGAACAAACCAACCACAAAUUGAUGGUGGAGAACCAAAACUUAAUAAUGGAAAAAUCAGAAACUGAGAGAAACCAAAGGUGACAUAUUUGCCCAUCUCUAGAUAGUACUGGCCUAGACAAACUAUUGAUCUAACUCAGGAAAGGUUAACCAGAUGUUGUUGGACUCCAGUUCCAUCUUCCCUGACCACUGGCCAUUCUGACUGGGGCUUUUCAGAGUUGGAGUUCAGUGCCAUCUGGAGAGCUAUAGGCUCCCUGUGCCCGUAUGUCAAUAUGCAGCAGCUCUUUGUACAUAUUCUCCCUGUUGUCUUUUGAUUUGAUUCUAUUAGUUCACAUACAGAAUAGCCAAAAGAGGUGUCCUAGGCAGAAGAAGCAAACAAUACUGACUUAUGAAUGUUUCCUUUGUACAGCUAAUGUCAGCCCUCCCACAGACCUAUCUCUGGAAGUCAAACAGCUGAAAGAGAGAACGUAUGUGUGGGCAAAAUGGUCGCCGCCUCGAUUGCUUGAUGAUGGAACAAGAGGGCAAAUAUGCAACUAUGAAUUGCGAUUGAGACCUACAGGAGAGAAAGAAUGGGAGGUAAGCAAGUUCCAUUCUUUCAUUCACAAGCAUCUUAUUAUAGGAGAAAGGCAGAUGCUGUCGCUGUUCCCUUAUUUACAAAGGAGGCCCUGAAACACAGUGGCUAGUCGAAGUAUGCCAUAGGCAAAGCAAGACUUUAAAAACCACCAUGUACAUUUAAUUACACCCAUCAAGUUUAUCCAGAUGCACCGAACUGACUUUAUUUUGGACAACUUCAAUCCAAACUCUCCAGACAUACCAUUUGUUGUGCUAUAGCUGUGAUUUUUCUGUAUCUUUACACAUGGCUUCCUCCGCCUCCUCAACAGUGAGGGGGUCCCGGCCCUCUCCCAACAGAUUUUGAGGGGGCCAAAGAAACCUCGGCCCCAUAGAACUGAUCUGACCCCUGAUCUGACUGUGUAUAUAACAGCUUUCCUGUAUUCUGUGUUCCAACCUGGCCUGGUGUAAGGUAGCUUCUCGGUGUUCCUAGGAUAUGUAUUUGCAUGUGGAUCUGUUUGAUUGCAGCUGGGGUUCUGUUUCCAGGAUGGAUAAAAUAAAGGUAAUAAAUCAGGUGUUCUUGCCAGCACCAGAAAGUGACUCGGGCAUCAUGAAAGGAAUAUGUUGAAGUAGUUAUGAUUAAUAUGUUUGGCACAGAGAGAGCUAUGGAACAGGAGGCCACCCUUCAUUCCAAAGCUUCCUCCGGAGAACUGUUUAGAUUAAUGAGCACUGCAAAGCUAUAUUUGUCAUGUUGGCAAUGAGAAAGAAUAAUGUCCAUUAGACUGGGAGCGCUGAAAGGUGCUCCAAAGGUAAUGGAAUCAGAGAAUUGUAGAGCUGGAAGGGACCCCAAAGCUCAUCUAAUCCAACCCCCUGUGAUGCAGGAAUCUCAACUAAAGCAUCAAUCACAGAUGGCCAUCCAACCUCUGCUUAAAAACCUGCAAGGAAGGAGAGCCCACUAUCUUCCGAGGGAGUCCAUUCUACUGUUGGGCGGUUCUUACAGUCAGAAAGUUAUUCCUGAUGUUUAGUCAGAGUCUCCGUUCUUGUAACUUGAAUCCAUUGGUUCAGGUCCUAGAAUCUGGAACAGGAGAAAACAAACUUGCCCCAUCUUCAAUGCCCUUUAGAUAUUCGAAUAUGGCUAUCGUAUCUUUUCUCAGUAAAGUAAAAUGUAAGCAGGGACACUGAAGCAAGUUAAAUGGUACUGCAGAGAUACCGGCCAUCAGUUCAUUGUGAGAUGGAUGCAAAUGUUCAUCCCAGGAAAAGUACCCAGUGGGCACCAGAAAAUUGUGCAUACAGUGGUACCUCCAGUUGUGAAUGGGAUCCAUUCUGUAGGUCCUGAGGAAUUUGCAACUGGAGGUGCCGCUUCUGCGCAUGCGCACGCGGCAAAACCCAGAAAAAUACUUCCAGGUUUGCCACGUUUGCAUCCUGAAAGAUAUACAACCAGAGGUGGGUGUAUCUAGAGGUACCACUGUAUUUGUAUUUUUCCUGGCAAAAAAUGUCCCUUGAAAGGUCUCUAAAAAAGAGAGGUUGGCUAAAUCGUGCAGUGGUGCAAUUAGUUAAUUUUAGACUCUGAACUUAAUGCUUAUAUGGAGAGCACCUCAUUAGAUCGCAAUGUUGCUUUUCACAGGUAACAGUAAGCCUAUGUUCUUGACUUAAUAAAUCCUACUGUGCAUAUGCUGCAUGUUGUCCAUGUGGCCUGAUCAUUUCUAUGUCACUUUUCUAGUGCAAGUGGGUAAAAAAGCCACAAAGGCUAAAACUUAGCAUUAUAUCCAAACCAGGGAUCAUGGUUUGCUUUGACCUGACAAACCAUGGUUGCUCAUCAGUCAUGAUUUUCUUAGGGUAAAAAAACCCAUAAUGUUUUUCUUCACAUUUUAUACUAAGCAUUUGUUUCUUGGUUUGUUUACUCAUUCGUGCCAGGGCAGGGAGCAAUCAAGCUGCAAGUGCACCAGCACAUAAAAAAAGUAUGGUCUGAUGAUCCAAUAACCUUGGCUUGCAAUUUUGCGCGAAUACACACAAUGUAUAUUUAUUUCGCUUACUCCUUGGGGGGGGGGGCUCCUCAUUUUGCUCACUUGAGCCCUGGAUGUGCGCCCAGAAGACCUGACCAGAUGGCACCAGGGGGAAUCGUGGUCCUUAAAAUGGGUUUACAGCUCAUGGACCCAAGCAAAACAAAUCACACACGUCAUGAUAAACCUCCUUGACAAGCCAUAAUACAUGAUAUCCGUGGGCCGGUUUGGAAAGGUCACACAUUGCACAGACUUCAUCCUUGAUGUAUUUUAUUUAUUUACAGUAUGUAUUCCCUCCAUCCUGUUCUUCAGUCUUAAAAAGACUAGGACUUCUGGAGUCACAGAUGUUGCAGUGCCAACUGCCCAGUGUGCCAAAGAUUCCUGCUUGUAUAGAGGCAUCCUUGCAAAACCUGUAUGCUCUACAAUUCUCUUAGUUUCCCUUGUCUUUACUGCUUCCCAGACUCGUUUUGUUGGAGAGCAAACACAGUAUGAAAUAUCCCAGCUGCACCCAGCAGUGAAAUAUACUUUUCAGGUUCGCUGUAUAACAGAACAUGGUGAAAGGAGUGAAUGGAGCCCAGAAACUUACCUCCAGCUCCACAGUGGUGAGUCAAUCAUUCAUCAUUUUUUUCUGUUUUGAAAAGCCAAAUAAGCUAGUAAGAACAUGAGAAGAACCCUCCUGGAUCAGAGCAAUGCCCCAUCUAGUCCAGAACCCUGUUCUCACAGCCGCCAACCAGAUGCCCAUUGUGAGAAGCCUAGAAGCAGGACUUGAGAGCAACAACUCUCUCCCUACUUGCAGUUCCUAGAGGCAGAACUAGAAUCAAAUGUGUUAGGAGUAGAUUUCGGCUAAGCACUAGGCAACUUCCCAAUGGUAACAGCUGGUAGACAGUGAAACAGACUGCCUUAGGAGAUGGUGUUGAAGCAGAUUCUGGACAUCCAUCUGCUGGGGUUUCCCCUAGUUGCAUCCUGCAUUGUAGGUCCUGAAUUAGCAGGACGUUGGACCGAAUGACCUCUGUGACCCUUCUUUGUCUCUGACCCUAUUGGCCUAAAGGACUUGUCUAUCUCUUCCUUUCCAGGCCAACCUCCUGGGAAACCGGAGUUAAUAAGAUGUCGCUCACCUGAGAAAGAAACCUUUACUUGCUGGUGGAAGCCCAGUUCUGAUGGAGGUCUGCCGAGCAAUUACACUCUGUUCUAUAACAAGGAAGGGUAAGGCGUUACAAAUGGCUUUACGGUUGUCUCAACCUGCACCUCUGAGAGAAGGUGGAUUCUUUUCGAAGUGAUGUGUAAUGAGAAGGCUGUGUUUGUAUUUCCUUCUCAAUCUUGUGUUCUGUUUUUCAGAGACAAGGCAUACUAUGAAUGCCCGGACUACACAACAGCGGGACCCAACUCCUGUCAUUUUGAUAAAAAACAUACUUCGCUUUGGAUGACAUACAACUUUACCAUAACAGCGACUAAUGAGAUGGGGAGUAUUUCAUCUCAGCCAUAUUAUGUGGAUGUGGCUAACAUAGGUAUGUGGUGCAAGCAUAAGUGUGCAAGGCAGGCCGGGGGUGGGUGGGAAUCCCAAUAGUCCUAAGAGUUGUGACCCGAAUUCUAUAUGCAUCUUAUAUACCAUCAGCUAAAUAUGACCAGUCAUGUGUUUUGAUAAGGGAUAGGGGAGAGUAUUUGUUUGCAUUUUAAUGAGAAACUAUCCAGUUUGCCCUUCAUAAACUGAAAUGCACAGCUAUGCUUUGAAAUUUGCACUUCUCUGAAUUUUGCAAUGCAUAAACUACAUAUGCUAGCUGUCAGGGGACUGCCAUUGGAACAGGGAAGGGAGGCAGAGGGGCAGUUGGGAUACAGGGAACCUCCAAAAAUCCUGAGAAGCAGUUCCUCUUCCUGCGAUGGGGAAAGCCACACCUCCAGUGGGGAAGAGGGGAAGGGACCAAAGGAUGCUUCUGGGAGCCCCAGCACCGCCCCUCGUCAGUCUGAGGGUGGGAAAAGCCACACCUCCUGGGUAAAGGAGGGGAAAGGGCUAGAGCAGGGGUGUCUAACUCAAAUUCAUCGGGGGCCGCAUCAGCAGUUUGGUCACCCUCAAAGGGCCGGUUGUAUCUGUAGGACUUACAGUACAGGAGAGAAGGGUUCAGGCAGCCGUUGGAUCUGUCACAUCACAGGAUGGCAUGCGCUCAAUAUAAAAACAAGUGGAGGUUUCCUGAAUGCAUGUAAAGUGGAGGUUUCCUGUGUAGAACGGCCGGCGCCGCUAGAGGGCAGACGUUCUCUGGCUUGUAGGCUGCCGCGCAUGCGCUGAAGAGGCGGCUUUCUUGUGUAAAAAAAAAAAAGCGAGAAUAAAAGGUGAAGGCUGGCGGCCGGCGGCGGCUACACGGGCCAUAUGACGAGGUCUGGCGGGCCGGAUUUGGCCUGCGGGCCUUGUGUUUGACACCCGUGGGCUAGAGGAUGCUGCUGGGAGCCUCAGCAUUGCUCUUGGCCAAGCCAGCCAGGAGGGAAGCACGCCUCUUCCGUCGCCCACCUUGCGCAGAGGUGUAAAAUGCAAAGAGGGAAGGAAAAGGCUGGGGGUGACUAAGCUCUUAUGUUGGGGGAGGACCUGGAAAUGACCGCUCCCGGAUUCUGCUAGCAAUUGAGGCAGACAUGAACUUGUGGUUCUGCACACUAAAUAAAACCUGUAAAAGACAGGUCGGAAUCCUGACUGGUUACUCACGAGCAACCACCAUUGCCAUCCGACACUAGUGAAAAUAGUAUACAAAAAUGCAUUAUAUUAAGGCAAACUGCUUGCAAAAAUGUGUGCAUUAGCCAGAACUGCAUACAAAAAUGUGUUUAUUAGGAGGAAUUCACACUAAAAUUCUGAUAAAUGUUUAUGAAGAUAAAAAGAAAGAAAGCUGCUCUUGAUGUGAGAUAUUUGAAAUGUGCCUCUGUUUCUAUCUAUGAAAAAGAGCAUGAAUUUAAUAAAUAAUCAUAUUCUCUUUUCUUGUACCAAGACCUUUUAAAACAAACUCUAGGCCUUCACUGUUUUAAUGACAUUUUAAACAAAACCUAUGCUCUCAUUCUUGCCACAGUAUGCUUUUAAACUGAGCUUUCUCCGCUGUCGAGAAAUUUUUGCAGUUGCUUUUUGCUGUUUAAAGCUCUUGUACUUUGCAUUUUAAAGUACUGUGAUUAUAUCUGCUGUGUAAGCCUCCUUAGAGGAUUGGAUUGAUGGCCGUCCAUAUACAUUUGAUCAAUAAAUAUUCUCUCAUCCUUCUUUUUUCCAGUUCAGCCAGACCCUCCCGAAAACCUCUCCUUGGAAUUUGAGAAAAAAGUAUAUGGAAAAUAUCUGUUGUUGAACUGGUCUCCACCUUCUCUGGGUGACAUCAGAUCUGGUUGGCUAACCCUCGAAUAUGAGUUACAUAUCAAGCCUGAAGGGGGACAAGAAUGGGAGGUGAGAAUGGUGAAAACUCUUGAAACACUUCCAGAUGUGUAGAUUUGCCAGUUUCAGCCCUCUCAGCUUCUCGUUUUCCCAAUUCUAAAUCCAGUUCUCCACAUUUCUACAGCCAUUUCCAAUAGAUAAAUCCUCAUGAACAUCCACCAGCAUUUUAAUGUGAAUUUAUCCCAACAAACACGUUUUUGUCAGCAGGUUCAGCUGACAUACACACAGUUCUGCAAGCCAUUUCUCCGUAAAAUGAUGCACUCUUGUAUGCUGCUCUCAAUAACAUGUUCAUUUUUACCCACACUUCCCCUUAAUAUAUACAUUUUUGUAAACACUGGCUGGAAGAGUGCAUCGCAACAUUCAGAUUAGUGUGAACUUCAAAGGAUGGUUAAGUUUCAGCUCUCUUGGGGUUUCACAAAGUGUGGAUUUGCGUAUCGAGACCCUGAAACCAUCCCCUCAUUGAAGAAUAACACACACAAUGACACAGCUAUUAGGUUAAUGUUACUGGGCAAAAUUUGGCCACAACUAUAUUGAUUACAGAAUGUGAGUGGUAUUCACUUAGGCAUUGAAUGGACGCAACUGUAUCUAGCUCCUGCUCGUUGCGCAGGGAGUCCUAUAAGGGUAAACCACCAGAAGGGGGAGCCCCAUCGAUGCAUACGAACUCGAGCUCCCCCAGGUGUUUCCGUCAGGGUUGUGUCAUGGCCCUAGCCCCACCCCGGCCUUCGGUCAAGAUCCAUACCCCUGGAUUCCUUUAACGGAAUACCCUUAAGCUUGGAGGGGCAGGUGAUGGCCACACCUCCCUUCCCCCCUCAAACAAUGCCUAACCGCCACAAGAGCCUAAAGGCUCGCCGCCAAAUACCCUCACACCUGUGACCAAUGCCUCAAGCCCUCUGCAAUAUCGGCCAACCAGAUAUCAUUCCCCCAAUCAGAAAUGUGUAUGCCAUCAUCACGAAAAUAGUGCCACCUUGCUGUAAACUACAGUGGGUGCGCAAUCACCCAGCCACCCAACAUGUGCACCCUCUGUGCCAUGGAACGAUUCAAGCGAGCCAAGAGGAAGCCCUCCAGCUCGCGCCUCAGCUUAAAUGGUCCCGGCCACACCCCCACCAGCCAGUGGAUUGGCUGGCCGGUCGCUGACGCUGCCGGGAUCCCCCGGGCAAUGCAGGACUUCGUCCCCUGCCCCCGGAGGAGAGUGGGUGGCCAUGCGGUCCACCGCAACUCCUCCCCACGGUGAAGUGGAAUGGACUUGGCAGAUAUGCCUUUACAUGUGAAUUGAAUUGGAUGUUGCCCCCACCCCUAUCUCCUGACAACCAGUUUAAUGAGCAUUUACCCUCGUUGUGCCCAAGCAAUUUUUCUCCAACACUUCCCAUUGCAUUUUCCUUAUCACACACAGCCUAACUGGGGGAGGAAUUGAAGGUAUGUUGUGCAAGAAUGCCAAAUCAACCUUAAUUGUGCAACCAGUUAAUCCCAUCUGAAAAUAGUGGCUGCCUGGAAGCAUCUUUGGGAGUACCCAAAUGCUCUGUGUUUCAGAAACAGAGUCACGGAUGUCUGUGUUCUUCUUAUCUUUCCAGAAAAUAUUUGUUGGUCAGAGAACAACAUAUAAGAUGUUCAGUGUAAAUCCAGGAGAAAAGUAUAUUGCAAAAGUUCGCUGCAGAUCAGAUCAUGGAACGUGGAGCGACUGGAGCCCUGAAAGUUUUAUAAAGCUCCGAAAAGGUGAGGACAACUGCUGGGAGUGACCUUUCGUUAAUUAACCCCAGUCAUAUGAAAACGCUAGAAAGCCUAGUUGAGGAGUUUGUUAUUCAUAUCCUGCUUUUCUAUUUAGAAUAAAAAUAAAAUCCCCCAUCACAAAAGAAAACACAGUUCAAUGAUAACAGCAACACAACGAAACAAGGAUAGGGCUGACAUGUGAUGAAGCUGGUGCUAGACGUGUGCGUCUUACAAAACAUUGCCUGGCGGUCUGCUUUGGGAAAUCUGGGCAAGUUCAGCUGACAACUUGGUAAACAUAUUAGCUGUGUGAGUUCCAGACUGCUAGUGCAGGGGGAGCCAAACUGGUAUCUUCCAGAAGUUUUGGACUACAACUCCCAUCAUGCCUGACCAGUGGCCAUGUUGACUAGGGAUGGGGGGAAUUGGCAUUUGCAACAUCUGUAUCCAUGUUGACUGCCCUUGAACUAAAUGAAGUUGGCUGUAUGCAAAAGAAGGCAAGGCUUCUAUACCUUUAUUUGUGUAGAAAGGAGACUUUACGCAGGUACAGCUUGUCGUGUAAACUAUGCUUGCUGAAACUCCCUUCUGAAAUCUCACCACUGAGCUCACUGGGCGAUUUUAUGCUCAUCACGGCAUUACAGACUGAUCUACCGUCCAGGGUGGUUGUGGGAGUAAAAUAGUAGAGAUGCCACCUGCCCUAAACUAAUAAUGUUUUGAAAUGACUGCACAAAAUUUAAUCCCUUCUUAUUUUCUCUCUUAGAGUUCAGACUGAAAGAUAUGCUUGUUUGGAUCUUCGUGGCUUUUUUAUCAUUUGUUGUAUGUUUGAUCAUGAUCUGGACACUGGCUUUGAAAAAAAUUAAGUAAGUUGCUACUUCUGACAUUGUAGUGUAUUAAAAAAAGAAAACAAGCAAAUUUAUUGCCACAGCAUGGGGUUAAAGGGAUGGAAAGCCUUCCCCAUACAUUGUGGUCGCAGCUGUGAUUCUUCUUCCAUCUCCUCCACCAACUGCUAUUUAAAUUUUAGAAAAGCAGACAUGUUAAAUGCAAACAUGCAUUUAAUACAUCAUCCAGCUGGGGUUAUGCAUAGUGGAACUGUGUGUGAAGCUUGCUGCCAGUGCUCUAUUCUGACAAUCCACAAAUACAAAAAACAAGGUUUCUAUGUGUAGAAAUCAUCUUCACUUAAAAGACCACUCUUGGUUCUGCUCCCUGAGAUCCUACGGACAAGUGAAAUCAGUUUAUUGGAAUAUCCUGUGGGUCCCCUCUUUACAGCCAUGGAUAUUUGUUUUUCCAGCAGGCAAGGUUUUCUGUAUGCUCAAUCUAGCAGAAGAAAAUCAAACCAAGUACGAAACCAAAUGAUUUCCGUCAUUUCUUUAUUCCAACCCCUUCCCUCUUUCUUGUUUUUCAGCAUGGUGGCUUGCCUUCUACCACCAGUCCCAGGACCAAAGAUAAAAGGCUUUGAUGCCCAGCUACUAGAAGUAAGUGUUUGGGCACUUAGAGAAGUUUUGCACUCUUUUUUGUCUUGCAUUUUCUUAGAGGGGGUAAAAGAAAACACCUCAUUGGAAGCCUUUAACAACUUUAACCUGUUAACACUUCUGCUGACGCUAAUCUGCUUGAAUUCAGUACAAUAAUAUCCAAACGCAACAUGAUGACCAAGUACAACAAUGCGAUGUCAAUAUAAACUCUUUGUAUAAUCUAUACAGAACAGUGAACAAUAUGAAAUAGGCACUCUCUGCAAAACCAAAUAAACAUAGAUCUUCUAAAUCUCAAAGUCACAGAAUAUGAUACUCUUGAUGGAUUCUCUUGAAAACAUAGAACCAAAUAAACACAAAUCUUAUAGGUCUCUGAAAGUCUUUGUGAGCUAUGCAAGUCUCUGAAAGAAGCAAUGAGUCAGAUAUCUGGAGUAAACAAGCUUAAAGCUUUGUUUUAUAAUGUCCAAUGCUGCCAAAGUGGUCCGCAAACAGACGUAGUGAACAGUGAUUCUGGAUAUACCAACUGUUUUGUGGAAUUCUUCUUCAGCAUAGCAGAAGGAUAAAGAAAUGCUUCAAAAACUGCAAUUGAAUUAUUGAAACAAUGACCUGCAUAUACAUGGUAACUCAAAUUAUUAGAAACUAUAUGCAAGAACUGUUAUAUCAAUUCAAUAUGAAAUAAAACCAAAAGCACAUACCCCAUCUAUAUGGUGAAUGGAAUUGUAUGAACAAUUGCUAUGGAGCAGUGGUCAUAAAAUUAUGUAACCACUGCUACUGACUGCAUGUUGCAAGAAACUUAAAAACCCGACCCCAGGUGGUGCUCAUAACAAGGUCAUUUCAGAGAUUUAGAAGAUUUCUGUUUAUUUGGUUUUGCAGAGUGCCUAUUUCAUAUAUUUCAUAUUGUUCAAUGUUCUGUAUAGAUUAUAUAAAGAGUUUAUAUUGACAUCGCAUUGUUGUACUUGGUCAUCGUGUUGCCUUUGGAUAUUACUGAUAUUUGCUUGUAGCACAGGGGUUUAAUUGAAUUCAGAUCAAAGCAUGCAUCAUUGUUGUUGUUGUUGAGUGCUCUGUACCACAUCUUUCUCCUUUGCGUUUUCAGACAUAAUCAGGUACAUAAUGCAAAUAUUAUAGUUCUUAUAUUAUAUUUCCCCCUGUAUAUUUCUUCACAUCAGGCAGGGAAAACGGAAGAAUUGCUGAGUGCUCUUGGCUGCCAGGGGUUCCCUCCAACACCAGGCUAUGAGGACCUGCUGGUAGAAUUUUUGGAGAUAGAUGACAGCGAAGACCAGCAGCUAAUGCCAAGCACCGAAAAGAGCCACCCCAGUAAAAAUGUGAAGCUGGCGCACCAGGAAACAGACAGCGACUCGGGAAGAGGAAGCUGCGAAAGCCCUUCUCUGUUGACAGAGAAGCGCAAGGCAGCCCAAAACCCACUCUUGGAAUUGAAAACACCAGAUACCUAUGGGGUGCAAAACGCUCAUAGGAACAGCAUGCAGGAGUCACCAAAGGGGGGCGCUGAAGGUCAGCUCCCCUGGAUUAACAGUGGUGAACCCAGGCCAUCCACGUGGUGUGGAGGUCAGCUCCCUAGCUGUCAGACGUCUAAAUGUUCCUACCAUGACACAGUGGAUGUAUGUAAAAGAGCAAUCAGUGCCAUGAAUAUAAACAGGAAGGGGAGUGAGGAAGGAAAGUGUUGUUCGCAAUAUCCUGAACUCGUCGAGACUCUUGGCGAAAGAAAACCAGCCAAAGCAGUGGAUCUACUCUCAAACGCUCAGCACGGCCAAGCGGGGUUGUGGCUACUCCCACCAGAAAGGCCGCCAUUCUCGUCUACAAAACCCGCAGAUUACGUGGAAGUUCACAAAGUCAACCAUGAUGGAGCUCUGGCUGUACUACCAAAGCAGAAAGAAACUGUAGGCAAAAAGGAAAGGCCUUUUGUCCCUGGGGAUACGAAUGAAUACACCAAGGUUUCAACCGUUGUAUCCAACCAUAUUCUGGUGUUGUUCCCAGAUCCCAAAGCGGAGGCUUUGCCUUCCUUUCAGGAGCCACUGAAAGAGCUUGCCCAGAGUUGUCAGCAGAGCCAAGCAGAAUUAAAUUUCAGCUACUGUCUCACAGGUCCAAGCACCUGCCAAGUACAGACUGGCGGGCUAGACUACAUGGAUCCAAAUAAUUUUAUGUGCCCCUUUAACUGAAAAGUUAGCCAUCCUUCUACAGGUAACAACACUACAAGUAAAAUAAAGUGUUGGCACAAAACUGCUCACAUGUCUGGUUUAGCUCAGUUGUAGCUCAUGCCUUCUUUCGCUUUAUAGCCAAUCACUUGAGAACAUGCUGGUUGCAGAUCAAUUUUCCCCCCUACCUGUGAUUUUUAGUUCUUUUUGUGAAGAGUGAUUUACAGAAAAGUAAAAGUUUGUGGCAUCGUUUUGAAAACACAAGCAUCCAUUUCUGGUAAUACAUUCCAAAAAAACAAGGAGGGGUUUGUGUGUUGAUGUUUCAAAAGCAACCCUGAGAUCAUCACCAAAUGAUGCUGGUUAAGAAACACAGGCUGAGCUUAUAAAAUAUUGUCCAAAAAAUUAUAUUGGUAAUCAGACUCUUGAACAACACUGCUAGUGUCCAAUCUGUUUUUGGCAACUGUGUGUCACACAAUGCUAGUACAAUAUAUGAGACGGUGUCUGCUGCAGUGUGUAGACUACAGUGUGAACAACCCAUCAUACCUAAUUUGUGUACAGGUCCUUGAGUUUGUUGAGCCAUUGUGCGCAUGUCAGGGACUGGCAGGACGCUGAUGAGUGUGCGCCAGGGGAAGCGAGGCUGGAGUCUGGCUCAGGAGAGAGGGCCAGUGAUUUGUGGGGAACUGUGCUGGAGGCAGGGGAAGCUUCAGGUGGUGCACAGGAAUGGGUUGGAAGGAGAGGAGGAAGAGGCAGGUCAGGCAAGUGAAAGGCCAGGUGCUUCCCCACCACUGUCUCCCAGAUCCAGGAGGGGACUGAAGAGGGAUGAGCAGAGGAUAGGGAUAGUCUAUAGCUGCACGCAUGCAGCGUUUUGGGGGAAAGUACAUAAACUGGUGGAGGUGGAGUGGUCCCCCUGUUGCUGCAACUUCUUCUUAGAGCCAGUGUGGUGUAGUGGUUAAGAGCGGUGGACUCGUAAUCUGGUGAACCGGGUUCGCGUCUCCGCUCCUCCACAUGCAGCUGCUGGGUGACCUUGGGCUAGUCACACUUCUCUGAAGUCUCUCAGCCCCACUCACCUCACAGAGUGUUUGUUGUGGGGGAGGAAGGGAAAGGAGAAUGUUAGCCGCUUUGAGACUCCUUUGGGUAGUGAUAAAGCGGGAUAUCAAAUCCAAACUCCUCUUCUUCUUCUUCAUAGACCAUGGACCUGGGAACAGCCACCUAGACACUAAAUUGGCGUGGGAGGUAUUCAGAGCCAUAGAAAUGACUGUGUUAUGUUUGGCGACAAAGAGUUAACUAUCGGCUGUGUGCAUUUCCUUGAUUGGGGAGUGCCCUGAACAGAACAGGCAGGAGAAAUGGGCAGGCCUCACUCUGUGCCAUAGCUAAGCCCAGGAGCAUUCCUGUCCAGACUGCCUCAGGCCCCUACAGUCUGUGCUGCUUGUGGCAUCUGGGCUGAAGCUGGCUCCAGCUUUGAGGGAGUCCUCAUCAUGGAGGUUGCUGGUGGGCCUUUACAGAUGUAUGUUGGGGGGUUGGGGAGCUCCUCUCCUCUUUAUUUCCACCAGACACAAAGAGUGUGCAAGGCCCACAAGGAGGAGGCAGUGUUCCACCAAUGAGUACCAUUGUCAUCACCCACAGAGCAACAUAGCAAUGCUGGGCCUGAUCUGUGCCAUAGGCUGGACAGCUGAAAAUGACAUACUUUGCGGUUGCCUGAGGAAAACUAGCCAAAUAUAUCAAAUUCAACAAAAAGUAAAUGCACAAAUGAAAAACUUAAAGGAUUGCAUUAUUAUUAUUCCAUUUUUUGGCACUAGCAAAAAAUCAAUCAAAAUUAUUUCAUGUUCUGCAAUGUAUUUUAAAUAGGUUUUAAAGGCUAGUACAGUUUUUAUAUUUUUCUUUGCCUUUUCUUUUUCUUUCUUUUAAAAACUCACUUUUCAGGAUGUUAAAAAUCAUGUGUGUGUAUGAGUGAGUGAGAGAGAGAGAGAUCUAAUAUAGUGAAGGCAUUAGCCAGAGUUAUCUUUUUUUACAUGCUUUUCUGCUUUUAGUGCAGCAAUUGGGAAUCUGUGGUUCUCUGGAUAUUGCCAAACUCUUGAUUCCCGUCAGCCCCUAGCAGCACGGCCAAUGGUCAGGGAUGACAUGAGUUGGAGUCCUACAAUUUCUGGAGGGCCACUGGCUUCCCACUCCUCUUUUACUGUGAUGAAUUAUUUGCUGUGCAAGUUCCUCCAAGUUCAAAAGAAACUCCAUUAGCACCAGUAGCAUUACUUACAAGUAUUCCAACAUUUAGGGGAGAGGAGAAAUCUAAACGAAUCAUAGCAUUGUAGAAACAUAGAAUUGUAGAGUUGGAAGGGACCCUGAGGAUCAGGUUGUAGCCCAACCCCAUGCAAUGCAGGAAUCUCAACUAAAGCAUCCAUAACAGGUGGCUACCCAACCUCUGCUUAAAAACCUGCAAGGAAGGAGAGCCAUCCACCUUCUGAGGGAGUCCAUUCCACUGUUGAACAGCUCUUACUGCCAGAAAGUUCUUCCUGAUGUUUAGUUGGAAUGUCCUUUCUUGUAACUUGAAUCCAUUGGUUUGGGUCCUAUCCUCUGGAGCACCACAAAACAAGCUUGCUCCAUCUUCCGUGAGACAGACCUUGAGAUAUCUGAUGAUGGCUAUCAAAUCUCCUGUCUUUUCAUGUACUACUGGCAAGCCAGGUAUCUCCACCUUAUAUUUGUGCAGCAGGUUCUUCCUGCCUAAGUGUACAUUUGUCCACUUGUAAUUUGUCAAUUUGUAAUUCAUCCCAGUUUGGUGUCAUCUGCAAAUUUGAUGAACAUCCCCACAAUACCUUCAUCCAAGUAUAUUUUUAAGUAGACAAUGUUAAGACUUGCAGUUCACUAAAGGUCCUGUUGAAAUAGACAAAUUUAUUCAAUAUGGCACACAAAGGUUUAGCAAACAGGUACCUCCCAGCUCCUGCCCACCUAGCAGUUCAAAAGCACGUCAAGUGCAAGUAGAUAAAUAGGUACCACUCCGGCGGGGAGGUAAACGGCAUUUCCAUGCGCUGCUCUGGUUCUCCAGAAGUGGCUGUCAUGCUGCUACAUGAACCGGAAGCUGUCUGCAGACAAACACUGGCAAGAUGAGUGCGCAACCCCAGAGUCGUCCGUGACUGGACCUAACGGUCAGGGGUACCUUUACCUCCCUUUGAACUAUACAUUUUAUAUAAAUAAAAUAUCUACUUUAGUUCUGCACUAUUGCUGACAGUUGCAUUUGUGCUUUUUACAUUUUUAAUAAGGCAGGCAAUUAGUUUAUAUAACUAGCAGAAACUUAUAAGAGGCCCUGCACAAAUAUUUCUAUGUCAUUUUCUGGAUUAAAAUACUGUAAUAAUCUUUGGAGUUAAUGAUAUGCUGUGGUUACUGGGGCACACACCCUUCCAAAUUUUUGGAGUAUGCUAUUUGUGGUGCGAUAUGAUGUUUUUGUUAUUUUUGACACUUUAUUCAUAUAUCAAAUCUGCACCCCCAGCAGACUGGUACUGAAGUAGCAAAUUCUGUCCUAACUUUGUUAACGUGCUUUUGUGUAACUUUGUUAAAGCUACACAUGCCUCGUUUUGUUGUCGUUCAUACAUGUAAUGACCAUUGGUUAAAACUCCAUCGGCAGCUUUUUCUAUGGUGACUAUUCUGUAGAAACAGUUCGAGUUGAUAGAGUUUGUCACUUCCUUUGGCUGCAACCCUAAGCGCAUUUAUUGAUAAGUGAGUCCCAUGGAACUCAGAGAUGAUGUAUUUCUACCUAGUAAAUGUGUUGUUUUUUUAUUGAGUUGAAAUAACGUGAAUGUUGUGGAGGAAAACCAAAGCAACCUAAACCAACUAAAUAAAUUUCUGCUGAAAAGCCAUAAAGUCGUGUUACAAUUAAGACAGCUGUGAAAGCACAAGGUUUUUCCCCCUUACAGGCAAAUCAUACUACCUCAGGUUUCCUUUUCCCACUAAGAGAGAGAAUGAGAAAGACGGUGAUAUGUCAAAUUGCCAAUUACUGUAUUUUAAAAGGAGCAAAUUGAGCCCUUCGCAAUCACUUUGAUGUUUAAGGCGGAUGAUUUUUUAAAAUAGUUUGUCGCGCAUCCAUGACAAGCUUGUGUACGUAUGUAGCACUCUUCAGACGUUAUUUGUGCUUUCCCAACUUGCAUAUAUUUACUAAUGUAACUUGAAACUUUGGAACUCUACUUUUUCAAACCAGAAUCCAUUCUUUGUGUGCGCACACAUUAAUUGAGCAAUUGUUUCAGCUCCACAAUUGGCUGAGGUAUGCAGAUAAUGUCUCGAAUUGGGGGGCUGGCAACUGACAUUGCUAAUGGUGGUCAAUCUGGUGGUGUUGAGCUGUGUACAAAUGAAACUAAUCUACAGCAGGGUCACCAGCCAGCCGGUAUUUUAUUGGUGCAAGAUUGCAUGAGAGGAGUUUCCAUGUUAUUUCUUGCUUCAUGUGACUCUUCACAACCUACCAGAUUGCACCCAUAACUCAAGCAGGUUUCUCACUGCCUCCACUACUCAGCUGCCUCAGGCCUAUCAAGGUCUGUCCAGGGUCCAUCCCUUGCUUGCCAACCAAAUUUUGCCAAGGCUCUGAUUCCUUGACCCCAUCCAAGGGGUGGGAGAACCCUACGGAAAAUGUUUUUUAUAAUAAAAAAAAUUGGCACAUUUGUUUGAAGUGCUUGGAGCAAGAUCCUAUAAGCAAAACAAAUAAGAAGGGAAAGAAACGAAAUAAAAGAUUAAUCUCCCCUUAUGGUUAGACUCUUCGUCACAGAAAUAACUAUACCAAUAAUUUUAUUAUCUGCACCCUGCUCAUCUGGCUGGGUUGCCAGAAAACAAAAUGCUCGCUUCCUAUUGUGCAAAAGGGGUGUUCUCUCUCUUUCCAUGUUCUGAUGCUGCUAAACUAACAGUUUUCAGCAUGUGAGACUAAAAUCAGCCCAUAAUGUGAACAGAGUACCUGCAUCACAUUGAGCAGGUCUGUACAGCUUGGAUGACCCACCAAAUCAAAAACAGCUUAAAUCACACAAAUUGUGUAUAGUGGGCUGCCAGGCAAAUCUCUUGUUUUUUGCAUUCUGACGCUGUCAGCAAAACCAGGAGCUUUAUUUGGGCUUGGUGGGUCACAGCUUGCAUAGACCAGGCUGGUACUGCUUAGUUGUUGCAAGUGAUCCAAAAGUCCCUUUCCCCCAAAUAAUUGGAAUUGUUACUCAGUUGCUGAAGGGUAGCAGCACAUUCUUUUUAGGCUCAAGGCUGUGUUUUCUGUUGUAGGAAAAAUUGCAUUUUUCCACCACUCAGGAAAUUGCAUUUUCCCAUCCCUCGAUAUUUUGUUAACCUUGUGACUUUUAAUUCAACUCUUAGUAGUAAAUGGAAAGCCAUGAGUGGGUCCUAACCUUACAGAUUUCUGGACAGGCAUUUUUAUUAUUGAUACUUUGUUUUCUCCUCCCCCAUCUUGGAGUAAAGCCUUGGAAUCUGUUUUGAUGCUUUCUCUAUUGCUAAGACAUGUCUAGUGAUGUGCAUCUGGGACCUGACCGCAUGCCUUGCAGCCUUUUAUUCUUGCUCACUUUCACAUUUAAAUUGCAGCUUUAUUUUAUUAAAUGCUACUUCUAGAUGAAGUGAGAAGUAAAUACUGUAUUACGGAUGAAUGCUAAAGAUCUACAUUUUCCUAGAUUUUUUUUGUAGCUCACAAAGAUCUGUGGAUGUAUUCUUAAGCUAUAGUUUAAAAAGUCACAUUUAUAAAUCCUUUUAAAUGUACUGAAUUACGCACACUCUUUCACACUUCUUCAUUUAGAGAAGUCUGACCGUCUCUGGUCAAACUUAUACAUCACUAGCCUGCUCAGUUUUACAAUGGCUAGUCUAGUGGAGACAUUUUAAUUAAUCUAGUAUUUGCUUUCUAUUUCACAGAUCUAGAAAUAUUCCAGAUCACACAUGUUAGUUUUCUUUUUGUGGAUGACUUGAACCUCCUGUUUUAUGGGCUAAAGAAUAAACAUAGGACAGUGGUAUUUUUUAAAACCCUGCAAUUAAUAUAUUGUUUGCAGAACACUGGUACAAAACAAAAUGCUCAGGAAUCUUUUCUUGUUUGUUAAAUGUGUUUGGAGGACAAAUUGUUUAGCUGAAUGUGAAUGGAGGAAGUUUGCUUCAAUUAAGUUAUUACAAUAAUGUCUACCACUGGUUUUGUUUUCAUGAUCAAUAUUGUUGCUGUGUCAUGUACUUUUCUCUGAUAAACUUGUCCAUUGUUUCCACUGCUGUUCUCUUUCUGCUAGUUUUGAUUUCUUUUCUGUUACUAUCCAACAAAAUGUAUUAAACUGUUUCUUGAGC